AUGAAGCUAGGAAAGUUCAUUCAAGGUGAGAUGCUUCGUAUGAGGAGUAGCAGGAAACAAAAUACUUUCCUGAGAAGAGAAUUGAGACCCAAUGUCUGUGGUGGAACAGUAGAAGUGUGACAUCUUUAGGUUCAGUUCUGGGGAAGAAGAAGAAGAGGAGGAAGAGGAGGAGGAUUGUAGAGUUGGAAGGGGACCCUGAGGAUCAUCUGGUCCAACCCCCUGCAAUGCAGGAAUAUUCAGGCGUCCCAUACGGGGAUCAAGCCUGCAACCUUGGCGUUAUCAGCACCACGCUCUAGCCAACUGAGCUAAGAAGAUCUGUUCUCUGCAGUGCUUUUUUUCUGAGGGACACAUACCCCUAAACAUUUUGUGACUCUUUGCACUUUUGUCCAUUUACUGUAUUUAUUUUUCCUGAUUUGAACUAUAAAAUGGUGAUUUUCUUGAGUCAAAAUGAGAGUACCCCUAAACAUUUUUUAAUAAUAAAAAAGCACUAGUUCUCUGUAUCCAUAGCAGUGCCCAGACGGGCUGACCCACCAGAAAUAUUGAGCUGGCAAGAUGGACUUGAGCAACUUUUGGUUAGGCGGGCCUCUCUUUUUCCUUUCUGAAGCCCCAAACCUGUGCUUCACCUCCCAAUAGUUUGGCUGAGUGUCUUUUUCAGAGCUCACCUUGCACAGCAAAGUGGGCCUCUCUCCCUUACUCAACCCUAGACUUUUAUUUCCCUGAGAACAGAUAACUACGAUAUCUACAGCUACCCCCUUUCCCAGGCUUAGGAGGCACCUCUAGAAAGAGCAGUGGGGGGGGGGGCACAGGAACAUGGAUUGUAACAGAGCUGGCUCUUCCUCAGCCCAUUUCAUCACAACUGCAAGGCAGCUGUCAGCUCAAGCCGGCCGAUUCACGAUUUCACUGCUCACCGCCACCAUCCAUAGCUGUUAUCCCCCUCAAUAACUGCCGCCGCUGGCAAAACAUGGGAGCGGUGUGUGUGUGUUAAGUGUUCCCCCGUGGGAUGUCUAGGGGUGGGGUGGAGGGGCAGUGAUGAGGGCCUCCAGAAGCCAUUGCUUAAAACAAGAGCCAGGGUUCAAAGUUGUUGUUGUUGGUGGGGUGUCUCUGCACAGGCACCAACUCUUUGUCCUUGGCCAGCGCCGAGGAAAGCAGGCACCCUGCAAAGGUAAAGAGCGCGCGCGCGCCCCCCGGCCCACAGGGGCGCGCGCGCGCUCUGCCAGCCGAGUAAAGCGAGCGAGCGCCGCCCCCCUCCACCGUUGCUGCCACCUUCUCCCUGUCAACUCCCCCCCCUUCCCAUCAGGACAUACACCCCCCCCCCCGCCAACCCGCUCCUUCCUCCGUUUUGGAACUUUGCUGACUGCAACGUUCUGGAGCCGAACGUAGCGACACAAGGGGGCGGAGGCGGUGGAACGUUCGAUCCUUGCCUCGUUCCAUCCGGCCUUUCCUCCCCCCGGGGAAAGCGGGGGGGAGAGAGAGGGAGGGAGCGUGAGAAAGAGGGAGCUCGCGAUCCCCGAGCCACGUUACCCCUUACCCCGCCGCGGGAGCUGGCUUGGAGGAAACGGUGCGAGGUGGGGAUUGGUGGUGGGGCUGGGGGAGGAGAGGCGGCAAAGGGGAAAUAAAUAAAUAAAUUAGGAGGCCUCUGCAGCACCACCCUCCGGCCAUCCAGCCGCACUGCACCUCCCCCUUUCUCACUCACUCACUCUCCCCCCCACCCCACCCCCCCGCUCCGACUCUCAAUGUUCCACACUGCCCGGCCACAGAGCCUCCUCUGCUGCUUUAUUUCAACGCCCCCCCCCACCCCACACCCGGGGCUGCUUCCAUCCCCUCCAAGGACAUUUUCUCUCCCCUGCCCUCCCCCCCUCCCGUCCAUCCCUCCCCCCUCCGAGCUAACGUCGGGACAGGACGCCUGCGAAGGUAAAAGGAGAAACGGGUUAGGUGGCUGCAGCAGGAUCCUGGGCGAGCAUGGUGGGGGGAGGAGGAGAGAAGAGGAGGAGGAGGAGGAGGAGGAGGGAAAAAGGAGCGCGGCGCCCGAGGUUGAGGGGGGGGGGGCGCGUUGAAGGAAGAAAGAGAGAUUGGUAGAGGGAGCUUUGUUCUUGUUUUCAGCGCUUGCUGCCUGGCGGUGGCCGGCAGAGCCGGAGGAGCCGAGACUUGAGUUCACGCCUCACUUGGUGUGCACACACCACGCUGGUAGUGUGUGUGUGCGGGGGGGGGGGAGGCUCCUGCCAUAGCAGCCCCUCCAUACCCUCCUGGCUGGGAGCUUGGCUCUCCCUACAAAGCCGAGGCGCGGGGGGGGGGGGGCGAGACGGCGACGACUCUCUCUGUUUGUGUGUGUGAGAGAGAGAGGGAGCGCGGGGUGGUGGUGUUGGGGGGGGGGCAGAGCUGCAAUUUUUGCCCUCCUGCAAUUCCCGACGAGGAUCCUCUGUUUUUUUCUUCUUCUUCUAAAAAUAGAAAAAAAUAUAGAUAUAUAAUACAGAUAUUCCAAGCUCUCCGAUCUGAGCCUCCCUGGAUGUGUUUUUUUUAGAGGGGGCAGGAGAAAAAAAAUAUGUCGGUCUGUUUUGUAGAAACUGAUCAAGACUCGGUGGCGUUGAAAGCUUUGCAGAAGGUGCAGUUUGAAUUAUGCUUCUUCUUCUUCUCUCUCUCUCUCUCUCUCUCUCUCUCUCCCCCCUUUCCCUCUCUCCCUCCUCCUCCUUUCCAGGCUGCUCGGUGGUGACCAAAUGCAAUUCUUGCUGCCGGCCGUGUAAAUAGAACCCGAGCUCGCGGGUUUCUCUGGACGGAGAGAAAAGCAUUUGAGUCUGAAAUAGCAAAUCCUCUCCAGCCCUUUAAAUACAGGGAAACAAGAGGGAGUGGGUGGUGUUGGUGGGGGGUUUAUUUCUCACUCCCCCUCCCAAUUUGUAUAUCAGCUUAAGUCUUGGGGGUGGGGUGGGGGGGAGGAGGAGAUAUGUCUGCCUUGACCCCCUCUGCUCCAGUGUAAAUAUUUAGAAGGUAUUACUGACUUAAAGGGGAAAAAAUCCUAUAUUUUUUUGGCAAGCCUCUGCUAUUUACAACGUGUCAUAAGUUAUUAAUGCUCAUUGCCUGAGUACUCUGCUAAAUCUGCCUCAUGCCUCCGAACAAAGUAGACAAUUGACGUACUGUCUGAAGAAUUGGGGAGUGUGUUGUGGGGCGGGGGGGGGGGGAGGACGCAUGAUAGGAUUUGGAGGUGGGAGGAGAAAAUCCAUUUUUUUAAAAAAAAUCUUUUGAAAAAAUUCAUGAACAUUGGAACUGUUGCAUUGGAACCUCAAACUGAGACGUGAUUUUGGUCAACCCUAUUUCCCCCCUCUCGUACACCCCCCCCAUUCCAAUCUUCAUCAUGACCAGUUUAAGGGGCACCAAAUAAGUAUGCUUGCAGAUGACAGGGGACUGAAUGAAUAGCCCUUCGCUGGGUGGAACUGAUUUUUAUUUAAUUAUUAUGUGCAGGAGAGAAAACGUAACAUCAACAAUCGACGCACAGUCGUAAUAAAGAGGAAUCAAAAGAUUUGUUGUUCAUGGGUGAAUUACAAUAGAGUAUAGCUUCAGUAGUCUUGGCCACCAAAUGUAUAACUAAGUCAUAUUUAUUUUUCCUGGAAAUUGACGUGUUUUUUUUCUUUUUGUCCCUCCUUUGCUCCUUCCCUGAAAGUUUUCCAAGAUGUCCAGUGACAGGCAGAGGUCAGAUGACGAAAGUCCAAGUACUAGCAGUGGGAGUUCAGAUGCAGAUCAGAGGGACCCACCAGCUCCUGAACCUGAGGAGCAAGAAGAGAGAAAGCCUUCGGCCACCCAACAGAAGAAGAACACCAAACUCUCCAGCAAAACGACUGCCAAGCUCUCCACUAGUGCUAAAAGGUAAUUUGUCCCAAACAGCGGGUAGGAAUUUUUCAGGGAGAAAGCUUUUAUUUUUGUUUGUUUGCUUGCUUUGCAAACAAGGGAAGGUCCUUAAGGUGAACUAACAAACUUUGAGAUGUUGCUGUUCACUGUUGGGAUGGCGAGACCCGCAUGGAAAUAGUCCGUGGAUUAAGAGGUCUCUUUCUAACACCGCGUCAGCGAUGGCGGUUGAAUGGAUCCAGGCAGAGUUGCAACCAGUGCGCUGUUGGGUUCACCCCCUGAUUCUUGGGCGCUGCCCAAAGUGAGUGUGUUUAAUGGGGAGUCGAGUUGUGAACUGCUUUGCCCCUGUAUAUGUGUGUGCUGGGGGCGCUGCUUCGAUUCACUUUGCCCACUCGUAGAGCAGCUCCAGUUUCCCCUGGGCGAUGUGGCGUCAUCAUGAGAGGUUCGUUCAUGUACAUUCAUACCUGGAUCUGAAUGCUUCAACUCUUUCUUUUGGUGGGGAUGGGAGGAAAUGGGACGAUUCAUCAUUUGGCUUGGCUUGGAUGCUGUAUAAGAGUACUUGACGAGAAAUGACUCUUUUGCUCUUUAUCUUUUUGGGAACCUCAUGCACGCACAUCCAUAGAAGGGUUUUUUGUUAGUUUGGUUGGUUGGUUGAAAUGCAAGCAGGUGUGCUAGCUUGAUUGCUUUUACCUCAUUGGAACUACAGAUUAAUGACUGUCCUUCUAUCUUGAAAGUUUCAAAAACUUGAGAGGAACCUGCUAGAUGCUACCUCUACGCAUCUACGAUUUGCAGCGUUCUGAAGAUCCUCACUCACGGGUUAAUUUUCUUUAACAGCCUUCUGAAUUGGGCAAACUUAAAAUGCCUUGUUGAUCUCUGCCUCUUUGGAGAUAACCCAGUAAUCAUUUCCUCGAAGCUCACUUUUAGCUAGGAAUCUGCGUUACAUUCUCCAAUAGUGUAUCUGACAAAUGGCAUCCAAGAUAUUUAAGGGUGCAAUAAUCUCCCACAAAGUCAGUGGGAGUGUUUAACACUUAUUUCAGAGUUGGCCUAUAUGUUUGGAGGGUGCGUGUUGGAAUAUGCUGAUGCCAAACUCCACACAUUCAUUAGCAGCUCUGAAACUUUGCCUUGCAGGUGGGCAGUCCUGCAAAAAUGACUUGAGGGGCGUGUUAGCUUUUACCAUCUGCUGCUUUUAAAUCGAAAACAGUAGAGUCUGAAAAUAAAAGUACAUACAGUCGUUGAGGGGGGGAAAUGAUAAGAAGUGGAUCUUUUGUGUAACUUCCAAUGGAUUUAAGAUAACUUUUGCUAGCGGCUUACUAGGUAUUUAUAGAGUAACUUUACUGCUGAUACAUAAAUCCAGUGAGUGAUUCUUUUAAUAUCCUGCUUGAUCUUGCAAAAUCUUAGCCCUGUGUGUUCCUUGACCUGAUGUUUUGUGUAAAUUCAUGUAUGGUACAAAUCCAGAGCAGUUCUAUCUAAAUCACUUGUCAUCGCCAUGGAUCUACUACAGGCAAAACAUAAAUUAUCUGAACUUUGUAAAAUUAGCAGUAAAACCCCCCUCCCUUCAAAAGAGAGAGAAAGAAAGAGAGAAUAUUUUGUUCCUUCUUUUGAUGACUUCUAUCAACUGUAGCAAAAGUGGCGAAACGUUUUCUCUCGGGAUCCAGGCAUCUUUAUAACUGCUGUCCAGAGAUACCAUCUGGGCUGAAAUCACAACUGAUAGAUCAGUGUUUGUUUUAUUUUACGGGGUUUCUGGAAAAGAAAAGAAAAAUGUUUCGUGGGUUUGAGGAGAGAAAGCAGCAGAAGGAUGUCAAGGCUUAGUUCCAGCAACCUGGAUGCAUAUAUACCAAGGUGAUUGAAAUGCUAAAAGUCACUAGUGGCAGCAGGAGAAGCAUUGCGCCCCCCCCCCCAAAAAAAGUGUCCUUGUUCGUCAUGCAUCAGCCUUGGCUACAACUCCCAGGCAAUGUUGGUAGAAAAGUCAUUCUCAAAUAUGCUUCUGUUUCCCUCCUCUCCCCCUCCUUCCUGGGUCUCAUUUGCAUAUAAGAUUAAAAAGAAAAAAUGCCUCCUAAAGAGCGGCUGGAAAUCCCUGAGACUCACUUUCCUGAGGGCUUGGUGGGAAUUCCCACCGGGCUGAGGUGCAAAUGCUCUAUUUACCGUCACAGCUAAGAAAAGGGAAGCUGCAAAGUUUUCUCUGUUCUGGGAUUUGGGUUAUGCCUCUGAGAACAAAGAGGAAGCAGCCAUGUUAGCAUUACUGAAGCAAAACCAAUCUUGCAUUUAACUGCAUGGUGGUAGAGGGCAGUGUAAUUCCCCGAUAUAUUCCUCAGGCUCUCGCAAACGCUCUGUGUCUCUUCUCAUUUUGCCAACAGGAUUCAAAAGGAGCUGGCUGAAAUAACCCUGGACCCACCUCCGAACUGCAGGUACGGGGAAAACCGCCCAAACUUAUGAUUUUUUUGGGGGGGAGGGGGUGGCCGCGGGGGUGUGUGUGUGUGACUGAGUGUGCCAACGAGGGCAGAAACGGGGGGGGGGCAGGGAGUUAGUGUGAACAGAGGAACACUUGGCGUUGGACAGAUGUGCCGCUCUGCAAUGUUUGUAAGUGGAUUGAAGAUAAAUCAGGAGUUGUGUGAGGAACAAGUGUAGCCAGAUGCUGGAUAGAACGUACCAUGAAGCUUUGAUUGUUAGCUACACAGAGUAGGUGUCACGCUUGCUGGAAAUAGUAGCCCUUGUUGACAAGUGCUAUGUUUGCAUAAGCUAAAUUGUCAUUACAGACGGGAUUUCUUGUUAGCUUAGGGAGAGCUCAGGCUUAUGGAAUGGUGUGUUGGAAUUGGAAGUGAAAGCAGGUAACCCCCUGGGUCGUUGGGGGUUUUUUGCGACUGCGCUCUGCUUUUUUCCCCUUUCCUUUUUUUUGGAAAGAAAGUUGUAAGUGCAGCAUUUGGAAGUUUGGUUUUCUGGGCAGCCGAGAGUCCUGCGAUAAAGAGGCAUUGUAAACACAACUCGGAGACUCUUGGGAGCGGUGGAAGCUUUUAGCAAAGGAGAAGGGCAAGUUGGUGCGAAUGAAUGAAUGCUUGUCUCUCUCUUUUUUUAAAAAAAUGUGAGAACUCUGGGGGAUCUCUACAAAGAGUGAACGCUGGCUCAGCCUUUCAUUGAGAAAUGGUCAGUUGUCAUGCAUGUGGAAUAAACAAAACUGUGAUGCAUUCCUCGAAUAUUCAGUGUUGGGGCUGGGAAAUAAAAGUUGUUCUGAACUGUGCUGGAUACACCUAUUGACUUUUUGCUCUUGAUCAAUUCUUGUACGCUUCCGUCCUCCACACCCGCUGUUUGCGUUGCAGUUUACAGUGACCAGUAUAUUGGAAGCAUUCCUCAUGUGUGAGAAUAUUGCACUAUUCGGGCGAGGAUUGCUCUUUAAUUGGAUUCUGGGGGAAAUAGCUGUCAGAGCCUAAGUGGCUUUUUUUAUUUUUUUGCUGCUGCUGCUGUUGUGUUUUGGCGCAAGCGGUCUCUUUUAUCACUUUUCUUACCUGCUCCAAAAUAAAGAAAUACAUCUUGACACCAGGAAUUGGCGACAAAAGUGUUGACUUCUUCAGGGCAGGUCAAGCGCUAUUCUGAGCUUUGUGCCGGCUCUUUGCUGCAACAGUCUGUUCUUUGUUGUUGCAUUUGUGUGGAUUGUUGUUGUGGUGGUUGUUUUGUGUUACUGCUGUGUGGUCACAUCGCAUAUCUAGUCUGGCAUCCUAUAAUGGAAACAGCAAAGUGGGAUGAUGGUAGAAUGUUUUAAAGAGGGAAAGCAACCCACAUGCAUUUGAGGCUGCUGGUAGAGAGACUGAGCUAUGAGCUUAGAGGCCCGCAAUUUGAAUUUCGACUUGGCACUGCCAUCAUCUAACUCUAAACUGACUAUCAGGGUGAAUUCCCAUCCCUGCCUGGAGGAACUGUGGAUUGAACCUCCUUUCUGCAUGCAAGGUACAUGCUCUCCUUCUAAGUUCUGGCUCUCCCCCCUGUAACCUCUCCACUUCAGAAUAUUGCAUUCUUGCAACCUUGCAGUGUUUCUGUAAAGUUCACGCAGGCUGAAGUUGGCAGUCUUCAACCUGCAGAUUGAUGCUCUGCCUUGUUAAAUUAAUAGCUGAACUGGAAGAUGAGGCAGAGGCUGCCUCUCUGGACCAUUUUUCCUCGUCCCACUCCCCUCUGCCCGCCUUCCCUGCUGCGCAGCACAGCUGCAGUCCUGUUUUCCUAUAGCAGUGGGGGUGGGUCAGGUAGCAUAAACAGUUAAUUUAAAGGCAAAACGGCAAGAUUUGGGUGGUAGCCUGAAAAUUGUUGAGUGCUAUAACCUACGUGAAGUGUUUCAAGCACACAGGGGAAACGCUACACAAAUACCGGCGGCGAAUGAUACGUUGCGCCAGGGAAAGAAAUAUUUGCUUCUCCGAAAGUAGAUUUUAUCGUGCUGGGCAGUGCAUGUGGUUCUUCCCAUUCUUUCUUUCCGUUUGAUGCACUGCAUGUGAUUGGAGAACUUUGGAAUCCAGUAAGACUGCACACAGUGAGAGGGGUGGGGGGCUUAUUGGCCUGUGGGUUUAUUUUUGUUCCUGUUUUUAUUAUUCAUUUUGUGUUUUUAUCUUGCGUUGUUACGUUCUGAGGUCUACAGAUGAAGGGCGGCAUGCAACUUGGUUAAAUAUAUAAUAAAAUGACAACAAACUGCAUAGUAAUAAUAACAAUAAUAAUUUAUUAUUUAUACCCCGCCCAUCUGGCUGGGUUUCCCCAGUCACUCUGGGCGGCUUCCAACAAAACACUAAAAUACAAUAACCUAUUAAACAUUAUUAAACAGGGCUGCCUUCAGAUGUCUUCUAAAAGUUUGGUAGUUAUUUUUCUCUUUGAUAUCUGGUGGGAGGGCGUUCCACAGGGCGGGUGCCACUACCGAGAAGGCCCUCUGCCUGGUUCCCUGUAACUUGGCUUCUCGCCGUGAGGGAACCACCAUAAGGCCCUCGGCACUGGACCUCAGUGUCCGGGCAGAAUGAUGGAGGUGGAGACACUCCUUCAGGUAUACUGGACUGAGGCAUAGUUGUUCUUCCUUGAAAGCAAAGAGAGUGCAGGAAGGAAAUGAUAACGUUAAAAAGAGGAAUCAGUAGCGGAUAUUUCUUUUUCUUUGAAAAAGCUCCUGGAGUAUGAGAAAUCCAGGGGUAAAUAUCCAUGAGGUCCACUGUCUAUGCCAUGCGUGCCAUCUUGCCCCCUCGAUCGACAGGGCUGCGCAAAAUCAGCAUGCCAUGCAUGUACAGCCACCGUGGAACUUUAAGGGGGCCUGGCCCCUUCACUGAAAAUUAUUUUGGAGGCCCAGCUCCCCAGCCCUCCUAUAUGGUGUGUCUGGUCUAUGCAGAGAGGUCUAGGAAGAAAGGGUGACACUAUGAUCUAAACCACUGAGCCUCUUGGGCUUGCCGAUCAGAAGGUCGGCGGUUCGAAUCCCUGCGACAGGGUCAGCUCCUGUUGCUCUGUCCCAGCUCCUGCCCACCUAGCAGUUCAAGCAGAUAAAUAGUCACUGCUGCAGCGGGAAGAUAAAUGGCGUUUCUGGUUUCCGUCACUGUGUUCCGUUGCGCCAGAAGCGGUUUAGUCAUGCUGGCCACAUGACCCGGAAAGCUGUCUGCGGACAAACGCCAGCUCUCUUGGCCUGAAAGUGAGAUGAGCUCCACAACCCCAUACAGUGGUACCUUGGGUUACAGACGCUUCAGGUUACAGAUGCUUCAGGUUACAGACUACGCUAACCCAGAAAUAUUACCUCGGGUUAAGAACUUUGCUUCAGGAUGAGAACAGAAAUCGUGCUCUGGCGGUGCGGCAGCAGUGGGAGGCCCCAUUAGCUAAAGUAGUGUCUCAGGUUAAGAACAGUUUCAGGUUAAGAACGGACCUCCAGAACGAAUUAAGUUCUUAACCCGAGGUACCACUGUAGUUGCCUUUGACUGGACUUAACCGUCCAGGGGUCCUUUACCUUUGUUUACCUUACAUGGCAUGUCUGGUCUAUGCAGAGAGGUCUCGGAAGAAAGGAACCACCUGUCUCUUUGCAGGUGCUCAGAAGCAGCGAGAGGCACCACAGGAUAAGGGAUUCUUUUUCUCCCCACCAGAUCUCAUUCCAGAGGACUGUAAGGGAAAGAUAGUCUCUCUCUCUCCCGGCCCACCCAAACAGGCUUGCACUUCUCAUCUUGAGGAGGUUGUAGGUACGGUGAAAGAAUUCUUAGUUUGUGAACGCUAUGCUUUCCAGGGGCAACUUAGGAUCUCCCCCCCCCCCAACACCUCUGGUGAGAGGCCCUUCCUCUCUUUAAGUUCUCGGUGAUGUAUACAGAACUCAGGUAGGGGCAUCUCACAGAGUUCAGGUGAUUAUCAGUGUAUGGUCCCCAAUGUGGAACCAAUGGCCAUAUUUUUGGAAUUCUGCAAGUCUUUUGACAACAGUGGAGAAAUCUGUGGAAAUUACCUAUGUUCACUUGUAAAAGUUUGACUGAUUUUUUUAAUGUGUUUCCGCCCAUAAUUAUUUUACAUAUAUUUGUCUGUCAGUAGUUCUUGUUUUCUCUAUACAGUUUUAGCGUGUACACUAAGGGAGGUCUCUGAUAAAGCAGCUUGCUUGGAUAGUUAGAUAAAUAGCUCCUGGUUAAAAUAAUAAGUGUGGACACUGUGCCCCUUGCAGGCUUGAAGUGAAGAGAACGUAAAUGCUGAAAUAUUUGGAAUUUCCUGCUGUAAUUUAUGGGAUAGAAUGCUUCUUCCACCUGAUACAAAUUUGUUCACAAGGGAAGUGAAGCUUCCCCAGUAAAAAGGUAGCGUUAUUGGGGGAGCUGUUUUGUUAGGGAAUUGCCAGUACCUUGGAAGCUCAGGGUGUCUUCCAGUCGUGCUCUUAAACGGUUUUAAGGGCCAUUUCGUAAACUGCAUUUUGUCUUCAGAAACCCCUUCCCAAGUAUAUAAAUAUGUGUGCCUUAUGAAGGGCCCUUGUGUGCAAAUAAACAGCAAAUUACUGUUUGCAAAUUACUCGCGAGCAAUGACUGGAAAUCCCUUUUCUGGGGUGUGUUUUGGCGAAAGCUGCAAUUUGCACAUGUGGGCAGCUUUUAGAAAUUGCGCUGCGCUUUGUACCUGGGAAUCGGCGCCCAAAAUGUACCAUGGGAAGAUAAUAAUAAUAAAACGCAUUUCUAUAUAGUGCAUUUCAGACAUGCGGAGCGCGUCAUGUAGAUUGUGAAAUGAAAUCUUUAUCACAGACAUUAUCCCAUUAAACAACAUCCUCACCGUUAAGCGACAGGCUCUGAAUGUUUACAAUGAUAAAGGCAGGGCAUUGUUUCUUGUGCAGCCAAUGCGAGGCUCAGAAUAGUAGUUUUUCUUGGUGAGCUUGUGUUCAAAGUGAGAUUUGAACCCAGGACAUCCUUGCUUGCGGUUCCUGCUCCUGGCUGUUACACAGCAUUGGGUAGGGUUACGGCCUCGUCGCCUUUUGCCCGUUCUGCUUCUGCAAAUGGGAUGAAAAGCCACAGUUGACUAGCAUUUCCAUCUGAUUUUAAAACGAUGCUCUCUCUGCUUUCUGUCUUGCAUUAAUUAUCGUCGCAGGCAAUCCAUUCCAGAUUUAAAAGCCUGCUUAGCGUCACUCGUGCAAAUGUCCUGAAUUCAGAGCAGCAGGAAGAAACUGUUGUACUUUGUAGGUUGUGUUGGCACAAUGCGGAGACACACCAGGUUUCCAGGUGCACUGCGAAUGUUUUGGUUUGGAAUUGCCUACGUCAUAUUUAUUUUCUUACGUUGCCAGAACUUGGUUGAGAAGGUUCUCAGUCAUUAAAAGUGGAGCUUGAUAGCAAUAUAACUCCGCUCACAACUUUAGCACUGCUAAGCAGGAAAAAAAAGUGAGGAAUUGGGGGGGCAGGGCGGGGAGAGUGCUCUGCUUUGAAUGGAAAACCAGUCUCUCCAUUGUUUAAAGCUCCAGCAUUUCAGGGUAAUCGGGAUUCGCAACAAACCCAGUUAGAUGCUGCCAAGAGUGAUUUCUCGUCGUCCGAGCUAAAAAGUAAUCACAAAUGGUAAGAGGAAGCUUGGCUUCUUCUCGUGCCAGAACGAUACUAAUAUGCAAAGGAAAUGAUUGGAUUACUUUGGGGGUUGCUGUGUGUUAUUUUGUUUAUAUGUAUAAUUAGGAAGCCACUGUGGUAAAUGUAAUUGGGGAUAAUUUACCGUGCAGCAAACGUUAGCUUUCCUCACUGACUAGCAGUACUGCAAACAUCGCGGCUUGCUCCAUAAUACAAUUAUGUUUAUCACCCUUUAUCUGAUGAAUGUGAAUAUUCAGUGUGGUUUUUUUUGCCGACAAUUUGGCUUGCAAUUUAUUUAUUUGCUGUUUAUUUGUUUGUCGGAGCUAGAGCUAUAUUCACACAUUACACCCCUCCCCAAAUUUGGCAGCGUUGCUGUUAGAUUUCAAUUUCUGUGUGAAUUCUUUUGAGCUUCGUUCUUACUCUUCCCCCACCAUCCACUUAACAUUCCCAUCUAACAGCUUCUUACAUUUCACCUGAUUUGACCUCUUUGUACUUGACACUUGGAGAGAACAGGCCUUUUCCAUCUUGGCCAUUUGCUGAUGCACAUCCAAGACAUUUGCAAGCAGUAGUUUAAUGUGUCAGUGAGACAAAUCCAUGCUUUAUUUUAUUUUUAUUUAUUAAUUAAUUUAUUGCAUUCGUGUCCACAGAGCUCAAGGUCCUGCUCCUCUACCUGUUCUUCUUUCACCUUCACAACAACCCUGUGAGGUUGGCUCAAAGGGAACAGUGACUGAUCUCAGGUCACCCAGUGAGCUUCAUGGCUGAGUGGGGAUUUGAACUUGGAGUUUCUCAGUCUGAGUCUUGAUGCUCCAACCUUGGGAUGGGGAGCCUGCGGCGCUUCAGACACUGCCAGACUCCCAACUCCCUGCAGCCCCAGCCACCAUGACCAAUGAAUGGUCAGGGCUAAUGGGAGCUGUAUUCCACAACAUCUGGAGGGCCACAAGUUCCUCACCUCCAUUUUGUCUGGAUUGAGUUAUUGGCCCUCAUCUCAUCUGUUGCCACUGGUUUAGCACUGCCUCACCUGAAGUGAAACAAAAAUGAAAGGUCAUGAAACUUUGGCAUCAUUAGAUCUGAGAUUGUGCAUGUGUGUAUAUGGACUCUCUGAUCCUGGUAUAGGUUUUUGCCCUUGUAUUUUUCAUGUGCUUUAGUUCUCUGUGCUUCCUUUCCCUUCACUUCCUGGCCUUCAGACCCGUUUCAGUAGCCCACUAUUCCACAAACGGGUUUAUUUACACCAUCAUGUCCACUGUAAAAUGAACAUGGAAGAUUUGCUUAACCGAGCAAUAUCAGAUUUUUGCAAGGCAACAAUAAAAGAUAUCAGAAUUAAUCAGUCCAUGAUACAAUCAAGUGGAAAAUGUGGGUGACCCUUAAGGCACAAGUCGGCACUGUGAAAAAAGUGGACUUUCAGUGUUGUGAGUGUGGGGUUUUAAAAAUAGAACCUAGACUGCAAUCCAGUGCAUCUCUUGCCUGAACUAAAACAUAUUGAGUUCAACUGGACUUAACUGCCAGAACUGAAUCCUCAGGCAUGUUUUAGGCACAACCUCUUGGGAAAAUCCUGCUCAGUCACAAUCUGCAUAGUUAAGUGUUGAAGAGUUAGGUUUUAAACAGUUUUCAGUUCAGACCUUUCAGAUGCUUUUAUGAUACCAGUCACUAUAAACCCACUGGUAGCCUCAUAAAGGUUGACUUGCCACUUCGAAUGGAGCUCAACAGGUUGUGGGCUGGCUCUCAUCAGAGUGGCCACAUAAGAUCAGCUGAAUUUUGAGAAACGACCAGGAGAGGACAGAAGGCAGGUGAAGGUCUCACCAUCCAUCCAAAGCCAGCAUUCAGAUCAGCUCAGAAUUUCUCUUUUCCUCUGUCAGUUACAAUUUGGAAAAGCUGGACUUUGGGAACAGUUGUUCACAGAGCCUGUACCGACCACCCAGUUCUAGCCUUGCCUAUUCAGAAGUAAGACCCAAAUAGUCUUACUAAGUCCGUGUCUCAGGAAUAGCCACCAUGGCAACCUCCCAAAAUUGCUGGGACUUCAUUUCCCACCAUCCCCGACCAUUGGCUGCCCUGGCUGGGGCUGACAGGAGUUGGAGUCUAGCAAUAUUUUGACGGCGCUCCUAGCUUGGCCUAAAAUGACCACCCAGCCUGCUGCAGAUUGUUGUAGCGUUUCCCAGUUUGCUGUUUUUCCUGGACGUAUAUUUUACUCGUCUCUCUGCCCGCGAAACACGUGCACUCAAAUUCAACCUUUUGCCUGACAUCCAGGGCUUAGCGCAUUUUCCUCGACAGCUGGUCAUAACAUUCAAUUGAUACACUAAGCCUGUUAAACCAAAGGCUGACAGGAAAUCUGUGCCAUUCACUUCCCUAGUAAUCAUAGCCGAGCAAGGAAGUAACCCUGCUUCUCAUAAAAAUGAAAAGGGUCAGGAGUUUCUCGUUCAGGAGCUGUCCUCAGACUUUGCUUAAUGUGGCUUCCUUUGUAUCUCAGCUAAACCUGCAGGGCGAAUGUGUGGAGGAUGUAGAAUUGUGAAAAACACACUUCUGCAGCCGUAUAAAGGCCUUGGGUUUCCCCAACCCUGAUCUCCAAUACAAAUUAAAUGAACACUGGCCAGGUCCCUAUCAUUUAGAUAGAUUUCUCUCUCUCUUUUUCACAGCAGUGUAACAACACUUCACUUUCUUUCUUUUUUGGAGGGGGGGGGAAGUUUCCUCCUAAGCGCCAGCAGCCUGCAGGGGAGAGUGGCAUUUAAUUUGAAGGAAACUUUUGGAACCCUCGUCUUAGGGGAAAUUUGCACUUGGCAAAAAAAUGCAAGUUAAUUCCUGGAAUGCUGUUGUGGAAUUUCCUUCCCCCGGAAAUGGGUUUCCACGUGUUUUUGUUUUUGUUGUUCCCUGCUAGGGAAAAAGAGUUUAAAAACAAUGCUGCUGUUUGGACAACGCAGUUCAAAAGCAAACUCCGAAUUGGCUUUUUGUGUUCUGACGUCUUUGAAGCGCCAGCCUUCCCCCCACCCCCUGCCUUUAUUCUCUCCGGCGUAUAAAGGAAAUUUACUUUCCUUUAGUUUCCUCCCCGUUUUUUUUUUUUGCAAGUGAGUGCAUGCGCAUAAACACAACGUGCCACUGAGAUGAUCUUUGUUUGUGGGAAUCUCUGCUGUCGCAGUAAUAGUGACUAGAGAUAGCAGCUGUGGCAUUUGGUCAUCUAAGCAGUUGUGACAGGAGUUUGCUGUGCCAGUGGAUCAUUGCCAGUAUUAUACAGCUGUCCAAAAAAUGGUGAUGGAUAGGCUCACAAAGGUGAUUCUGUUUCGCUGAACGAAAAAUCACAAGUUCUGCAAACAUAGGAAGCUUGUCUUAUAACUGUCAGAUUGUUGGUCUACCUAGCUCAGUAUUGUCUAAAAGAGCCAGUGUGGUGUAGCGGUCAGAGUGUUGGACUAGAAACUGGGAGACCAGGGUUCAAAUCCCCACUCGGCCAUGAAGCUCACUGGGUGACCUUGGGCCAGUUACUGCCUUCUCUGCCUUGGCCUACCUCACAAGGUUGUUGUGGGGAUUAAGGAAAGAGGGGGAGAACCAUUCACGCCACCUUGAGCCCCUUGGAGAAAAGGGUGGGAUAACACAGCCCCCUUGUGUUAAAAUUAUUGUUUUUAACAGGAUGGGGUUUUAACUUGGGUGGGUGCUGUUCUUUUUGGAGGGUGAGGUUGUUUUAAAUUGUUGUUAAAUGUUGUGUGAUGUGGCAGCUAGACUAAGGCUACCAGCUGUCCCUGUUUCCCAGGGACAGUCCCCAGAUUUACAAAUCAGUGAAAAGUGUCCCCAGAUUCAUUGAAAAAAAUAUGGUAACCUAAGCUAAACUGGUGACUGGGAGUGGCCUCCGAAACCGUAUAACACCGGUCCUAAAAGACCUUCAUUGGCUCCCCGUACGUUUCCAAGCACAAUUAAAAGUGUUGGUGCUGACUUUUAAAGCCUUCAACGGCCUCGGCCCAGUAUACCUGAAGGAGCAUCUCCGCCCCCAUCGUUCAGCCCGGACUCUCGAGGUCCAGCUCUGAGGGCCUUCUGGCGGUUCCCUCACUGCGAGAAGCCAAGUUACAGGGAACCAGGCAGAGGGUCUUCUCAGUAGUGGCACCUGCCCUGUGGAACGCCCUCCCAUCAGAUGUCAAGGAAAUAAACAACUAUCUGACUUUUGGAAGGCAUCUGAAGGCAGCCCUGUUUAGGGAUGUUUUUAAUGUUUGAUGUUUUAUCGUGUUUUUAAGAUUCUGUUGGGAGCCGCCCAUGGUGGCUGGGGAAACAUAGCCAGAUGGGCGGGGUAUAAAUAAUAAAUUAUUAUUAGGAUUAGGAUUGGGAUUUUUGUAUUUGUAGCCUGAAGUAUUAUUUAGGUUUUUUUUUGGUUGAGGAGUAUAUUGUUUAUUAGUGUGAAUAUAUUAGUAUUGUUAAUUGUUUGUGUUAUUUUUAUGUUUGGGUCAUUUUUAUUUUCCUUUUCGUUAUGUAUUUUGUUCUUUGAUUAUUUUCAUUAUGUGUUUUGUGCUUCGUAUACUGUAACUUUGUGUCGUGAACCGCCCUGAAACCUCUGGGGAUAAGGCAGUAUACAAAUUUAAUUGAUGAUGAUGAUUAAUAAUGUUCUCCAGGGUUUCAGAUUGUGUGUGUGUGUCGGGCAUUCCCAGUCACACCAACCAAAUCAGGAAUCUUCUGCAUAGAAAGCAUAUUUUCUGUCACUGAGCCGUGGCUGCUCCCUGGUAGUAUAAUCCAGACUCCAUGUUAAGGAACAGCUGAAUGCUGGGGCUUUUAUAUAUUAAGCAAAUUAAGAAUACUUGGGCAUUCUCAAUUUUGCACACUUCUCCUUCUGCUGGCUGUGGGAAUGGAGAUAUGAAAUAAUAAAGCAACUUUACCUGGAACUCGCAACAUACUUUCAUGCCUUGAGUUCUUCUAAGUCCUGUUGAUUUUGUUGCAUGAGGUCAUUACAUGCUUAAUAAGAGUUCCCCGCUUGAAAUUAACGGCAUUCAAACGUGCUAAACUUUGGCCGGAUCUCCAGAGGGAUGCUGGUGUUGUCUGGACGUUGGAUUUCACAUCCAAUACCAGAUUAUACGCUUGCGCAGAAUUGUGGAAUAGUCGCAGUUCAAAGGCUAUUCAAGGUGAAGGAAUCCCGAGUUACAUCUGCAAGUCCACAAAUUGCUAUGUUUGGUGAGUCCAGAAUGGUCUCCAUCUCUCUGAGAUGACUCUUUGCAAAUUUAGUACAGUGGUACCUUGGGUUAAGAACUUAAUUCGUUCUGGAAGUCCGUUAUUAACCUGAAACUGUUCUUAACCUGAGGUACCACUUUAGCUAAUGGGGCCUCCCGCUGCCACUGCGCCGCUGGAGCACGAUUUCUGUUCUCAUCCUGAAGCAAAGUUCUUAACCCGAGGUACUAUUUCUGGGUUAGCGGAGUCUGCAGCCUGAAGCGUAUGUAACCUGAAGCGUAUGUAACCCGAGGUACCACUGUACUGGCUAUCAAAGUGGCUAAAAUAUAUACAGUGUGUAUCUAUGUAUAAAAGGGGUCAUUAACCAUUUUUUGACAUGCUGUCAGAUAAUGCUGCUGGCUGCCAUCGUGGCCUAGUCUUGCACUUACUGGUUCCCUAUUACAGGCGCUGUCUCUAAAUGGUGCCGUUUCUGCUUUCUCCGAGGCAAAGGGCUUCCUGUUUAUCUGUUAUUGGCACUCGUGAAAAUACUGCUUGACGGGGUUUUCCUUGCACGCUUGCAUUCUGCCCUGGGGAGCGAGGGUGGAGAAAGGAAACUCCGAAUAAUAGUUGAAGCGGUCUUGCUACUUUGGAGCGUGCGUAUGAAAGAGUGUGUGCUUUUCAGUGUUAAAAAUGUACUGCUUUCCGGGUCAGUGAACACUUGCUGACAGGACUGAGCGAAAGCAGGGUUUGCUGAUUUCCGGAAUAGUGAUGGAAGGCGGGAGAACAGGAGAGGAGAGAGGGUUGUGAGCAUCCUAAGGGUAUCCCAACUGCCCAAGGGUAGAGAUGGGCCUUUGGCUUGCUGCUGUAGCAAAGUGUUUCCCGAACGUGGCUCUCUGGAAGUUUUUGGACUACAGUUCCUAUCAUCCCUGACCACUGGGCCUGCUAGCUAGGGAUGAUGGGAGUUGUAGUGCAAAAACAGUUUGGAAAACACAGCUGUAGCGGAGCCAUCCUUUGGAAGAUGGAUCUGAAUGAAGCCCUUAGCUAGCCGAUCCCGGUGGCAGGGCUGUCUGUUCAAACUGCGACUUCCUUCAUCGUUAAUCUUUUCGGAAGGUAAAUCAAUGCGUCACAGCCGUUUAAAGAUGUGUUUAACUAACGAUGGCCUUUAUUUACCCAUAGCUAUUAUUAGUAAGUGAUUUAUUGGCAUAUUGGGGAGGGACCCGAUGAUUUAAUUUUGGAGCAGCGAACUCGGGGAAAGAAGAAAAAGGGAGCAAGAUGCCAGCAGCAGCUGCGACAAUCUAUUAUUUUAUUUUAGUCAUUGCACCUCCCUUUCUGCCACCUCUUAGUCCUUCAGGGUAACUAGUACUUAAUGCGAGUAGCUAUGGUGCUAGAUACUAAACACAGUAGAAUUCCGAGGCAAUUAGAUGCCUAAUAGAAUUUUAAGAGAGUUAUUAAUUUAGCAGACUUGACAAGGCUUGGAGAUCAGGAGGGUCUUUCUCACUUUGCUACGCUUAGGAACGAUUAGAGCAUAUUUUAUCCAAGAUAGGCUCAGUGUUUUCAAAAUAAUCUUAAUAAAAAAAAAACCCUAAUGGAUUUUGUUUUGUACAGACAGAGCUCCUCUCUUCCUCUAUAGCGAGGUGAAAUUGCACUCUUGCCAUCUUCAUAGGUGGAGGCCUGUGUUUAGUGUUUUGAGUUUAAUAUCCCUUCAUUAGUGUUAUUAUUAUUAUUAAUCUUCACAGCAACCUUCAAGGUAGGUUACACUGAGCUGCCAUGACUGACCAAAGCUCAUCCAGUGAGCUAAUUCGCUGAGUGGGGAUUUGAGGCCUGAUCUCAGUCCCAACACUCUGAACACUACAUCAGAAUAAUUUCCAACGAGAGGGAUGAAUUAAAAUAGGAGGCAGAAAUACAUACAUACACAUAGGGCCUGAAUUCAAAUUCUGCCUGGGCCUUUUCAGGACUCAAAACUACCCCAGGGGAAUUUCUGAUCCUUUCCUCCGUUUCAUCAGCAGUUUGUCAUACAUCCUAAGUACUAGACACAACUUUUAGAAGACAUCUGAAGGCAGCCUUGUAUCGGGACGUUUUUAAGGUUUAAUGCUUUAUUAUGUUUUUAUAUGUGUUGUUAUAAUGGGCUGGGGUGGGGAAGAUGCAGUUUAAGUUCAAAGUGAUUGGCUGCUGGUUUAUUUCUGGACCCAUUUCAAAGUGCUGGCGAAGGCUACAGAAAUAAGAAAACCAUAGUGCUGUGCCUCUGGUGGGUAUGUGGGCUUUCAGGGUUCAUACUGGGAAAAAAACCAUUUUUAAAUGCCGCCCUCCCAUGUUGAGAGAAAAACUUCCCAUAUAAAUCAGUAGAGAAGUCCAGAAUUUUACCAUAGAUGUGACUGGGCACUCGCAUGUCUGGCCAGAAACAAAAGUUAGCUCUUUCUAACUCGGGGCUUGUUUUGUGUGAAACAUCAGAUUUUAAAAUGAUUUUAAAUGAAAAUAGUUCUGCCUGUGGACAUUCCAAUGCGGAUUCCAUCAGUUAUCCCCAUAAUGUCAUCCCCUGCCUUGUGUCAUCUUCUUCUGUGGUUGUUCUGCUGCCUUGUUUUAAAUAUCUACCUGGUCCAGAUAUUGCCCCCCACCCACCCGCCACUCCUGGACCAGAAAGUUUGGAGUUUGAAUUCCAAGCCAGCUGCAGAUGGAAGACAGAGGCAGGCGGGAUGGAGAUGAGAGUUGAUUUCAGGUCCCCCCUUGCCGUUAGCACAAACUUUCCUUUAAUUUUAUUUGUGUUGUCACAAUCUUUUAAUUGAACCCAGCUUUGGGAAUCUGACAGAGUUGAAAAGUGAGCUAAAAAUAACCCAGAUAUAUAAAAUGCUGCAGCUCGAGGGGGCUUGGCCUGAGAGAGCAAUCGUCCAGGGGUCCUUUACUUUUGCCUUUACCUAGGGCAGCCUUGCAAAGUAGUCCACUGUUAAUAUUGCACGCGGGAGAAUGAUCUGAGUCCAGUUUAUAACUGCCCUUCGGUGUAGACCUGUGCAGUGUUAGAAACUCAAGAUACUGUAGAUCAGGAAUGAAAAUCCCUUUAUCUGUCCUCUGUCUGUCUAAGGUGUGAUGGUUAGCAACAUUUAUUUAUGGAAAUAUUUAUAGCCAUCACUUCCAUAAAAAUACAGCCAGGCAGUAUACAGCAAAGAAAAUUGCAGCAACAUAAAUAAAAACACCAGAAGUGGGCAAAAAUGAAAUUUGCAUUUCUGAAUAGCACAGGUUUUAAGAGGUGUCUAAAAGAAAGAAGGGAUGAUUCUCGCAUCACAAUAUGGGUAUAUUGUGCUGUUAAAUAUACUUCUGCAACUUUUCAAGUCUGACAUAGGGAUGGACAAACCUAAUGGCCAGCCUGUAAAGGAGAUACCCAUCCAUCCAUCUAUAUUUUAGAAGGAAGAACUAUACAUGUACCUCAGAAUACUCACAAAUAUUGUUGGUGACUUUUGCAACAAAUUAACAAUUUAAAAUAAACAUGAAGUUGGGAUGAUAACAUUUCUUUGAUGAAAAUACGGACGUCCUAUUCCAUACCUUCCAACAUUUCUCCCAUGAAGAUAGGGAUGACCUAAGGAAAAGCGGGACAUUCCGGGAUCAAAUCAGAAACAGGGGUAGCUUCUGUAAAUCCAGGACUGUCCCGGGAAAAUAGGGACACUUGGAGGGUCAGGAAUGAUAAGAGCUUUACAAAUCUUGGUGGGAUGGGAAAGCGAAAUAUUCGCCAAGUUAGGAGAGGGGGAAUGAGAUUGAAAAAGAAGAGCUUCUUUCUGCUGUCUCCUCUCCAAGAAAGAAUCAGACGAAUGGCUCUUAACCCCCAGUAACGUUUUGGAAAAUUGGAUGACAAUGCUAAAAGUGAAGGGAGGUGGGGAAAGGCAGGAGACUUAAGGUUAGCUCUAAAGCAGGGGCACCCAAAGGUCUACUGAAAGCUUCGAUUCGCCAGGUACAAGCCAGGGCGGCUGCUAUUUAUAUGCACCAACCUGGAAGAUAGCUGAGUGCAAAGAGGCUUUUAAAAAAGACAUAUGCUGAAAUCAGGAGGAGAAGAGAAGAGCCAUUUUCAAGAGAAUCCUUCUCAGAAAUGUCCUCCUCUGCCCCCUUGCCCCACUUUCAGCUCCAGAUACCCCACCCUGCUUACACAAUGGCUAAGGGUAUGUGGUUUGUGUUUUUUUGGGUUAAAAAAGAAGAUGCAAAAGGAAAAUCUGCCCAGAACCCUUAACUAACAACAACAACAAUUCUCUGCAAGUUUGAUCCAUCUCCAUGGUCUUAAUGAUAGUGAUCAAACCAAAUUUAGGUAUUUCCUACGAAAUUAAAAAUAGUCGGGAGUGUAAAAUUUUCUCCCUCCCUUGGCGUUGGGAGAAGGACCUCCAAGGGGUAGAAACUGCCCUUCUGAUUUUGCCACCCUUAAAAUUUUGCCCACCCCGGGCAGCUAACCUACUUUGCCUAGUGCUGAAACCGGCUUUUGUCAGAGUGUGUGUGAGUGGUUUGGUUAGCAGGUGUUACUCCACAUGGGCGAAGCGGAAAGCAUGGCCACCCCAAGGACUUUCUCAGUUCUGCCGUUUUGGCUGUGCCAAACCCUCUCCAGAGAUGGAGCCUCAUCAUUUGCCACUCGCCUUUUGGUGAGCGGCUUAUAAGUGGCUUUUUUCAGACAGGCUGGAGUCAGUCAAGAAUUGUAGAGUCAGAAGCCCAUCCCCUGCAGUGCAGGAUUCUUUUGCCCAAUAUGCGGCUUGACUCGAACCCAAGACCCUGAGAUUAAGAACCUUAUGCUCUGCACCUUUGCAGUUCCUGUUCUGUGUUUUGGUUGUUUUUAUGCAGUCUGAAAUCGGCUGUGUUUGUUCUCGCUUUUCAUUUUCAUUUCAUCACUGAUGGCGUUAGUUGCAUUGAGGGUCCUCAGACUGAACGCGAGGUUAAAUAUCUUUAAAUAAAUAAAGUACCCCUGAGCUGUUUGCAGUUUUGUUUUGUUUUUUGGAUUCUGAUAUAUUUAGAAUUUACAUGUGUGUGUGUGUGUAGGCCUCAGAUCCUGGCUUUGAAGAAUCACUCCACUUAAUGCUCAGGUAAUGGCAUGCAGGGAUAAAUGAGUGGUUGUUUAUAUAGGAUUAUGUUGACAUGAAGCUGCUGGGGAUGGAGAUGGGGGAUGCCACAAUAAAUGUGUCUGUGUUGCUCUGCACAUCAUUUCUAUUAAAAGUGUGACCUGAAAAUGAGUGGUGGCUUUGUUAAAAUACCUUUUUCUGAAAAAUGGCUCUCAGGCUGUUUGUUUGUUUGUUUGUUUGUUUCAUUUAUUCCCAAGGAGCUCACGCUGGCAUACAUGUGUCUCGCCUUCCCCAUUUUAACCUCCCAACAACCCUGCAGGGUGGUAAUAAUAAUAAUAAUAAUAAUAAUAAUAAUAAUUUUUGUGCCCUGGCCUUCUGACGGGGUUGCCCCAACCACUUGGGGCAGCUUCCAACAGAAUAUUAAAACAUUAAUUAUGAAAAACUAAGUCUCUCUGAUCCUAGUCGAGCACUAGGGAGUAAGCUUCAUUUAACAUUGUGGGGCUACUCUUGAGUAAAUGAAGAUGAAUUGGAUUUCACUUUAGACCAGAACUGUAAGAGGUGCUUUGCGUGUUAUUGCACAAACCUAUCUUAUAUGACAGGGACACGGGUGGCGCUGUGGGUUAAACCACAGAGCCUAGGACUUGCCGAUCAGAAGGUCGUGGUUCGAAUCCCCAUGACGGGGUGAGCUCCUGUUGUUUGGUCCCUGCUCCUGCCAACCUAGCAGUUAGAAAGCACGUCAAAGUGCAAGUAGAUAAAUAGGUACCACUCCAGUGGGAAGGUAAAUGGCUUUUCCGUGCGCUGCUCUGGUUCGCCAGAAGCGGCUUAGUCAUGCUGGCCACAUGACCCAGAAGCUGUACGCCGGCUCCCUCGGCCAAUAAAAUGAGAUGAGCGCCGCAACCCCAGAGUUGGCCACGACUGGACCUAAUGGUCAGGGGUCCCUUUACCUUUACCUUUAUCUUAUAUGACCACUCAGAAGGAAGUCCUGCUGAGUUCAGUGGGACUCACUUCCAGGCACGGGUCUACAGGGUUCUAGCCUCAAUCGUUGAAUUUGUAAAGUUUGAUGAGAUUGUUUUUCGAGAGGGAUAAAGAAAGAGCCUAGAGUUGGCCAUGCAAGAAGCAAACAACCAAGAUACACAAUCCAGCAAGUGUUUAUUUUUUUAAAAUGAGUGGUCUCCGGGCUUGAUUGCUCACUUCUCCUCACAGUUGUCUGAGCCUGUGAGCUCAAGGCUGGGCUCCGGAUCUGUCACUGAGUACUUUGAGAAAACAUCUGAUAUAUUUUGUGAGCAGGCCCAAGGCAAAUGAUUAAGAGGGAGAUUUGGAAGAUACACAGAAAGCAUUCUGCUCACAAAAGGGAACCCAUUCCUCAGUAUCCUAAUCCCAUAUUUUUGCUUGAAAGAAUGCCAAAGACACAUUCUUUCCUAAUUUGAUCCUCUCUCCAUGGGCAGAGCAAAUGAAGUCAAACCCUGCUUCUUGUUUACAACAAGCCUGUGAGGUGGGUCACCACUCGCCUCUUUAUUCAGAAGAAGGGCUUGGGGUGAGAGACUCUAACCUUUGGAAAUGAACCUUUUAGAUAAGUACACUAUCUGCUGGGUGAUAGUUGGCCAGAAAAAUGAGAAAAGCCACACAGUUUAGCAUUUUCAAAGCUUGUUUCAAAUCCGUGCUUAAUACCAGCCUUCCAUUUCACUUCAAGAUUGAUUGACAUCUAUCUUUCAUAUGUAAAACCAGACUGUGCAAAAAUCCUCCCCAUACUGGUUAGCUGUGCACCUUGCAGCUGAAGUCUAUAAAUGCCUAUUUAGAAGCAAAUCUCACUGACUUCAGUGGCGCUUAUUCCUGGGUAAAUAUGUUUGGGACUGUGCUUUAAUAAAUAAUUGUUGCAUAGAAUUCAGUACACAGGAUGUGUCUUGUACGUGUGUUUCAGUUCUGGUGUGCAGUAAUCAUUGUCUUAAGUUUUAUAUUCAUUGGUCUAUGUCUUUUGCACAAGUUUACCUGCAUACAAGAUGGUUGAGCUGUGCAGAUCAGCAAGUGUAUACUUUCCCCACACAAAUACUUGUACAUGUGUAGAGACAGCUUCAGUGUGAAGAAGCCUAAACUGUAAACUCAUUGAAUGUUACAUGUGAAUAGUCAUAUGAGUGUAAAAUGGUAAAGGUAAAGGACCCCUGACUGUUAAGUCCAGUCGCAGACAACUCUGGGGUUGCGGCGCUGAUCUCGGUUUACAGGCCGAGGGAGCCGGCGUUUCGUCUGCAGACAGUUUUUCCAGGUCAUGUGGCCAGCAUGACUAAGCCGCUUCUGGCAAAACCAGAGCAGCACACGGAAACGCUGUUUACCUUUCCGCCAAAGCGGUACCUCUUUACUUGCACUGGCAUGCUUUCGAACUGCUAGGUUGGCAGGAGCAGGGACAGAGCAACGGGAGCUCACUCCGUCAUGGGGAUUCGAACCGCCGACCUUCUGAUCGGCAAGCCCAAGAGGCUCAGUGGUUUAGACCACAGUGCCACCCGCGUAUCCCACGUAUGUGAGUGUACAGCUCAACUAUUUGCGUACACAGAUUGAACACUUGUUGCAUGUAACUUGUGAACUCUCCUGUGGCUUUGGGGCAAACCUGUUUCUGCACGUUUUCUAUCUUGGCUGUGGCCUCCGAUUAAGCAGAUCUGCGUGUUUCUGCAGCACUCUGAACAAAAAUGAACAUUUGUGCAUGUGUAUAUAGGAUGGUAGGGAUGCGGGUGGUGCUGUGGGUUAAACCACAGAGCCUAGAACUUGCCGAUCAGAAGGUCGGCAGUUCGAAUCCUCGCGAUGGGGUGAGCUCCCGUUGCUCGGUCCCUGCUCCUGCUCACCUAGCAGUUCAAAAGCACGUCAAAGUGCAAGUAGAUAAAUAGGUACCGCUCCAGUGGGAAGGUAAACAGUGUUUCCGUGCACUGCUCUGGUUCGCCAGAAGUGGCUUAGUCAUGCUGGCCACAUGACCCGGAAGCUGUACGCCAGCUCCCUCAGCCAAUAAAGCGAGAUGAGCACCGCAACCCCAGAGUCGGCCACGACUGGACCUAAUGGUCAGGGGUCCCUUUAUCUUUUUAUAUAGGAUGGUAAUUAAAUAUCUUUGUAGUGCCAUCUGUGUAGAAGCCACUUUACAGAGCUCAAUGGGUCCCCACCUCAAGGGGUUUAACAGUCUAGAGAUGAAGGAAAGGGAAUCAGAGGCAGAGUUAAACAGGGGAAGAUGUGCUUCAGCUGUAUGCAUUUAGGCUCAGUUACAGUGCGGUAUUGAGCAACGAUAGCUCCAUACUUACUUCCUGACGUCUGUGAAAAAUGGUCAUCCUUAUCUAGCAUAGUUAGUCAGAGUUAGGCUUGCUUGAGUCCCCUCGAAAUCACUGAGAAUGAAAGAAACAGUUAAACACUUCCUGGGGAAUCCGUUGGAUUUAAAGGGCAUUCCUUGCUGGAUUUUCUUUUCCCCAGGCAGAUUAAUUUACAAGCUGACUAGCUAUCCAAAUAAAAUUAUUCUUCCAUGCGUUUGCAACGGGCUUUUGACUUCAUAUCCCGCUGCCCCCAGUGCCUUGAUCUCUUCCUUGCAACCCACGGUACAUAUGAUGGAAAAUGAGAUGUAUCUCUUUGUUUGCUGAGUCUGGAGUUAAAAUACGUUGGGGCGGUAGAUUAUUAGAAGCAUGAAUCCCUGUAACAGCAAGAAAGAAGGGGAAGAAUGGAUGUCUCUACUGUUGGCUUGGAAGCAAAUAGCCUUGUGGAUGAUGAUCAGCUGGUUCUCGUUCUCUCUCUCUCUCUAUCUCUCUCUCCCUCCCUCUCUCUCUCUUCCCUCCGCCCUUCCCAGCCUCCAUCUCAUUGGAGACUAACAUUCAUAGAGCAAAGGCUAGGAUAGGUACACCAAAGCUCAUGAGGACACCAAUGAUUUAUUUGGAGGGAGCUCCCUGCACCCUGGCCUUGCUUGACUGAUUUGCAGCUUUAUUUUGCUCCAAAGGGAUAGUGGCGACGAGGUCUUUGUUGCUGAAAUGAAAUCCCCGGGCAAAGAGAAAAGGGUGCUCAAUCCCUUGGGUGCGGAAUCGGAUAGUGGUGUGUCUGUCUUUGUAUAUAAGUGUGUGUGUUUGUGUGUGUGUAUAUGCAUACCCUCUAGCUUGCAGCCGGGCAAAUGGAGUGUUUGCAAGACGGCAACAGAACCACUGGCUUGGGGGUCUGGUGUGUCGUGUCUGUUAUCAAAGGGUUGGGCAGAUGAGCUUGACUUGGAAUGUUGUAAAGCGUAACAGCAAGCGGUAACUACAGGAAGUGUUUUCUGCCAGAGAGUAGGGCAAGUCUCCUCCACUCUGUUUGUACACGCACAUAGGCACGUGAACAUUUCCCCCCACCAACUUUUUUAAAUAAACUGAAAACGAAACCACGCAACGGAAGAGACAAAGUAGCAGCAGCUUUUGAGAUUUGCUCCUUGCCUGAUGAAUUUCUGCUACACAAUAUGCCCAAAGAGUGUUCACUUCAUCCUAUCUGAAUGAAUCUCGGGUACAGUGGUACCUCGGGUUACAUACGCUUCAGGUUACAUACGCUUCAGGUUACACACUCCGCUAACCUAGAAAUAGUGCUUCAGGUUAAGAACUUUGCUUCAGGAUAAGAACAGAAAUUGUGCUCUGGCGGCGCAGCGGCAGCAGGAGGCCCCAUUAGCUAAAGUGGUGCUUCAGGUUAAGAACAGUUUCAGGUUAAGUACAGACCUCCGGAACAAAUUAAGUACUUAACCCAAGGUACCACUGUAAUCUCUCUCUCUCUCUCUCUCUCUCUCUCUCACACACACACACACACAUUCAAGUGAUAUAUAUCUGUAGGAUCUGAGCAUUUAGCAUUUUUAAAACUCCCUAGAUUUCUUUCUUUCAGUAGAUAAAACUGUUUGCGUAUAUAUCUAUUUAUCACAUUUGUCUUCCCAUUUUCCCCAAGGUGGUGUACGUGGGUCUCCCCCUCAUUUCACCCCCACAAGAACCCUGUGAGGUAGGUUGCCCCGAGAUAACAGUCACUGGCCAAAGGUCACCCAGUGAGCUUCAUGGCCGGGUGGAGAUUUGAACCUUCCUUUCCCAAUUUCUACUCCCAAGACUCUCAACAGCACACUAAACAGCACAUUAAACUUUACCACACAGGGAACAUGAGGCUCUUUGGGAGUUUAUUAGGGCAGGAAUGGCAGUCCUGCAACCCUGGAAUGCAAGUGACUUUUGUCAGGAUUCUCCAGAACCAGUGUGACAAACUCUCAUAUAUAUAAAUCAAAUCGCCAAAUGGCGCCUUAAACCUGGGUUACGGUCGCCACAAUGGAAUGCCUAGGCACCAUUUUUGUUUUGUUGUUGUUUCUAUACCGCUUUGUAUUUUAAAGAACAAAUCUCAAAGCGUUUUGCUACACAUUAAAACAUCAAACAAAACAAUCCGGAAUAAAACAAAUUCAAGCUUCAGUGACAGUAUUUCAGAUCCUUCUCUUAAGUGACCCCUUGUUAUCCCCAGUUGCCAGCCGGGCAUCCAGAGAUCUCCACAGUUGGUCGCAAUUGGACCCGCGCCAGUCACAAAACAUGCUUUGCACCCGGCUAAUUUCGAACACUGUUGCAGACACAAUUGUGUAUUCUAGCAACACAACUCAUGGACAUCCUGUUAGUUCAGUGAGGCUGAAUGUUGGAUGAUUCAUUACAGACAAAAGUACUUAUUCACAAGGCACAUAGUUAAACUAUGGGAUUCAUUCGGAUAAGAGGCAGCGGUGACCGCCAACUUGGAUGGUUUUAAAGGGGACUCAGGAACAUUCCCAGAGGAUAACUAGCCAUGCUGUGUUCUAUCUCCACUUGUUGGAAGCAGAACGCAGUGGUUGGAAGCUACAGGUGAGGAGAGUGUUGUUGCGCUUAGGUCCUGUUUGCAGGCUUCCCAUGGGCAUCUGGUUGGCUUCUGCGAGAGCAGUAUGCUUAGGGUUGCCAUACAUCCGGAAUUUCCCGGACACAGCUGGGAUUCGGCCGUCGGAAACAGUGUCCGGGUGGGAAUCGCUUUCAUGUCUGGGAAAAUCUGGUUGCAUGGCAACCCUAGAAUUUGGCGAAUUUCCUCCAGAUUUUCUCUUUUUGAAAUAUGGCAAGGUCCCUAAGUACUCUUGACUAGAUGGGCCGCUGACCCGAUUGACAAGGCUCUUCUUAUGCUAAAUGCUACAAAGGAUUCCAUGGUAGACACUCAGGAAUCCCUGGCCGACGGGUCAAUGGAAAGGAUUCACUCCAGGUAAAGAGUUUGAACUUGCCUGAGUUGUAAGUCCAGGACUGAACGUUGGUGUAAGGAUGCUGCUACCUUGUAAACAAGUCCAUUAAAAUUAUUAAUCCACACAUUUCUUUUUACUAGUCACUUGCUUGUAUAUAGCUUUUGAUAGUUGGGGAAAGGGAUAGAGGGGAAACCUACUCCACACUGGAUAGGUAAAGGUAAAGGGACCCCUGACCAUUAGGUCCAGUCGUGGCCGACUUUGGGCUUGCGGCGCUCAUCUCGCUUUAUUGGCUGAGGGAGCCGGCGUACAGCUUCUGGGUCAUGUGGCCGGCAUGACUAAGCCGCUUCUGGCAAACCAGAGCAGCGCACGGAAAUGCCAUUUACCUUCCCGCCAGAGCAGUACCUAUUUAUCUACUUGCACUUUGACGUGCUUUCGAACUGCUAGGUUGGCAGGAGCAGGGACCAAGCAACAGGAGCUCACCCCGUCACGGGGAUUCGAACCGCCGACCUUCUGAUCGGCAAGUCCUAGGCUCUGUGGUUUAACCCACAGCGCCACCCGCGUCCCUCCACACUGGAUAUCUGGGGGCAAUUUUUAAUCGCCCCUGGAUGGUUUCCAGUUGACGUCAUUAGACUUGGAAGACCAAACAUCUCCCUUUGCUUUGAGGCUAAUGGAGUAGAUAUGAGCAAUGAAGACUCACCUGAGAUACAGACAUGUUAACGUCAGGACAGACUUCUCUGUUAGAUACCAUGAGCUCAUUUGUCCCAUCAUUUAUUGAAGUUAGAUAUUAAAAUAAUUUAUCACCUGCCUUUCCCCUGCUGUCUACGGCAGAGCUUUCCAAACUGUGUGUCGCGACACAGUGUGUCGGUUGCAGUGUGUAGGUGUGUCACGCAAACACUCCCCGCGUUCCUCCCGGGGCUGGAAAGGGGUUAGCUGAACCUCCGGGUUGCUACUAAAACUGAAUUACUGUGUCGCGAAAUGAUGCAUGUCUAAAAAGCAUGUCGCCAACAUGGAAAGUUUGGAAAGCUCUGGUCUACAGUGCCAAAUAAAUAUAACUCCACUGAAAAAAGACUAGGGUUUUAUGUCAAAAGUAGAGAACGUGGGUAUAUACCUAACCAAAGAGAGGGGGAGGGAAGACUCCUGCCUUAAAUUGUUUAUGCUUCAUGCUGUUUCAGUCGGCAGAAGGUUGGAAAAUGUUUGAUAUUAAAGCAUUAAAGGAUUGCAGUUUACUUGUAUCACCUUAAGGCAGAAUUGUAAUGAAGAAUUAGGCUGAUGCAGUGCCUUGUUUCUCUAGCUGUUAAGUUAUAUUUAAGCCAAAAUAGAUGUUGAAUUUGCAGUAAUAGCAGUAGUCUUACAUAAUCAUUUUUUACGGCAGCGGCUGACAAACGCUUUCGCAGACAGGCUGAGCAUUAGGCAAGAGGGAGGCAGAUGGACUCAGAAAUAAUGUUUUAUUGUUAUAGCGCUUUAGCGCUGGGAAGAGGCCUUGUGUGCAAUUAGCGCUAUGUACUCUUUACUGCGUUUUUACUCAUGCAGUGUGCCAGGGCAUUGCCUAUAGGCCUUGGACCACUUUCAGGUAGGCCUCAGUGCCACAGCCUGCCCUGUGUGCUAGCUAUGCCAUCGCCGUAGCAUUUUGGUUGGGCCAAUGCCAACACCAGCAGCUCCUUGCAAAGCUGGUGUUGAGGAAGUCAGAAACAGAGAGGAAAAAGUGGUAAGCGGAUGUUACUAUAUAAAUAAGGAAGGAAUAGAAGGGGAGGGGAUAAGAGAAGAAACUGGUUAUAGGAGGAAGAAGUGAAUAGAAAAGGACCGGGGAUGAAAUAAACUGGCAAUUUUGCUGCGUGUGUGUGUCUGUAAGUCAGGUACGAAAGAAGAACGGGAGAAGAAAUUACAGGAGAGGGGUAAAAAUACGUUGAGACACACGUUGAGGGGAAUUGCGCAGCGAAAAGCCUUCUCCACUGAGUAACUCUGAGUCAUCGAAUUCUGCCUAAAACGGGGAGGCUGAGUCACAAAACCCCCAGAGCCAAUAUCUGUACUCUGCAAAAGCUGAGCUGUGGAGCGCCUUGCCAAAAGGAAAGUGCCAUGGCAAAGAAUUUAGCGACUUCCAAAGGCGGGUUAGGUUUCAGUACAAAACGAUGCCAGCCACCAGCAUGUGACUGUGCCUUGCACCUGACUACCAUCUUUGGACUGGUGCGCCUCAGUAAUUUUUGCCUAAGUCAAGUGGGCUCUGAGAUAAAAGGUUUGAGAACUCUGUAAGGCGGACCAAUUUUAUUACCUUAUAAAACCGGGGAGGGGAAUCUGAGACGGAGAGAUAUAGUAGCUUGCUUCUCUGGGCAGACCUAGAGUGGGUGACUGGGGGGCAGUGGAAGGGGGCAGAAACAGCAUGGCAGAGCAAAGAAUGCACUUGAUUAUAAUAUUUUGCUGUUCCACCUGUAGAGCCAGAAUUGACUCACUUUGCCUUUGAACUGAAGAAUUCUCAGAUAUUUGAUUUGCUAGCUGGCUUUGCUCAUCUCUGAGCCUCAGUCUUCCCUAUCUGUAUAAUAGGACAACAUAUAUAUGAAUUUUAGGCCCAGGAGCCUUCCAGGACUAUCUGUCUGGUUCUUGGGGACUCUCCCUAGGCCACAUUCCGUCUUCAGCCGUGUCCCUUUACCUACCUUAACUUCACAUCCUCCUUGAGAGUUUUUACUCGACUAGAAUGUGCCCUUGAACUUUGAUAAUGCCUCUUGCUUGCCUGUAUGGAGGUUAGAGUGUGUGAGACUCUGUGGAAACCAGCCUAAUUUACAAUUUUUAUUGCUACAUUCACUUCUCUGCUCACCUGGCCUUUGGGAAGUUGCCCAGAAGGAAAUGUGGCCCUUGGCUUUUACUUUUUACUCUUAAGAGAAAGAAAUCAUUGCUUUUUCGCCAAGUUCUGAACAGGGAAAAAGAAGUCAGCCUAUACAGCCUGCUGAGAGGUCAUCUCUUCAAGAGUCCCGCACCUUCAUUUGUCCUCAGCCCUGUUAGUUAAGUGCGAAUUUACCAAUGAAACCCCUUAUUUCUUUUCCGCAAGAGUUUGCAAAUGAAUGGGCAGUCUGUUGUCUACAGAUGAAACUGUGUAAGAGAUCCCACUUCCUAGCGGUUGCGUUAGCACCAGCGUUUGAAAUUUGCCUCCUGCGACCAAGUGAAGAUGACUGGGUGCCAGGAUGGAUAGCAGACUGCUGGAUAGCUCAGUUGAUUAGAGCAGGGGGCUGAUAAUACCAAGGUUGCAGGUUCAAUCCCCACGUGGGACAGCUGCUUUGCAGGGGGUUGGACUAAUUGAUCCUCAGGGUCCCUACCAACUCUAUCUGGAGGUGCGUGCCUGCGGAUCCUUGGAUCUUGACUGUUUUCACACACUAGCAACACAUCCCGUAGAAUUAUAUCCGUUAUAUUUUUUCUGCACCAUCCGAGUGAAUUUCAGGAAACAAAAAGUCAUACUGAAAAAUAAGACAUUCGAACCUCAAAACGGUAAGCAGGCGUAUCGUUUUGGUGACUGCAACCCUGGUUCAAGAAGCCAUUCGGCAUCUAGCUUAUACGCCUGAGUUUCUAAAACUGGUUAGCACUCACAACUGUUUCUGGAGAAGGGAUGCCGAGCCAAGUGCUUGCCGCUCCCGUUCUGAAUGGGCUGAAAUAUUGACUGGGAGUGCUCCAGCGGCGAAGCGGAAGUGGCACAGCAAGGGCAAGACGCAAAUAGGCAAUAAUGUCAGCAGCCUUUCCCAGCUCUCCGUCCUCUUGCAGCAGCUGCGCAGCUCUUUUGCAGCCAUGCUUUCGUUCCUAGUUUUCUGCGGAAAGUGUGCCAUUCUCCUGCUGCUCUUUUGGAACGUCCCCUCGCUGCGAGAAUGAACACACCCUUCACCAACUUUAGAGUCUCUGUCUGGAGAGGAGAGGAAUUCAAAUUAUUAUCAUCUGUAAGUCGUAUGCUUCCUGGUUCCUAUUAAGCCCUUGUUUUCGCUUCCACAAAUUCCUAAUAAAAUCUCGGCCCUUUCCCGCUAAUGUUGUGCGCCCUGGAUACAGUUGCUUCAGUUUCCACGUCCCGAUUUGAAGGUGUCCUCCGCCCUACCUCUUCCCCCAGCUGUUGUUUAAAUUCCAGCAGUUCUGAGCUUGCUGUUUCCUUGGGGAGACCAAGGAAUGACACGCAGAAAUAAAAUUUCCCCUCCCCUCUGGGCUGUGCUUUAGCCUGGCCCCAGUGUUUGGAUUUGGAUACCUUUGUCCUUUGCUGACAGUGGAAGACACUGCUUUGUGUAUUUGUGUUUUUAGCAACCUCGUGUGGACUCAGAUGCCAAGAAAAUAAAUAGCUUUGCAAUGGUUUCUCUGUGUGCUGCUGCUUUGUGCUUCCAUAUGUUGUUAGCUGUUCCAGUUUAGUGACGUUAACCUUAGAAAGCAUCACAGGCCGAUGGCCUCCUUAUCAACAGGUGUGCUUUCCUGAACAUGCAUUUGUGUGUAUGUCAUAGAAUAAUAGAAUUGCAGGGUUGGAAGGGACCCCGACGAUCAUGUAGCCCAACCCUUGCAAUGCAGGAAUAUGCAGCCAUCCCAUUCAGGGAUUGAACCUGCAACCUUGGUGUUAUGAGCAUCAAGCUCUAACCAGCUGAGCUAUCCAGUCUUUGUUUAAUCCUUGCAGAAAAUAAUCAGGUUUGUGCAAAUGUGGCAGCACCAUGUUAGGAACGUGGGGACCCGUCUGAUACCUUUGUAACUCAGGGAUGCCUACACUAGCCUUUGCCAACCUGGUGCCCUCCCGGUGGUUUGAACUACAACUCCUAGCAGCCCCAGACAGCAUGAGGAACAGGACACAGAAGCUAGCAUCCUAAAGAAUGCAGCCUUUCAACGGAAAUGUUCAUCCCUGCGCUUAUUGUUGGCGGAAGAUAUACAUGGCAGCAGAUGAGCAAUAUGUUUUUGGGACAGUGCUGUUAGACAUAGUUUCAAGAGCUAAACUGGUAUUUUUAUUCUAGCCUUUUAGCAAAUUUUAAUUGAAGGCCCCCACCUUGUUUGCAGGGUCAUGGUCUCAGUGUGGCCACACAUGGGGAAAAACGGUCUGUGACUGUUUCGGACGAUAUGGCGCCCAGGCAGCCUGGCAUUUUGAAACGUCAUUUGAACGCUGCGACAGAUCACAGACACCUUUGGCACCUUUUCUGGAAGAGGGCAGGCUGCGUGAAGAGGCUGUCCUGCGUGCCCACAAUACAUCGGAGCAGUCAGUUGAGCCAGUGUAGUUGCCCCGUGGCUUGGUGACUUCAUGGCAUCAGCUUCCCCCUCAAUGGCUCUUAGCCACAAUAGCCAUCUUCUGCCUCUGCUGUCCUAGGCUGUAUUGCCUGUCAAUGUCAGUUUCUGGGCCAUCGCAUGUGAGCAGAAGGCUGUUGUUUGCAGGUCCUUCUGGUGGGCAUCUGGUUAGCCACUAGAGUGUCGGAUCAGAUGGACCUUCUGCCUGAUGCCUCAGGGCUUUUCUCAGGGCUUUUUUUUCCCUGGACAAAAAGGUGGGGGAACUCACCACAAAGUUUCCUUGUUUGCUUGCUUGCUUAUUGUGGGCCCACACCCCUUGCAGUGGCUAAAUGUAAGCUGUGAUGAAUAAACUCAAGCAGACAAUGAUCUGGAUUAGAAAUGGCCACAACUUUAUUGAUUACAGAUAUAGGUGGAUUUUUGGCUCAGGCAUUGGGUGUAUUCCAGUCCUCCCCGCCCCGGACCCCACAAAAAAAGAACAUUGAAAAAGAACUCAGUUCCUGCUCAAAACCCCCCUGGCUUUUCUUAUAUUCUUACAUGGUUGCUUUGCGCCUUCUUGAUUCACAGAAUUAUUCAUCCCUCGCACUCACUGUUACUUUCUCAUAGCUAACACACUGUCCUUUUAUAGCCUAUUUUUUUUAUUAAAUUGCCUGUUGGGAUGUGAGCGCCAGCCUCUCCCGCACUUCUUAUUCCAGAAGGAAACCCAUCCAUCUCGGCAGACAAAUUUGACUAAUGGCAACAACGCAGAGUCUUUGCGUAACUGUUUGGUGUUAACUCAAAAGCCCUGUGUUUUUCUAGCGCAUUUCUUCAUUACUGUAUUGUAUCCUUGCAUUAUUUAAUGAAAACCACGCAGGGAGACAGCGGUGCUCUGCCAGGACAGCAUACCAAAUAAAAGCCAGGUGGUGUUUUGCAUCUGUUUUCUCAACGCCGACUUUGGUGAUAUAUGUAUUCUCUGUGCAAGCCGCUGUGUUGCUUUAAGGUGAAUCCUCAAAAUAAAUAGAGUGCAUGUGGGAAUGUGGUUUCCUUAUGAGCGCAGCUAAGCCAGCCAUGAAGAAUCCUAAGCCCUUAUUCUGUGAGGAGCUCAGGUGAUUCCAGGGCUGGGGAGCCAGGGCCGCUUUCCUUUCUGAGGAACCUUCCAUGGUUAGAAACUCAGAUAUAUAAGCUAGGUGCCAAAUGGUUCCUUAAAGGUAAAGUUAAAGGGACCCCUGACCAUUAGGUCCAGUUGUGGCCGACUCUGGAGUUGCGGCGCUCAUCUCGCUUUAUUGGCCGAGGGAGCUGGCGUACAGCUUCCGGGUCAUGUGGCCAGCAUGACUAAGCUGCUUCUGGCGAACCAGAGCAGCGCACGGAAACACUGUUUACCCCCCCCCCCGGAGUGCUACCUAUUUAUCUACUUGCGCUUUGACAUGCUUUCAAACUGCUAGGUUGGCAGGAGCAGGGACCGAGCAACGGGAGCUCACCCCAUUGCGGGGAUUCAAACCGCAGACCUUCUGAUCGGCAAGUCCUAGGCUCUGUGGUUUAACCACAGCGUCACCCGGGUCCCAAUGGCUCCUUAAGCCAAGCUUACAGUUGCCAAAACGGAAUGUCUAGUUGCUAUUUGGGGGCAAUUCUCAUUUUUUAAAUGAUGGACUGACUGUGAUUGAUUAUCAGUUAAACAUCUGACUAGUUCAGAGGACAACCUUGAACUAGGUUUAGAGCUCCUGAGAACUUGAAGAAGAAAAGUCACCUUAUCCAUGAACAGUCCACAGGCCAUUCACAACAUAAGAAUAUGCUUCACAACCGUGAGCAGCGCAGUGGAGGGGGGCAAGCGAAGACAAGCGACAACAGUUAGCUAUAACAUUUUUCACCGCUCCUUCUCAGACCACACAGAAAAAGCGUUUUGGUUCCUGAAAUUCAUUCCGAUUGUGCAGAUGAAAUAUAACAGAUAGAAUUCUACAGGACGGGGUAUUAGUGUGUGAAAACGGUCAAGAUCCAAGGAUCCCCAGGCAUGCACCUCCAGGUGGUAGAGAUGUCAGGUGCCAACCUGGCGCCCACGCAUCUUCACUUGGUCACAAGUGGCCAACAGCCAGCUGCAAAAUGUGCCUGGCGCCUGGCUAAUUUCGAACACUGUUCCGAGGGCCGCAUGGGCCGGGCCAGAAGCAAAGUUGGGAAGAACAAGGAAUAUACUUGUUACCUUUACACAGCAGGCUAGUUUCUUCCCACACACCUCUCGGUGUCCAUUCCAGACAAAUGAAAGUAAAAUUAAGUACAGUGGUACCUCAAGUUAAGAACUUAAUUCGUUCUGGAGGUCCGUUCUUAACCUGAAACUGUUCUUAACCUGAAGCACCACUUUAGCUAAUGGGGCCUCCUGCUGCUGCCGUGCUGCUGGAGCACGAUUUCUGUUCUCAUCCUGAAGCAAAGUUCUUAACCCGAGGUAAUAUUUCUGGGUUAGCAGAAUCUGUAACCUGAAGCGUAUGUAACCUGAAGCGUCUGUAACCCGAGGUACCGCUGUACAGUCAUACCUCGGGUUGAAUGUGCUUCAGGUUGAGCUCUUUUGGGUUGCGCUCCGCGGUAACCCGGAAGUAAUGGAGUGCGUUACUUCCAAGUUUCGCCGCUCGCGCAUGCGCAGACACUCAAAAUGACAUCACGUGCAUGUGCGGAAGCGGCAAAACAUGACCCGCACACGCAGAUGUUCCAUUCAGGAUGCGAAUGGGGCUCCGGAGUGGAUCCUGUUUGCAUCCCGAGGUACCACUGUAUAGUCAAAAACACUGACGUGUGAAUCUGUGCCAGUGAAGGAGGGGGAGUCUUUGUGAGGGGGAGUUGUGAGGGCUCAGAUAGAGAGGCAGAAAAGCUGAGGUUUUCCAUCUCUGCAUCACACACACGCCGGCAGCCAAGUCCCAGUUUUUGUUGUUUAGAUGAAGAGUAGCUUUGGGAGACUGAAACACGGCCAGCUGAAUUGCAUCAUGAUUUCAGCAUCCUUUUUCAGUCCCGCCGCGCCUUGGUUUGAAAAGUGCCAUCUAGUUUUUGAGAGCUCCAGAACACUUCCCUCCGAAAGCAUGUGUCUUUUUAAUACGUCAUGGCUCAAUUAUCACAUUCAAUUUGGACUGCCAAAAUAGCCAUAUAUAUUGUCUAGCGAGUGACAGGCUGGGCCUUUUUAUCUGUGCCUGGCUGCCUGCCAGCUGCUUAAUUGAAGCUCUGUGUUUGCUGUGUGUCAGAUCUUACAGUGGUCUAUUACGCCCAGCUAAAACAAUAUUUUGAAAAUGUUUCAAAUGCAAACCAAUCCUGUGCCUAAGAAUUUCAUGUUGUCUCGCUGAAUUGUCUCCUGCUGCAGUUGUAGCACUUGGUCAUUUAGUGUAGGUUAUUUUGGGGUGUUGUAUUUUUUUGGGGGGGGGGAGUUGUUGCCUAUGGGGAUAAACAGGAUCUGGUCCUCUUGCAUUCAUCUUGGAAAAUUACUGCAAUUCCACCACCUUACCACCCCUCAAAGCCGAGAUGUUUAAAGCGGUUCCCUCUGCCUAUAAUUUCUCAUUUGAAGAAUGCAUUUUACAAUUGUGCUCCACCCAGCCGGUCUUGCUUUGCAUUGUGGAAAGCAGCGAAAGCCUCUGGAGGGACCCGCCUUCCCAUAGACCCUGCUCUGCUGAGUCCCACAUGUCGACUUGUGUCAUAGUUACACUCCAUUAAUUGUGGUUCCGUUUGACUGAACUUCACAAGCGUUGGGGAAAUGCUACCACUUCUCUUCCAGCCUCUGCAUUCUUGGCUGUUUGAUAAAUGUGGGCAUAUCGCAUUUUGGGGGAGCCCCAGCUUAAUAGCCCCCAUCCAUCUGCAGCCGCACGUGGCGAGGCAGUUUGCAUGAUUUAGGAGUCCCCGGACGAAAAGAUGGGGAAGCACGUUGCCCUCCUGUUGCAAUGGCAGAUGGCCACAUCCUACAUGCCACAGCUAUUCCCUAUGAUGCAUUUGUUACCCUUGAGUGCUGACAAAUGAGGGUCUUAUACGUUAAACCGCAGGGGGGUCGAAAAGGGGAGGGAUAAAGGGUGUUAUGUGUGCUGCAAAGGGAAAAAGCAAAAUGUUGACACUAAUAAGAAAGUGAAGUGCAAAAGGCAGCCACAGAUCCUUCUGCCCAUCACAGUGCAGUUGGGCAUCCAAUUUGCCAGCUUCCUAUUGCCCAAGGUUUCAAAUACAGUAGGAGAAAUGUGUAUGGGCAACUCAGGGCUGGAUUAAGAGGCCCUAAGCACUUAAAAGAUUUUGGUGCCCCUCUAUAUAUCUAAUUCAAAAUAUAAACAAUAAUAAACCGUGGAAUAGAACUGUUUUGAUUCAAUUUCUAGAUGGGGAACCAGUGGCCCCACAUAAGCUGUUGGACUUUAAGUCCCGUCGGUACCAUCCAGGGAUGAUGGGAAUUGUAGUCCAGGAACAUCUAGAGCAAGGUUUCCCAAACUUGGGUCUCCAGCUGUUUUGGGACUACAACUCCCAUCAUCCCUAGCUAGCAACACCAGCGGUCAGGGAUGCUGGGAACUGUAGCCCAAAAGCAGUGCUUGGGAAACAUUGAAGAAGGCCACAGUUUAGCCACCCCUGUGGUUUGAAUGGUGCAGCGGAUGGCAGCUGAAUAAAAAACCCAUUAGCAUGUUCAGUGUUAAACUGGCCCGUGGAAAAGCAUUAAGUUUUCCCGUUUGCAAAUUUGGCUUUGGCUCCUUCUAUCUAUGUGUCUGGAAUGGAAACUCUGAAUUCCCAAUUUUUUUCACACGGAGGAAGCAGUGCUGGUUGAUUUAUACUUUUGGAGGGGUGUGUGUUUCUGCCUGUUUCCGCUGGCAGUUAAUUAAAACUAGCCUGUGGCCCCGGUGUUUGACCAAACAGGCAAGGAGAUUAACCUGAACGCCUCUUUCUCUCCCCUCUCCCCUGGCACCCACUUCAGCUCUUUGCAAGAUGAGAGUCUAUAUAAAGCCGUGCAAAUUUGCCAUGGGCAUGUUAACUAACAAUUUCUUCACAGACCGUGUAUAAAUACUUAGAACUUGUCCUUUGGAACCAUUUCUGCCAGGAACUUUGUAUAUUUCUUUCCUUCCCUUUCCCCUCCAAGUGUGUUUUAUGUCUGAUAGGAAUAUGUUUGACUGCCUGUUGAGUAGUUAAGGCCAUAAAGAAACUUUGUGUUGGAUUUUGAAAAUGCUGUAUUUUAUUCCCUUUUUUCCUACUAAGGGGAGAAUGAAAAUAUAUAUAAACACACAUAUAUGUACACACUUUUAUAUAUCCCAUUGGGAGGAUAUAUUUCCUGUUGAAAUUCAUUUUUCAGAUGCAUGUAUAUGUAUACGGUGGUACCUCGGGUUAAGCACUUAAUUCGUUCCGGAGGUCCAUUCUUAACCUGAAACUGUUCUUAACCUGAAACACCACUUUAGCUAUGGGGCCUCCUGCUGCUGCCGCGCCGCUGCUGCACGAUUUCUAUUCUCAUCCUGAAGCAAAGUUCUUAACCUGAGGUACUAUUUCUGGGUUAGCGGAGUCUGUAACCUGAAGCGUAUGUAACCUGAAGCGUAUGUAACCUGAGGUACCACUGUAUACACACACACACACACACACACACACACACAUUCAUAUGCACUGUUUUAUAAACAUGUACACACUCCACUCAGCAGGGAACAAUAACAAAUCCCUCAGAAACUAUAGAAAGUUAAUGUGAGAUUAUGCCUGCAAACAUGCCCCCUUCAUCACGAAGAAGAGGAUGGAGGGAUUUUAAGCAUUUUUACGCAUAAACUCCACUUCCCAUUUAAAUGCUCCACACAAGUUGGGGCAGCAGGAUGACUUGGGGACUCAUUCCUGCAUGUAAGCGACCUAACUCUGGGGUCCUGUGAAGCCUAGCUCAUUCUAGGGUGGAGAACCUUUUUUGAAAGUGGAAUUGAAGCAGGACUUUGAGGGAAAACAAUGGAAGCAAACAGACACAAAAAUGGUACUUUGAAGAUGUGUCUGAUAUUUAGCCUCUGAAUAAGCACUUCUUAUGUGCUAAAAAAUCAAAAGGGGUGAACCUUUAGCACCACGGCAAUAAAGACAUUAAUGUAUCUAUGUUUACAAAUUGCAUUGUUAAUUCUGUCUGCACAAGAAAUAUUGUAAGGAAGGAUGCACUAUUUCAGAUAUUUGGGGACUGAGCCAUUUAGGGCUUUUAAACACUUAAGCUUUUUUUUUUUUUAAAAAAAAACAAACCUGAGUUAUAUGUGUUCUAAAGGAAACCGUGGCCAGAAUUCAGGCAGCUGAAUUUUGGAAGUUUCUGAGUCAUCUUCAAGGGUAGUCCCAUGUAGAGCACAUUGCAAUAAUUCAGUCUGGAAGCUACCAGAGCAUGGGAUUCUGUGGCCAAGCCAUCUUUGUCCCCAAAGUACCAUAAUAGAUGAACCAGCUAGCACUAGAAAAAGACUUCAGGUCUGACAACCUGAAUCUCCAGGGACAAAAUUGAAACAAGCAGCACUCCCCAAGUUGUGAACCUGCUCUUUCCAGGGAGAUGGAGUUCCCAACAGGACACAGACCAUCUUUACACCUUCUGGAUAUGAGAACUUGGAGCACAUAACGCCCCUGUCUUUUUAGGAUUCAGAUUCAGGGGUUUUUUUUUAUCUACAUCCAGCUUAUCACAGCCUGCAGGCACCAAACUAUUAACCCCUGAACUACCUCUCCUGUUUCAGAUGGAGCUGGGUGGCAUCUGCAUAUUGAUGACACUUCACUCCAGAUCUCCUGAUGACAGUUCCCAGGAGCUUCACAUGUUAAAUAGGAUGGAGGACAAGCUGGAACCCUGUGGGACACCAUCAGACAACUCCAAUGGUGUUAAGCAGUAGACUUCCAUAACUACUUUCUUGAAGUGGCCCUGGAGGGAGGAGUGAAACCGCUGAAGCACAAGGCUGCCUACCUUCACCUCUUUGAGAUGCUCCAGGAGGAUGCUGUGGUCAACGGUAUCAGCAAAAAACAUUCAUUUCAUUGUAGGGAACAAAUGGCUGAAUUUUCACCUUCACAGUGGACUGACUGCUUUUCAAACUCAUUCAGCACUCGAUACUAAAGUCCCAUGAUUUUCUUCUUUUUUGUUUGCAGGUCACCCUUUAAUGGAACUGUAAAACUAAAGUGUAGACAGCAGCUUUCUUUUUUGUCGCCUGAAGGGCUUAAAAGUUGAGAAGGGUAGUAACUCAGAUGUCAGAAACUCCUGAGGAAAGGAGAAGGAAGAGUGGGCAGCGCUGUUAGCCUUGUGUAAGUAAUGCAGCCGUUAGCAGCGAGGGAAGUUGAAAGGCUCAGAUUGUGACCCUUUUCAUUCAUUACCGCUGUAAAAAAAGGAAAUAAAUGCCUCCCACACAUGGUGUAUGAAUGUAAAAAAAAUUCUGUGGUCCAUGUGCCUCCGUUGUUAAAUGGUCUUCACACUGUGAAUAGUGACAGGCAUGUAUUUUCCAUUGUUACGUGGUGCUGGCUUAAUGCUGACUCCCUGCAAACGAUGGUUUGCAAAUGGGUUAUUCCAGACUCCCUUUGCUUCCUUCCCUUAUCUUGCAUGGUCCCACCUCCCUUUCCUUAUAAUAAUUUGUUAUUUAUACCCCACCCAUUUGGCUGGGUUUCCCUAGCCACUCUGGGCGGCUCCCAACAGAAUCUUAAAAACGCGAUAAAACAUCAAACAUUAAAAACUUCCCUAAACAGGGCUGCCUUCAGAUGUCUUCUGAAAGUCAGAUAGUCGUUUAUUUCCUUGACAUCUGAUGGGAUGGCGUUCCACAGGGCAGGCGCCACUACCGAGAAGGCCCUCUGCCUGGUUCCCUGUCAUUUCACUUCUCGUAGUGAGGGAACCACCAGAAGGCCCUCGGAGCUGGACCUCAGAGUCCAGGCUGAACGAUGGGGGUGGAGACGCUCCUUCAGGUUUACAGGGCUGAGGCCAUUUAGGGUUUAAAGGUCAGCACCAACACUUUGAAUUGUGCUUGGAAAUGUACUGGGAGCCAAUGCAGGUCUUUCAGAACCGGUGUUAUAUGGUCUCAGUGGCCACUCCCAGUCGCCAGUCUAGCUGCCUCAUUCUGGAUUAGUUGUAGUUUCCAGGUCACCUUCAAAGGUAACCCCACGUGGAGUGUGUUGCAGUAGUGCUCUAUUUUAGCCAUGGUUUAGUGUUACACCUGCACCUGUACACCUGUACCUGUUAACACCUGCUCACCAGACACUGCCUUAACAGCGAAUGCAGACUCUACCCAAAACCCAGGCAGGUUCGUAUGUGAGAAUGGUGAUAUGUCAGUAAUUAUUAGUCAUGGUUGUGUUGCCGCGUGCCUGGGAGAGUUCCCCUCCCCAAACUUUCCUUCUUUGCUGGCUGUCCGGGGGUGGGUGGGUGAGAUUCUGUACUGCAGCUGACUUGACUUUGACCUUUCUUACAAGUGACCAUUUGCCAAGUGACUACUUAAAGGUUUCCUGCAUUCAACGGCUUGUCGUCUUGUGCUGUCUUGUCAAGCAGUGAGGAGAUUGGGCAGCUGGCGAUGGCAACUUACCUGACCCCUGAUAUAGGGCAGCUUCCUGUGAACCUGAUAGCUAUAUGGCCCCAACUGCUCCUUUUUCAGUGGGGUUUUGAGUUUUCCUCCUUGAGGUGAAAUGAGCAUUCCUCUGCUUAAAGUGAAGAAAAGAAAAGGUGCCUUUCCAAAAAGGGAGGCGGAAAACCAAAACAAAACAGAGAAGACUAGAUUACACAGCUAUUAUUGUCCUUGUUUCAAAGUGGGUCUUUUAAACUCUUUUUUCUUCUGAUAGAAGGGCAGCUCUGUCUCCUCCUCUCUGUUGGAAUUGCUUGGCCCAGCCAUUAUUAGCAGGGUUUGGAAGAAAUGAGGCAGCUGGUAUCUCUCCUUAGAGACCGAAGGCAACCGAAGGCCACCAGUCCAUCUUGGAUUACAAGCGGUGUAAACACAGCUCUUCCUUCUCUCUCCCCGCUCCCUUGGCUGCCUUGAUUCCAUUUUUUCUUAAAGAGGAAGGGUAGCUGCACUUGCCACUUCUGUGCCGCAAAAGAAAAGAUCUGGAGGCAUGAUAUACAGUGGUACCUCGGGUUACAUACGCUAUAGGUUACAUACGCUUCAGGUUACAGACUCUAUUGAAGUUCUCACCCUGGGCCAGCAGGGUGAUACUGUAGAUAGUUCAGGUCCACAUAUGCAAAUAAGGGAUUGAAAGUGACGUUCAGUGAUUGGAUAGUUACAGAAAGUUGUUACAAUUACGUUGUUCUGGAGCUCUAUAUAAGCAGGCUGGCUGAACCCUUCAGUUCAGUUCUGUUCUGGCCUGUGAAUAAACAAGAGCUGUUUGAAGAAUCGCUGUGUCGUCUGAUAUGUUCACCCACAACUUAACAAGACUGAAAGGGCUUUUAUUGGGGACUGUUAAAAUGCAUUUGGCCAAAACCUGUAACAUAACAACAACAACGACAACAACUUCUUCUUCUACUUCUUCUUCUACUACUACUACUAUAAUUAAUCACUGUAUUGUGCCUUUCCCUCACCUCUAUUUUUGAAUCAUGGGUGCUAGGAACAACUAGUAAGUGGAAGGGCAAAAUUCAUUUCGGGCAAAUGCCACCUGCUCUUGCUGCAAUGAGCUUCCUUUGUCCCAAAAUCUAAGCAUUUUUGGAAUGCUCUUCCAAGAUGCUUUCUGAUAGUACUUUCUGCUUAAAUGGACUCAGUACUUUUGGUGCUUCCUUUUUGAAAGUUAUGUUCAAAACCAACUGCAAAGUAAAAAGGGGCUUUCUGUGGUUCCUGCUGCCCCCACGCCCCGCAGAGAUGCGAAAGAGGCAGCGAGAGAAAUUGCUUUUUUUUUUUGCGGGAGGAAUGGGAAGGCUAUGGAUUUGUGAGAGACUGAGGGGAACAAAGCAUGAUUGCACAGCGCACCUGUUUUAGCGUAUGUUUUAAAUAUUUAUUACAUGCUUGAAAUGCUUAAAGCUUCACACUUAAAGCCGCGGUCUGAUUUAAUGUUAUGUAUAGCUGUGAAGGUAUAACUGAAAAGAAAAGAAAAAUCACUGGGCUGGGGUGGGGGUGGGGGGUGAGAGAGAGACAAGGGGAGGGGGAAACAGAGCAAGGCAUCAAAGAAGUGAAAAGAUUGACAAGUGUAAGAGAAAACGGCGACACUUUGACAGUGCAGUCUGUGCAUGUCUGCUCAGAAGUAAGUCCCAAUGAGUUCCAUGGGGCUUAUUUCCAGGUGUAAGGUUGCAACUUACUGGUUGUUUUGAUCUCUGAAAACAGUUACUUAUUUAUUGCCCUCUUUUUAGACAAGUAUUAUCUCCCUAAAGCGGCCCCCCGGUGAGAGAGAGGCCAGACCAACCAUGAGGCAGAAUGAGGGAAUCGCCUCAGGGGCCAAAUUCUGAGGGCAUCCUCUUGAGUGAGCCCUGUGGCUGUACUCUUCCUUGGGAGGCCAGAGCUGUUAACAACAACAACAACAACAACAACAACAACAACAACAACAAUUUAUAACUCUGCCAACUGACUCCGUUGCUCCAGCCCCUCUGGGAGGCUUCCAACAAUUAUAAAAGCAUAAUGAAAAAUCAAACAUUAAAAACAUCACUGAACAUGGGCUGCCUUUGGAUUUCAUCUAAAAGUUGUAUAGUUUAACAGUGCAGGCAACAAAAUGCUUUGGCCGACUCCUGGUUCUAGGACAAGAUAAAACUGAGUUAACAACAUAACUCAUAUACUGUAUCCGUCUAUAAAAUAGAUAAAAGGGAGGGUGGCUGACCAGGAGCGAUACAGAACAUUAGAUGAAAUGUGGAAAUGUGACUAGUUUACAUAUGUUUAAAGAUGAGGGAAUUAAUGUCUUACGGAAUGGGAAGGGAGGAGUAUUCUCUGUACAUUGUAUACAGUUCACUGAGAAGAUGGGUUUAAACAUUUAUUAGGUAGAUUUGUUAUAGGCUAAGCGAGGAGCGGGCACAGUGGUUUUACGGGGGCAUAAUUCGUACCCUUUCGCUGCUCAGGAAAGUUAACAUGGAACGUUUCAGUGACUGACUAUGUGAGGAUCUUCAGUGGAUGGGAAAAAAAAGGAUACAUAUUGCAGGAUUCAUAGUCAUAGUAGCCAUAGUUAAUUUAUAUAGACCACAUUUUACACAAAUACUUCUGUGCUCAUAAAAAUGUCUAAAUACAGUAGUAGAAUAACAGUACAGAAUAAAAAGUAGGAAGAGCACUGCAACCUCACACUAUACCCACCCCUUCAACAAUUAACAGUUCGUUUAACAUACAUCAAAAACCUAAGGGAGCACAAAACUCACCAAUAGGUCAAGUAAAAAUAUAUUCAGGUUCGUAGCUGUUGUGGGUUUCAUUACAGGCUUGCCACGUUUAUGUCAGUAUCUUAGUGGUACUUAACUCUGCGAUUGACUGUGACCCUUUGCCGUUACAGUUGUGAACUGGCAAACUAAACUUGUGAACUGGAUACUAAAUCCAUGUAAGCACGCAGACAUUAUUAAACAGAAAAUUUGCAACUGGCUCCCUUGAUACGAUUCUGUAGUGCAAAAAGAUGUUGGCUGUGUGGUCAGAUAUUUUGGACGAUGCUCCUAGGCAGCAUAAAGGCUCUGUUUAGAUGCAAACCAAUGUGGUUUAAUAUUUAUUACAACCAACUAGCAUGUUGCUUGUUUAGGAAACACGUGAAUGACAAAAUGGGGAAACUGAUUUAGGGCAGUAACUUAAGUUAGUCCUUUUUUCCUUUUAACUUGGUGUCUUCAAUCAUGACGGAAUUAAAUCACUCCACCCUGCUGGAGAGUUUAUUUAGCUGGUACUGAAACGGACAAUGAGACUUGCUUCUUUGCUUGAAAGAACAGUAAAUUAACCUGAUGAUAUUGCUAUAUCUACUCAGCCUGAGAUAUUUUAAAAUGUCAUUGAGCCUGGAAACACAUCUGUUAAACCACACUGAAUCUGAACAUCAAUUGUUGUCUAAGGCUGCAACCCUGAACUCUCUUUUUUCCAUGGCAGUAAAUCCCACUGAUUGAAGUGGGACUUGCUUCUGAAUAAAUGUACGAGAUUACACUGAAAAUUGCUUUUAGUUAAGGCUGAGCUGAAAGCUCUCCCCUUUGGCAUCAAAAUUUGGUGGGUGCAGUAAAAAGGGGUCAUUAUUGGGAGGGCAAUUUUUUUUUAGGGGGGAUGACCAACUCCCUGCUUUUACAUUUUUGUGUGGAAGAAGGAUAUCAUACUUGUUGACAUGGUAGAUUUCGACCACAGAAAGAGAUGUAUGAAUUUGGGGGGUGGCGUGGGGAACCUUCAUAUAUGCAGUUUUCCCACACACACUGAAGUGGUACACUCCUUAUGGGAUUGUACCAUGUAUUUCCUCCACAUCAGGGGCAGAGAAACAUUUUCCAGCCUGUGGGCAUCCUUCCAGGGAUGUGCGAAUUGGAAGGGGAAAGCCUUCAUAUAUGCAGUUUUCCCCCACACUCUAAAGUGGUACGCUCCAUAUGGGGUUGUACCAUGUAUUUUCUACACAUCGGGGUGAGGAACACUUUUACAGCCUGGAGGCCAGUGGGUGGGGCCAAAGGCCAAAGUGGGUGGAGCAACAGAGCGUAUACCUCUUGCCUUUGAGUAGGCUACCUUCCAGCCACUGGAACCAGCUCCAGGGGGCUGUGGGUGCUUUGACACCCACAAUUAUUUAUUUGUGGGGGCUGGGCCACCCACAAAGUCCACGGGCAAAGUUGAAGCCCUUCAUUGUGGGCACCCACUAUCUUAGGCACGAGAUGGCACCUGUGCUUCCAGCCAUUCAAAGCUGGAGGCUUCUGUACACAAACAUACAGUCACCUCCACCUUGACAAAGAAGAGUUUAGCACAGUUUUAAGACUAGAAGAGCACACAUAACUGGGAUGGUGAGGGUGUGACCUGGGAGGUGGGAGUCAUCGCUUGAGGGGGCUUCAGAGGGCCAAACAAAAAGCUGGGAGGGCUGCCUUCAGUCUCUGGCCUGGAGCCUCUCCACCCCUGCGCUACAUUUUUAUAAAAUCUGUCGUUGGUAUCCAGGUACAGUGGUACCUCAGGUUAAGAACUUAAUUUGAUCUGGAGGUCCGUACUUAACCUGAAACUAUUCUUAACCUGAAGCACCACUUUAGCUAAUGGGGCCACCCGCUGCCGCCACGCCACGCCGCCGGAGCAUGAUUUCUGUUCUCAUCCUGAAGCAAAGUUCUUAACCUGAAGCACUAUUUCUGGGUUAGCGUAGUCUGUAACCUGAAGCGUAUGUAACCUGAAGCGUAUGUAAACUGAGGUACCUCUGUAGUCCAAAACGGGAAAUACACAUGCUCCGAGUUUCUUGUCCAAGGAAUGCUGUAGUUGAAGCCAGGGAUGUGCAGGUAUUCGCCUCCCCCAGCACCUGUUGUGUCACCUUAACUGUUGUCACUCUGCUCUUGCACCCUGUGCAUUGGCGCAGCAACCUCAAUCGAUGUGACAGAGUGGAUGACAGAACGGCAGUCUUGGUCAUGGUCAUCUCUUGCCAGAGGCAGAGCUCCAUAGUCAGUUCACUCUGGGCUCCAAAGACAAACAGAACAGACACUUCUCAUGUGGGAAGCUCCAUGGCGUUUGGUAAUGUAGAAUAAUAAUAAUAAUAAUAAUAAUAAUAAUAAUAAUAAUAAUUCUGAGGGACUUCAGAUCUGGUGUGUGCACAGAUCUGCUCGUCAAGGGACAGGAUACUCUAGGCCUUUGGCAAGGAGGGUGCCCAGCCCCACACGUCCCCUCCCUCCAACCUCUCACUCGAAAUGAGUUUGAGAGAUGGUAAGAAUCAACAAGAGGAUUUUUGAAACCACAGGGCAUUUGAGAGGAGACCUUCUCUCCCCUCCGACGCUGGGGUUUUCUUUCACAUGUGCUAAGGUUUAGAGCAGAUAAGAAGCAGCAAGUGUAUCUGUUUAUCUACAUCUAUAUCUGUUUCUUAAAUUCUCUUCCAGGCAUUCAGCGGAGAGGAAGGAGUUGGUUGCAAAUGCAAUCAGAAGCUGCCUUUAUACUAGGGAAUGUCAAUAUUUGUGAAUUCUUGGAAAUUUGCUUCCUUUGUUUAUUAUUUUAGGGUUUUUUUUAAAAAAAAUGGAUUUGUAAAGAGCCAUUCAUGUGGUCACCUAUGGUGUUUAAAAAUCACCUGCAGGUGACCAGACUGGAAAGCGUUUGCAAUCUGAAAGGUAGUUUGCUUGCUUAUCUGUCUGCUUUUCAGUCUCUCAUUCAUGUAAGCAUUAUGGAGAACAAUAACCACUUCUUUAAAGUGGAGUUUGGUGGUCUUUUGGACAUGUGCUCAUACACAUCCUUGCAGUUUAGUUGUUUAUCUGGCAAGCUGCAGUUAGUGCUUUUAGUUUAAGUGUGUUGAAAAGUUUCAUUAUAUUUUCCAAAGGCUUUGGCAUCACGUUUGCAGGAAAAAAACCUGUUUUUAAAAGUGAUGAUUAACAUGGCUGUUAGUUAAAUCCCAUUUAUGAAGUGGGUUAGAUGGUUAGAACGGUUUAUUUCCUGCAUGUUGUUUUCAUUUCCCUUCUUUAUGACAUUGCUGAGUAAGGGUAAUAAGAGAUCUUCAGGGAGGAGCACAACGAAGAGCAAAAUUCAUUUCUCUCACUUUUUUAUUGCCUUGUAAUUUAAAUCGGUUGGCACACUUUUCCUCAGAGGCAAUAAAACAUCUCUAUUGCUCUUCUAAGGGCGAGUUAGCUGUUCUGCUUCUUUUUCACCUGCUUCCAUCCAGCAUUAUUCUUAAAUUCCAAUUGUCCUCUUCCCAGAAACUUAGACUCACAGGCUUGUUUAUGUAAGGAUAACCAUUCUGAGUAGGUAAGAGGUGUUGGGGCAGAGACACCUCUUUGUUGAACUACACUUUCUCUGAGCUUUGAAAUCAGAAUUGCAGAGUUGGAAAGGACCACAAGCGUUCAUCUAGUCCAACCCCCUGCAAUGCAGGAAUCAUUUUGCGCAGUGUAGGUCUCGAACCCACAACCCUGUGAUUAAGAGUCUCACGAAACCUCAGAGCUACCGUAGCCUCUUGCGUGUGGCCAGACCCCCAGAACCCUCUUCAAGCUGUAGUGUAACAGAGAUGUAAAGAAUUACCCUUCCUCAGAAAUUAUGGCCACAGAGUGAGCUGGGAGCAGAGGUAGUCUUGCUCCAGCAUCUGGAUGCACAGAGCAAAGUCUGCAGCAGGAAAGGCUUCGUGCAUAUAGCUGUACACAAGAAGAAUACACAGUUUGGGCUGCGUGCAUGGACACCAGAGAGCCUGUCUGAGGGGGGCACUGCCAUGGGCUGAUCAGAGGCCUCCAGACCAUCUGCUGCUUCCCCAUUCUCAUUUUUGUGACAUGACCACCAGCACCCACCUCUCCUUCCCUCUGCCCCACUUCCUGCUCUCCCCUGACCCCUUCUCUCUCUCUCUUCAUUGCUACCAUAGCAGCAGUAGCGUUGAUGGGUUCGCCUGCUACUUGGCCAGUGGCGUAGCGUGGUGGGCAGAGGGACGGUGGUCCCGGGGCACAGAAUUCUGAGGGGGGCGCAACCAGGAACAACGCCCACUCACCCUGCCCCUGAGACAGCUGAGCCAAGAGGUUUCUAACACGGGCAAGCAGUAGGAAGCCUCUGGACUGACCAAGCAUUGCAUAAAAACUUGCGAGUCCAGCCCUUGCUUGGGAACAGAGAAUACUUCUUUGCAUUUUGCUAUUUCAUCCAAAUUGUCCCAUAUCCAGCAGCUAGGCUCAUAGAGAGGCUGAAUAUUCCCCUCUAAUACUGAUCCAAAUAAUACACCCCUCCUAGAAAAAACAUGUAUGAUUUUUUUAAUUAAAAAAAUCAAAAGAUAUGUACAGAAAGACGCUCAGAAUUGUCUUGUUGGAUUAGACCAAUUCCUAUCUCACCAGCGAUUUUCCUUGCAGCACCAUAAGAGCAUAGGUAUCUCUGCCUUAAAGGUAAAGGGACCCCUGACCAUUAGGUCCAGUUGUGGCCGACUCUGGGGUUGCGGCGCUCAUCUCGCUUUAUUGGCCGAGGGAGCCGGCGUACAACUUCCGGGUCAUGUGGCCAGCAUGACUAGGCCGCUUCUGGCGAACCAGAGCAGUGCACGGAAACGCCGUUUACCUUCCCACCAGAGUGGUACCUAUUUAUCUACUUGCUCUUUGACGUGCUUUCGAACUGCUAGGUUGGCAGGAGCAGGGACCAAGCAACAGGAGCUCACCCCGUUACUGGGAUUCGAACCGCCGACCUUCUGAUCAGCAAGUCCUAGGCUCUGUGGUUUAACCCACAGCGCCACCCGUGUCUCUGCCUUAUAAAGGUACAAUUAGCUCAGCAUUGUUGACAUUGACUAGCAGUGGCUCUCUAGGGUUUCAGACCAGAAUUCACCACCAGCCCUGCCUGGGGAUGCAGCCUUCUGCAUGAAAAGCCAGAGCUCUACUGUUGAGCUUUGGCCCUUUCCCCAGAUGGCUUUGGAAGCUCACAGCGCUGCACAAAGGUACCAUUUUCCUUCCCUCAACUCCGCAAUCCUGUCAUCCAUAGGUGCCAACUCUGCGGGACUGAGGACACCUCAGCCCCACAAACUAUAUUGGGACGGUUCUCCCCAAUCUGGAGGGGCUGGGCCUCGUCAGGCCUUCCCGUAGCUGUGGCAGGGCCCCAUAUGCUGCGGGCCUUGUGGCCCCCUCCUGCCACGUGGCAUCACAAGUGUGUGCCGUGUGCGUGACAUCACACACGUGCGACGGGCACCUCCAAUUUGGGCAGAACCUGGCAGCUAUGCUGUCGUCUGCCCCUGGCAUCUAGUCCUCCAGAGUCUUGCCACCUCUGGGCACAAAGGUUUUGUUUUUAUCUUUUUGCCUAAUAGCCAUUAAAGACUUUGGGUAGACUUAUCUCUUCUGAAGACAAAGGCAGCAGGGGAACCGCGACAGAUCUCAUUCAGUAGCUUUUAUCUACGCAGUGGUAGCGAGAUGUUGUUCAUCUUGUACUUGCAGGCCUUAAUCAAAGGGGGGGGGGGAUCCUUUCAUUGCCUUAUGUGGCCUGUAAUUGUCAGUGUCAUAAUUCCAGGCAAGUUCAUUGUAUGUUGUUUGGCUGCGAACCGAUUGCUAUCUGGGCAACAACAAGCACUUCAAACUGCUUGGCUCUGGUCAGUUUUAUUACACAGGAGCAGAUGUUUCCUGGCGCGACUGGGAUUCUUUCACAACUGAACGAGUCGUUUGAGUGAGUGUUACUCUGCGCAAAUGAAUAUAUAACCUCACAUUUACACGCAGGAUUGCAUUUUCGAAAAUGUUGUUUUAUCUAUCCAAAAUAUUAUCCUGUGGCAGUUCUGAUGUUUGCAGGUUUCUGGGGCAUUUUUUCUUUUUUUCUUUUUGCAAAGCUUUAGAAAGGCAAAUGCACCGUCACUUUUAAGUGGUAUUCUGCGCAUGGCAUUACUUUGUAUUCGGCAAUGAAAAGGGCUUUCCUUAUAUUGAUAUGCUACAAUUGGAGGCUCAGAGAAACAAAUAAGAAAUUCUUCUUCCUUGUACCUGUUUGUUUUAAAGGCUUAUGUAAAUGUUUGUUUACUUACAUGUGGCAUAAAUAAAUCAGAAGCCUUGGGAGAUUAAUAUCACACACCUUUUUCCAUACCAAGGAUGUAUUCCGUCUACAGCUAGAAAAAUGUAAAUUAUAUUUACAGUUAACACACACUGCUUAGAUGUGCUACUCAGAUAUUUGUUAUGUUUUGUUUUUAAGCUGCUUGUAUUGUUACACUUUUUUUUUUACUUGCAAAGCUGGUCAGAUAUUUGCAAAUUUUCACUAACAAUGCCCUUGUGUGUAAGUUGUAGCCCACCCUGUUUGACUGAAUCUUGCUGUGAUUUGAUAGCAGAGGCCAUAAGGAGAGAAGUCUGGAUUGCCCAGCCCUAUGUGAGUCAGGAAAUUUCUCAAAAUGCACACUUCGCUUGGGAGCAGACAUGAUCAACACCAACCAUUCUGCUUUAGAACGCUGACUGCUUUGGCCUUUGAGAGUUGCUGUCUGCGUUUUUUAAAAUUUUGUUUUAAAGCAAUUUUGUAACUGUUUGGGUUUUCCCUAUGGUUCCAGGAUGAAAGCCAAGAAGGAACCAUUCACUCACUUGAAUGGGACUUUAUGCUUUUCCUCGCGUGUAUUUAAUAUCUGCAUGUGAAUAAUAAGGGAUUGCAAUUGUUCAGAAUGUAAUGCCACAUGUUUCGUUUUAACAGUUAGUGUGUUUAGUUGGUGUUUUCUUCUAGGUUUGUAAUUGGAAUCGGCCUCUCAUCUCCUUGCAGUCCUUAACACAUGAGUCCUUUAUACUUUGCCACUGCACAAGUGUGUAGUACUUGCUUUUAUUUAUUUUUUACUGUUCAAAUGGUGAACAGUUGCCAAAUUGAAAUCUGAGACUUGCAGGUGUAGGAAAUUACUGAUGCCAGCCAGAGAUCAGUCUAAAGGUGUUGAAAAAAUAGGUCCUGGGAUGAUGCAAAUGCUGCUAGUUUCAAAAUAAAGAAGAUCACAGUCAAGAUCGAAGGUGAUCUUGGAUGCCAUCUGGCAACAUCUCCUGUUUUUCCAGGGAACUGUAUGCCGUGCCUGCAGAACCUGACUCCAUCCUUGCUAGAGCCACAAAGCACCACCUUGACACCUGGCUGAGUUCCUGGCCUUUAACUGGUAGCAAGAAACCUCAGAGCUUUGACAUUUCCAUCCUCCCUCCUAAACAGAUUUGGGUGCAGGCAUGGGGUGAGAGAUAUGGAGCUGCACAGAAGCCUCACUUCUUUAUGUCUGCUGCAAGAAAAUCUCCCAGCUUGUGGACAGAUUGAUGGGCAGAUACCCAGCAGCUGAAUUUCCUUUUGACUGUGUGCAUAAGCCAUGAGCUACAAGUCCUAUUAACUUCAAUAUAAUGAUGGAAUUGGCUGGGGCCACCAUAUAUAGUUGGAAAUUGUGGUUCAUAAAAUGUAAACCAAAGCAGCCAUCCAUUUUGCUUUAUUCUCUAGGAGAUUAAAAAUUGUGCAUUCUUUUGCAUGUACAUCAUACUUCAUCAUAGCUACCAAUUGCUAGGGUUGCCAUAUUUCAAAAAGUUAAAUUUAUGACACCCGCAAAGUUGUUCAGUGUUUUUUUAGAAACCCACCAAAAUUGUUAAGCUUUUGAGCUGGCUGCUUUUUCCAUUGCCAUACAUCUGGGUUUUCCAUGACACUUUGCCGAUUCGGCAACCUGCCCCCCCCCCCCGGCCAUUCCAUUUUUACACUCGAAAACCAGGACAUGUCAGGAAUUUCCUGACAUGUGGCAAGCCUAACGAUUGCAGCAUUGGAGAUGUCUCUCACUUGACUUCCUCCACUUGGGUAUAGUCCUGCCUAUAUCGAGACUUCAUCCUUCCUGUUGUUAUUGUUGUUUAGUCAUUUAGUCGUGUCCGACUCUUCGUGGCCCCAUGGACCAGAGCAGGCUAGGCACUCCUGUCUUCCACUGCCUCCCGCAGUUUGGUCAAACUCAUGCUGGUAGCUUCGAGAACACUGUCCAGCCAUCUCGUCCUCUGUCGUCCCCUUCUCCUUGUGCCCUCAAUCUUUCCCAACAUCAGGGGUCUUUUCCAGGGAGUCUUCUCUUCUCAUGAGGUGGCCAAGGUAUUGGAGCCUCAGCUUCAGGAUCUGUCCUUCCAGUGAGCACUCGGGGCUGAUUUCCUUCAGAAUGGAUAGGUUUGAUCUUCUUCCAGUCCGUGGGACUCUCAAGAGUCUCCUCCAGCACCAUAAUUCAAAAGCAUCAAUUCUUUGGCGAUCAGCCACCUUCAGACAUGGUACUGCAGAAAGAUUCUAAUCCCCGUCUCUCUUCUGGCAAGUCUCUCCUGCAUUCUUGAUUUAAAUUGACAAAAUGCUUAGGACACCUGCACACAUUACACUGGUCCUCAUCUAGCCCUAGGGAUUCCUGGCUUUUUAAGGAGAGAGCAAAACAACAACAAUUUCUGUGCAGCUGUAGCAUUGUAUCAGCACAGUGCAUUUCUUUGUAAUCUGGCUGCUCAGUUGAUGAUCUGGAGCCAGAGUCAUGCAUGAGAGAUGGAUAUGGUUUGCUUUGGAUUGCUACUUGCCCUGUGACUGUAGCAAAUGUUAUGUCUGCUUUAAACUAUGGUAUGCCAAUCACCAGAAAUACAGAUUUAGCUUGUGCUCAUAUACUCAACAAUCCUCUUAUUUGGUGGACAAGGGUGUGUACACAACUGCAACCCUGCUGUAUCCACAUGUAUGUCUGGUUGUGUGGAAACUCAGUUUGUACAGUGGUACCUCAGGUUACAGACGCUUCAGGUUACAGACGCUUCAGGUUACAGACUCUGCUAACCCAGAAAUAGUACCUCGGGUUAAGAACUUUGCUUCAGGAUGAGAACAGAAAUUGUGCAGCGGCGGUAGCGGAAGGCCCCAUUAGCUAAAGUGGUGCUUCAGGUUAAGGACAGUUUCAGGUUAAGAAUGAACCUCCAGAACGAAUUAAGUUCUUAACCCGAGGUACCACUAUAUUACGUUUCUGCCCCUUUCUUUGACCUUCGCACCACACGCUGUAUAAUUUAGGACUACAACAUCUGGGAUAGUGGCAUUUAAAUAAUCCUCAAAACAAACGAAAGACAGAGUCAGCCCUCAGGAACAGAACACUAUAUUUCCUAAAAUUCUCCGCAUAAUUGGUGGGUGGUAUUAAGGUAAAUUCAACAGUAUAACAUUUUAAAAGGCAUGUAAGAUGGGAGAACUGAAUCAGAUGGAUAUAUAAAUCAAAUUAAAAGCACUCUGGAAGUGGAGGGAGGGGAGUUGUUGAAUGGAUGGCUAUAAAAUUGUAAAAUUUAAUUUAAAAAAUUAUAAUAAAAAGUUAUCUAUAUAAUUUUUAGUAUUUCUUUUGGGCAAUAUCCAAAGUUAGUAUUACUUGAGAGUAGACUAAAGGAAAUUAAUUCAUUUAUUUCAGUGGGCCUACUUUGACUAUGACUUAGGUUUAUGAUUAAACCCUACCUUUUGGCUCACUAGAAACCCUCAUGACAACAUUUAUAUUAAACAAGCAAACUACUUUGAUAAUCUUAUUCUGCUAUCCUAUGCUUUCCUGCUAGUCUAUCUGCCUGCAGUAUUUGGGAAUGUGCAAGAUAAGUAGUUUGAAUUCUCUUGAGAAUUGUCUUGAACGUAAGUUGCUGACAAAGAAAUUUUAGGUUGCGGUUCUGUCCUCAGUUAACCUGGGAGGAAAUCAGAGGGGCUUACAGCGAGUAGAUAAUCACAGUGAAUCACAGUGCUAGGGACCUUUUGUUAACACUAUUUGUGGGGGGCUUCCUUAGCAUAUUUACCGUAUCAUUUUCACCAGCUCCUUUGCCGUUUCUUCCACCACCCUGUUCAAUAUUUGUGGGUUGUAAAUGAUUUUUCCUUUGGUUGGUUUCAUAGUCACUGCUUGCCUAAAGGUUUUGUCACAUUAGCACCACAGUUUCCAUUUGGAACCAAUGUAAGCAACAACAACAAAAAAAUGAUGUUAGUGGGACAGGAUAUUAUAACCCAAUUAGCAGGGUGCUGGAACAUUUACCGCAAAUAAAUGAAUGAUGUCACUGGAAAACCACAGGCUGAAUUUACCUCUGCUCUGACAUAUGGCAAGAAGGCACUCUUUAAGAAGCAAACUGUCCUCACAUGCCUGUUAGAAAUCUGGCAAGAGUCUGUUGCUCUGCAGAAGGCGAGGGCACCAUUACCAAAUGUAAAUACAGAUUGGAAUAUUUACACAGCUUGCUUCUCAAUGCAGCAUUUUCCUGAAGCCAUAUAACGUAAUGACUUAACAAGGCAGAGCCUAAAGCUUUUGCGGGAUUGCAAGUUUGCAAAAAAACACACACAAAACACAGCCAUAUGACCAGAUAGAUAGUCCCUCAUGGCUUUCCCCAUAUCUUCUCUAAAAACCACUGUAGCCUUAGGAAUAAGCCUCAUAGAUAUACAGUGGUACCUCGGGUUAUAUAUGCUUCAGUUUACAUACGCUUCAGGUUACAGACUCCGCUAAUCCAGAAAUAUUACCUCGGGUUAAGAACUUUGCUUCAGGAUGAGAACAGAAAUCAUGCUCCAGCGGCACAGCAGCAGCAGGAGGCCCCAUUAGCUAAAGUGGUGCUUCAGGUUAAGAACAGUUUCAGGUUAAGAACGGACCUCCAGAACUAAUUAAGUUCUUAACCCGAGGUACCACUGUAUAGAGUAUUGACUAUGGUUAUUGUCUACAAGCAUUCUUCUGGAGCAAUUCCAGCACAUUACUCAGAAAGUUGCAGGAUAGUCCUGAGGCCUAAUUUCUUUCUUUCUUUUCUUUUUAUCUCCUUUUAUUUAUUGCAUAUAUACCCCACCUUUUCCUCAGAGGAGCUCAUUUACCGUAUUUUUCGCUCUAUAACACGCACCCGACCAUAACACGCACGUAGUUUUUAGAGGAGGAAAAUCCGUAGGCAUGCCACCCUUAGGCAUUCCCUCCAUAACACGCACAGACAUUUCCCCUUACUUUUUAGGAGGAAAAAAGUGAGUGUUAUGGUGCAAAAAAUACGGCAAUUCCUCCUCAUUUAAUCCUCACAACAACCCUGCGAGGUCGGGUAGCCUGAGAGGCAGUGACUGGCCCAAGGUCACCCAGUUAGUUUCAUGGCCGAGUGGGGAUUUGAACCCUGGUCCAAGGACGACACUCUAACCGCUACAGUUCUGACAAUCGAAACCCGAUUUGGUUGUGGGAAAACCUGAGAGCUCAUACACUCAGUCUACUUGCAUGGUCGGUGUAUGUGAGAACAACCAAUUCUUGUAAGAACCCAGGGGAAAUCGAAACGUGGAGGUUUCCACUUCCUAGAAGGGCAGGGGUGUUCUUAUAUGGUUCUGACACUUCUGCUGCCUCCCUCCCACAGAUUAUCAUAUGAGCCAUAUUUCUGAUCAUAGAGAUUUGGACAGGGCCACCCCAGACUGCAGGUGAUGUGCUUGUAUUUUUUCAACGUUCUCCCGUUUUUUAAACAUAACCCCCUGCACGUAGUAAGCUAGCCCUGCAGGGAAAGGCGCCAAACAUUUCUUUCUGAUGUGCUAGCUUGUUAUAAGCAAUGAUGUUGGAUUUUUUUUUCUGGUUCUUUUUCCUUUUGCAGCGAAGACCAGCCAAACAUAUGACAACUGCUUCUUCCCUUUGCAGUUUGAAGUAGUACAGUCCAGAAGUCUCUCACCUCUUCCUCUCUCUCAUUAUAUAAUGUGUAGAUUGAUCCUCCAUAGGAAUGUAUUAAAGAGUGGCAGUUCAUCUCAACUGUAUUUGAUUCGGCCUUCUGGUUGUCACAGUGCAAACAGCUAUUUCUGCCUGGGCUUCCCUGCUUGAAGGAAAAUGACAAGUUCUUUUUGAAAAGCCCCCGUGCAGACAAGUUCAAUAGUAGGUUAUUUAGUGCCCAUAUAUUCCGUUAGGCAUUUAAAGUGAUUUAAAAGCAUUGCUGGCGUUCCUUCCUACGGCUCAGCUCCGUUUGUUAUUUCAAACAAUACCCACAGCGUCUAUUAAAAGAUUAAUAAAUUCAUACAUAAAUCUGGAUUCGCCAGCAGUUUUAGCUCAAACCCAACAGAAAGCUAAACUUAUUCCUGUUCCAAGUGUCGACAUCUGGAGUUUGGGUCUUUCCAGCGUUCUUGAAGAACAAGAAAAAGGAAUGUAAGGACUGUUUAAUUUUUUGAAGAAAUGUGUAUAUCAUGGGGUCCCGUCCCCCCCAAAUAAGGCUUGGGAUUUUAAGUAGGUCAGUUCCACAGCCCAGUCCUGUGCUCAUUUAGAAAUAAGUCCAAUUGCCUCUAAUGGGGCAUUCGAGAAAGCAUCUUUCUGUAUAUAGCCCAUGUUUUGCCAGUCGGAGAGGUUGACAAGGUAUCUGGUAAUUUAUUAUUCAGUUUCUAGGGAGUACUGUUGUAAAACCAGUUUCUCCAGGCAACUCUAAUUUCAGACAGCAGUACAAUAGACCAGGCUUGCAAGACAUAGAAUGCUUCCCAGGGAGGAGCUUGCGACCAUUGAAUUCCUCCCUGAUCUUUCUGAUACUUCUGCUCCAUGCUGAACACAAGAUUAGGUUCAGGCUCACGGUUAAGCUUUCUCCUCACUCAUCAUGACCUGGAGCCAUUGCUUUUUUCAGGAAAAAACCAUGAAGCUAUUGGUUUGAGUCUUACCCUCCAGAGCAGGAGAAAACAAGCUUGUUCGCUCUUCCAUGUGACAGCCCUUGAGAUAUUUGAAGAUGGCUAUCGUAUCUCCUCCCAGUCUCCUCUUUUCCAGGCUAAAUAUACCCAGUUCCUUCAACCGUUCCUCAUAAGGCUUGGUUUCCAGACCCUUGAUCAUCGUGGUUGCCCUCCUUUGCACACGUUCCAGCUUGUCAACAUCCUUCAAGACCUGCAUAGGAUUAUAGGAUCAGAAGGUAGCUUGGCAGGAGAUUUAGCUCACAGUCCUGUACCUAAAUUUUCCACUGCGGUAGAAUAAGCUGGAUUCCAUGCCAAAGUACCAGCCAUCCAACUUUACAUUAGUUGCAGGGCUGGGGUGGGUAACUCAGCCUGCCCCCCCCCCCACCAGAUUUCCUUCUCCAUCUUUCUGAACAGACUUCCCCAUUGUUGGGAAAGAAAAAGAAAAAGAAAACCAACCCAUUGCUGGCAGGAAACUGGCAAGUGUCCAUUGACUGCAACGCAAGGCUGUGCUAAUAUUUCAAGGCCAGGCCAGGAAACUAAUAAUUCAUCCUUGCCCGAGAUUUAUACAGGAACUGAUUCCCAUCUUUCUGGAAGGUAGGAAGUUUUAUUUAUUUGUUUUAGCUUUGUUGGCAGCUGUCAAGCGGGCUUCUGUUCUGCGUGGAGCCCAGCAUUUGCAUUUUCCCUGCCCCUCGGCAAGUUUCAUUAUCGUGGAGUCAAAUGAGAAACAAUUCUAGAAAGGUCUAAACUCACAGUUCUGAUCCCCAUCCCCGGUAUGUGUUACCGUAGGGGUGACUUUUUGUGAAAUGUCAGAAACCAGGAAUGGGAGGGGGAUAAGUGUUCCAGUGAUUGAUUGAUUGAUUGCACUUAUACACCAUCUUUCUCUCAUGGGGGGUACAGUGGUACCUCUGGAUGCGAACGGGAUCCAUUCCACAUCCUGAAGCGAACGUAACACGUGAGUGUGCGGGUCGCGUUUCGCCGCUUCCGCGCAUGCGUGUAACAUCAUUUUGAGCGCAUCCGCGAGCGGCGAAACCUAGAAGUAAUGCGUUCUGUUACUUCCAGGUCACCACAGAGCGCAACCCAAAAAUGCUUAACCUGAAGUGUAUUCAUCCUGAGGUAUGACUGUAUAUAAUUUUAGUGUGGUAAAACAAACAAAUGGUAUAAAUAUAGAACAACUGGGGCAAAGAACCCUCACUCCAUGAGCUCUAGCCUGGGUGUCCAUUCUUCUGUUUUCCCUCAGGUCACACGGGUCUUUCUUAAGGAGCCCCAGGAAGUGGUGGGAGGAGACAGGAAAGGGACUGCCCAAACAGUGUUCCUGGUGUAGAGCGAUGAGGUGCCCCAAAUACCUCCUUGCCCCUUGCUGCAGUGAGCAGAAACAAAACAAGCAAACGAUGCACAAAUUUGUAUAUGUUCCACAGGAUGAAACCUUGCUUUUGCCCCCAGUUUCUGAAGAAAUGUGUAUUACUGUGCAAAGGACGCAAAGCUCUGAUAACUACCAGCUCAAUGAAACCGCUGGUUAUGGUCUCCACAGCUCUGAAUCCGCAGUGUAUGCUGAAAUCUGAAUGUUGUGUUUUUGCAAUAAGCCAGAAGUUGGAACAUUUAUAUCAAGAAUAUGACUGUAUUAUUUGUAUAGCACUCAUAGUGCUUCGUGUGGGUCAUUUAGAGUAGCUGGAAUCCUAACAACAGCCCUGUAAGACGAGUCAUUAUUAUUGCUUCCCAUAUUGCAGAUGGGGAACUGACACUGAGAGAGAGUGGCUUGCCUAAAGCCACAUAGUGAGUUCGUGGCAGAGGUGAGAUUUGAACCAUGGAUUAUCUGAUUUGCUGCUCAGUCCUUAGCCACUAUAGUACACCAGCUGUCUGUAUAAUGUAUACAGAUAAGUGUCUCUAUGUAGACGGAUACAGUGGUACUUUGGUUUUCGAACGUAAUCUAUUCCGGAAGACCGUUAGAGUUUUGAAAACAUUUGAAAACUGAGGCGCAAAGGGCAGUCUGCAAAUUUAAUAGAGAAAGUUGAGGAAAAUAACAUACACUCAGCGGAAGCCGUUCGACUUCCGAGGCAUUUUCGAAAAUGGAAGCAUUUGCUUCCGGGUUUACGGUGUUCGGAAACCAAAACGUUUGUCAACGGAGACGUUUGAAAACCGAGGUACCACUGUAUACAUGUUAACUAUAAACUACACAGCUUUUACAAAAGUUUUUUUAAAAAAUAAUAAUAAUUUUAUCAAUGUUAUGUUAUUACAAUUGGCAGCCAGGACCAUUAGUUUUUGGAAUUAUUUUUAAUCUUCUUGGAUUAACAACACCUUGUUUGUUCUCAUAGCAAAUUAAUUUCCCACCCUGUGUAUCGAUAGAAACUGCGUAGGUAAUUGUGUGUUGUUUGAUAGAGAUAGAGAUAGAUCUGGAACUUUGGCGCAUGCGCGAGCGCACGAAACCAAAAGUUGCUUGUUCGCAAAAACAAAAAACGUGUGGAUUUUGGUUUGGCACUCUGGCGUGAAUCAACCAGAAGAGACUGCUUUUUCAGUCUAGUGCUCUGGCCCAGCUGAUUUGCACCAGAGCACCACCCCUCACUUCCUCCCACCACGGCAUGAAACCGGGGCGCUCCAGGAUGAAGACAAAACCUGGGGUGUCCUCAGAGAAAGCCGGGCCAUCUCACUGAAAAGAGGGUGCUUGGCAUGUAUGCUAACUGCAAGAGGAAGAGGGAAGGAGUGGAAAUCUGCCCUCUCUCAACUCCUCCCUCCCUCCAGAUGAAGCCUUUGCUGGAACAGAGUCCUUUCUGUGGACAUAAGUUCGCAGAAGGGCAAGUCUGGACCCAACCCAAUAUAGAUCCUGUAUUUUGCCUGACUUUGUAAGUUUAGCCUGAGAACUCUGGGAGAAUUAUUGUCUGGGAGGAGAAUUUAGUGUGCCUGUAAAGGUGUACUUGAGGGACGCGGGUGGUGCUGUGGGUUAAACCACAGAGCCUAGGACUUGCCAAUCAGAAGGUUGGUGGUUUGAAUCCCCACGACGGGGUGAGCUUCUGUUGCUCAGUCCCUGCUCCUGCCAACCUAGCAGUUCGAAAGCAGGAAGUGCAAGUAGAUAAAUAAUUACCGCUCCGGCGGGAAGGUAAAUGGCGUUUCCGUGCGCUGCUCUGGUUCGCCAGAACCAGCUUAGUCAUGCUGGCCACAUGACCCAGAAGCUGUACGCCGGCUCCCUCGGCUAAUAAAGCGAGAUGAGCGCCACAAGCCCAGAGUCGUCCGCGACUGGACCUAAUGGUCAGGGGUCCCUUUACCUUUUAAAGGCCUACUUAAUGCAUGUGAGGAGCAAUGGGAUCUGAAGCUCUGUGUGACUGCUUUGGUGUCAACCACAUAAAAUGUGAAGGACAGAGAGGCUGGCGGCAGUGUGGAGGUGUUCUCAUCUCAUAAAAAGGGAGCGCUUUUUCAUACACUCAUUUUGAUUGAUUGAAGUCAAAGUGGGAACAUGAAUAGCAUCACUGGAGACAGGGCCCUGGUUGCCUGAGCAAUUCUUCAUAAUAGUGAUGGGAAGGAACACAUUCUGUUACGUGUGCUAUUGGUAAGGAAAUCUAGAACAGCAGGUACCACACAAUCCUAUACGUGUCCAUUCGGAAGAAAUGCUCAUAGUGAGGCUUACCCCCAGGUAAGCAUGUAUAGCAUUGCAGCUGUAGUCUGCAAACAUGUGUUUGCAAACAUGUGGAAACACACUGAUACAUUUGUGUUCAUCUGCCCUGAAAGAAAUCUUGUUUUGCUGUAGAUCAACAUCAGACAAGAAUUAAAGUCUGGAAACUUUAACAUAUAUAUGUAGUAUUAUUUUAAUAGCAUAUCCAGUUGCCUUGUAAUUUUGACUUUCUGCCUCUCUCUCUAAAAAAGCUUUCGAAAUAGUUAUAUGAACGCCACCUUUGACGCAUGAGUUCUGUUUGGAUUCAAGAUGUGUGUGACACUGUUAAUUAUCCAAAGCUUCCCUCCUAACCUCUCUUCUGUACCUCCUCAAAAAAACAAAACAAAAACAAGGUUUGUGGUUUCUUAAAUUGAAAGUUCAGUUAAUUGCAGCAGGGUAAUUAUGCUUAAAUGGUUGGCUGACAUUUCUGUCCUUUAACAAAAAUAAAUAGAGCAAGUUUUGCAGUGCCUGCAAUACAUCAUACAGCUUAGCUUAGUAAAACACAGUGUCAGCCCCCAAGAAAGGGACGUGGAGUGGGGGGGGGGGUAGCAUGGUGACAGGUUAAUAUUUAGCAUUUCUAAAGUCUCAGUCUAAAAUGGGUUCAGGGCUGGGAAAGACUUCAGUCUAAAAUCUUUGAGGAUUCAGCGUAGGCAGCACAGGAUACAUGUACCAUUGACUUUGACCCGGUUUGCUCUUAACAUUAAGCCAGACCAUGGCUUUGAACAAACCUCUGGGUUGCCGAAGCAAGAAUAAUGGGCACAGACAGCACUUCUCUCUGGCUUCUGCUUCUGCUACUGUGGUUUGGCUUAGCGCUGUGUCUGAUCCUGGGCUCAUGAUUUCUCUGGGGGAUUAAUAUAUUUUGAAAAACAAACACGAAGCAUCCCCUCUUUUCCUUAUCAUUUGGCAGCUGGGGAAAAUUUUGAAGCAUCCAAAAGUUGCACUGGCAAUCUUCUUUUUUUAAAAUGAACAAGUGUCUGUUACGAUUCUCGUUUAUCUGAUGACACUGUUUUAACAAUAACAAACCCUGUUUCGAAGGCAAAAGAUGAUAGGAGACAGUCCAGUUGUCUACUCAAACGUCGUAUCCCUUGGCCAAGACAGUGUCGGGGUGAAUUUGCUACAGAAACCAUCAACAUCGAGGUGAACGCUGAGAAAUUGCUCUGUUAGAAUAUCCCUAAUUUGUGGCCAGCUAACUUCCUACUUUGAAGUCACUAUGUCUCCUAAGGCUCUCGCUGACUCCACCUCAGACUUAGGAGGUAGAAAGCAGCUGUGCAAGGAGGAAUCGAAAGCCCUUUACAGUUCUUUCCCCUUCUCCUUUGCACCUCCAGCAUUGCAGAGAAAGAUGAGGACAAUAAAGGGCUUUGCAAACUCUCCCUUCUCAUUUGCACCUCAGGCAUUCAGAGGUACAAAGGAGAAGUACAAAGUACAAAGCCCUUCCCUGUGCUGCCCCUUUCAACCUCAGAUGUUGCAGUUUGGAAAGGGGGAGUUUGUUCCCUAUGUAGAAAGUACUUAUGUCUGCGAAAGACUCUGCAAUCUUUCUAUAAUUCUGUGCACACUGGUUGCACAUUUGUGCUCCAAUGCAAUUGUCAGACAUGCCAGUUCAUAGCAAGUGCAUGAUCAUAGCUGUCAACUUUUCCCUUUUCUUGCGAGGAAUCCUAUUCGGAAUAAGGGAAUUUCCCUUAAAAAAAUAGGAAAAGUUGAAAUGGAGGCAGUGAGAGAUUUUACUUUCUUGGGCUCCAUGAUCACUGCAGAUGGUGACAGCAGCCACGAAAUUAAAAGACGCCUGGUUCUUGGGAGAAAAGCAAUGACAAACCUAGACAGCACCUUAAAAAGCAGAGACAUCACCUUGCCAACAAAGGUCCAUAUAGUUAAAGCUGUGGUUUUCCCAGUAGUGAUGUAUGGAAGUGAGAGCUGGACAAUAAAGAAGGCUGAUCGCCGAAGAAUUGAUGCUUUUGAAUUAGGGUGCUGGAGGAGACUCUUGAGAGCCCCAUGGACUGCAAGAAGAUCAAACCUCUCCAUUCUUAAGGAAAUCAGCCCUGAGUGCUCACUGGAAGGACAGAUCCUGAAGCUGAGACUCCAGUACUUUAGCCACCUCAUGAGAAGAGAAGACUCCCUAGAAAAGACCCCGAUGCUGGGAAAGAUGGAAGGCACAAGAAGAAGGGGAUGACAGAGAACGAGAUGGUUGGAUAGUGUUCUCAAAGCUACCAGCAUGAGUUUGACCAAACUGCGGGAGGCAGUGGAAGACAGGAGUGCCUGGCCUGCUCUGGUCCAUGGGGUCACGAAGACUCGGGACAUGACUAAACGACUAAACAACAACAAGAACAUGUGCAUGAUAGGAUUGUAUGUAGCCCCAUAGGAUGCCGGUUUCCAUGUAGGAAAGUGUGAGUGAAGCAGCCUUAAGAAAGAUAGGCUCUGAGCUAACAGACAGUCUUUGGUGUCUCUGGAAAGCAGAAAACCACACGCAUUGGCUGUAGAAACUGGAACUCCUUCAAUUUGCUGUGAUGGCUGUAAGCCAUUAGUUUGGAAUGGAAUUUUAGCUGACGGCGUUGAUAGACUACUUGGGUUUUCUUAGCAGCAAGCAAAAUAGCUGUGAUAAGCUGAAUCCCUAACUUAUGCAAGUGAGUUUGUUUGUUUGUUUUUAAAAAAGAAAAAUAUCAUGGUAAAUAACCUAUCUAAAUAAUGCUAAUAUUCUCCUGUUUAGUUCUGAGCAUCUGUACUUCUGGCCUCAUCUUUUAGCGGGACAAUAAUGUAAAGUCUUAAUGAAGCAGAUAUGUUAAUCACGCAUCUCCAGGUGCUUUUGUUUGUUUUUAAUGGUUUUGAAAUGCAGCCCAAUGCUGUAAUAAAUGUUACUUAAGAACAGCUCCAAUUUGCCAGAAUAUCAGUACUGGUACUUCCAUGUAGAAUCAGGUGUUACCCGCACCUAUUUGAACAGAUGUAUAUUUUAAUAGUUUUAAGGGGUUUCAGAUGGUCCACGUGCAAAGUGUCAAUUCCAGAUGGAGAAACCUCCCCAUGAAGCAGAUUGUAAACAGCUGCAACAUCUUCCUUCCGUCGGCCAGUUUUGUGAUCAUGGUUUGAAGCAAAACAAACCACCAUUCUUGGUUCUGACGUAGCUCUGUGCUAGCAGGGAGUAGCGCAUGUGUGUUCAACGCAUGCACAGCAAACCAUUAACUGCAUCUUACCUUUCUGCUUCUAUCCAUGGGAAGCUUAGAAGCAAGGCAUGAAGGCAGCUGUUCCCCCAAGUUGUUUUGAGAAGCAAGGGUUGGUCACAAGUUUCUAACAUGCUCGAGAGGCAGCAGCUCGCAGGACAUAAAUGCCCCCGCAUUCGUGGAAUAAAGCAUGUGGCUUGCAAACAAAGCAAAGCGAAAUGUAAGAAGGCAAAAGGACUUCUAAGAGAAGGAGAAAUCUAAAAGGCCAGGUCUGUGUUCGAAUGCUGGUCAGGUGACUUUAAGUACUUGGCCAUGCAGAUAGACUUGAAAGAGGGAUUAAGUUAGCAAUUUAUGCAGGUUUAUUAAAAAAAUUAUUAGCAUAUUACUAAGCGGCAGAAAAGGCCCUGAUGUUGGGAAAGAUGGAGGGCACAAGGAGAAGGGGACGACAGAGGACGAGAUGGUUGGAUAGUGUCUUUGAAGCUACAAACAUGAGUCUGACCAAACUGCGGGAGGCAGUGGAAGACAGAAGUGCCUGGCGUGCUCUGGUCCAUGGGGUCACGAAGAGUAGGACACGACUAAACGACUAAACAACAACAACAAGCGGCAGAUAGUGGGUGGUAUUCAGCCAAGUUUUACUGAUAGAGUAGACCCAUUGAAAUUCAUUAAAAUAGCCAAGUUCGGUCUAUUAAUUUCAGUACGUCUACUCUGAGUAAAUACUUAGUUGACGACUAUCUGUUGUUAAGAGCAAAGUUAAGCAUUGUUUAGUUUGUCUCAAAAGUGCUGAGCAUCUGGUUGGAUUCUGCCCCAUGUGCUGCAUUGGCUGGAGGCUCGCAAAAGUAGCAACAUCAAUCCAUUGUGGGAAUGUGGUGACAAAUUGUUUUCCACGUGGGGAAUGAACGCUAAACUAUAUCUUUGCCACACUUUGCUAAAGUGCCUAUUUGUGCUCCCUUUAAGUUGUAUUAAUAUUAGUUAGUGAGCCCUUUGUUUAUAUUAUGCCCCGGGGGAGCCAUCGAACACAAUUAUUAUUCUAAUUAUUUACUUUCUUCAUAUUAUUUGGAUAGGUUCUACUCAUGCUUGAUCUUAAUGCAGAGCUGAACAUGGAGUUGGAGGGUGGCUUUAUUAAGGGAGCUCUUGAAAGAUCAUGUAAGAUUGCUUUACAUUAUGCUGACGCAAGAUUCUCUUUAUAUUGAGAGAGGCAACAAAAUGCAUUGGGUAUCUAGAAAUCUCUGGGGCUGUGAUUGUACUAUGAAUUACAGCAUCUGGCUUUCUAGCAAAGGCAUCUGUGUCGUUGUCAGUGCUGGAUAUGUCAGCUUUUAAUUUCCUUUCCCCCCCUUUUAAACCCUCCCCUGCAAAAAAAGGCAUGCUUCCAGGCUGUGUGGUUACAGAAAACUUUACAACCGCUCAAGCAAUUUAAGCGAAACUAGAAGAAUUCAGCGCAGGAUCUGUGUCAGAAUUGGGCAUGGUUGUGUAUUGGAGGGGAUUGGUGUGUGUGUGUGCGCACACACUCAAGUGCAGCUUCAAAACUAUUUUCAUAGCAGGUGGUUUGGCAUCAUCUGCUGGAUCAGUGUUUCCCAAUGUCUGUGUGAGAAACCUCUCGCCCGUUCUGUUGACAUGUAUGCUGUUAAUCCUGACUGUAUCCAACAGCCGACCUUUAAAACCACUCUUUCCAGCAUCCACAUUUGAGAGGCAUCGACAAAGGGCUACUAAAUUCAACAUAACCACGGAUUUAUGCAGGGUGAAAAACAUCUCCUAACUGACGCAUCUACAUCUGUUUUAUAUUGCUUUGUUUUCUCCCUCUUUCCUUAACCACCAUGCAUUUUGUAGCAUUAUGCCAUGAUUUUGAAAUUUUGGGGUUAGCUCUAGGUGCUGGUGCAACUGGCAAGAGGGAGAUUUGUUCCUCUUACUAACUCCAGGAAGAGAAGAGGAGAGCAUUUGCUUGAAAAAACCUGUCAAUCACAGAUUCAGAUGCAAAACCCCAUUAAUUGUAAACACCAGGGUAGCUAAACUUUAUUGCCCCUAUGGCUGUCUCAUUCCACAGAUCCUUAUUGAUGAGUGUCCAGAAAUAAGCGUAGCAAAUGCAGAACACUUCCAUGAGCUCCACACUUGAUCCACAACAAUUGCCACGUAGCCCUACAAGUGAUGGGGUGCGCCUCUCCCAACAAACGUGCUGAAGUGUAGGCAACUUGCCAGAACUUUUAAACUCUGCUUAUGAAUGCAUCAGGGCACCCAGGUGCAGCCAGGAUUGCCAGGGGUUAUGCGCCCAGGUGUUUAAAGAUGCUGGCAUGAUAUCGCCUGUCCUUUACACACCUUGCAGGAAGGAAACAUACCUGUAAACACGAGGCAGGUGCACUUGCAAGAGGACAGCUGUUGGAGUCGUGGCACUUGACGCCAGCACGAGCAACUUAAUAUCCUGUUCCUAGUCAGCAUUUUUAAAUGGGUUAAAUUACUCAUGAGAAGAGAAGACUCCCUGGAAAAGACCCUGAUGUUGGGAAAGAUGGAGGGCACAAGGAGAAGGGGACGACAGAGGACGAGAUGGUUGGACAGCGUUCUCGAAGCUACCAGCAUGAGUUUGACCAAACUGCGGGAGGCAGUGGAAGACAGGAGUGCCUGGCGUGCUCUGGUCCAUGGGGUCACAAAGAGUCGGACAUGACUAAACAACUAAACAACAACAAAGUCAGCAUUUUGCACUUUUGGGUGGCCCUAAGGUUUUCAGUUUCGCCCCUCUCUUUAGGGCUCUUCCCUCUGUUGUUUCCUUUGUGAUACACGAGCGAACGGAUGUCUGUGAGUUAAAGGGUGUGGUAAAGUGCAGUUGCAUUAAUGUGCUGAGUGGUUAGUGCAUGGCAUGUUAACUGGGUCUCAGCUUGCGGCUGUUUGGGGCCUUGACCAAUGUCAUUUGUGUGUCUUUCAGUUUAAAGACCUCUGUUUUGUUGCUCCUGCUGUCCACGAUUGCUGGAGAUUACUGUAGUAGGGAAGAAUGCUGUUGGUGUUGAAUGGGGUUUGUUGAGAGCCUCCACACCCUUCUACCUUCCCACCUAUAGCUGAUUUGUGCUGCGGUUGAAUCAUAGCUUCAGUGAAAAAUGUUUUCAAAUGCCCUGGUAUCCCAGGACAUUUUGCUGCACUAGUGAAAAUGCCACAGCGCAUCAUCUUGUCCAUGCUUUGCCUUAUACUGACAGUACUGGCGCUUCUUGAAAUUAUGGGCUAUUUCUAGCAAUGAGGGAGAGAUUUGAUUCAGUUCACAUUUUAUUGCACAUCCCGAAACAGUAUGGGAAUGGAAACAUGGCAAUGCUUAGAAAUUCACACCCCGUGAAAUUUUGCAACGUGGUUCUCCAACAAACAAAUGCAUCCAUUUGGAGGAAAUGCACAUAAAAAUGGAUGCAUUUGUGAAAAUAAUAUAAACCUGUAUUAUAUUAGGAAGAGUAGCUUGCUAAAGUGUAUUUUUUUUAAGGGAAAUUGAAUACAAAAAUGUGUAUAUUAGGAUAAAAGUGCAGCAAAAUGAUUUCUUGUGUGAAGGCUUUUAUAAAAAAUGCAAACUGACCUUAUGACUGGGGAAACAAGAAAAUGAAAAUAAAUUAAAAUACUACCUGAAGAACUACAAUAUUACCAAAUGGGUUAAAUUACUAGUGUAAAAAUUUGGUUUAAUGGAUAACAGUGAGUGCAUUUUAUAUAAUACAUUCCUGUCGGUUGCUGUGUAGCUAGCAUUAGCUGUGCAGAGCUGAGCUGUCAAAUAUAUUAUGGUUUCUUUUUGUGAAUGAAGAAAAACUGUAGGGUUGAUUGCUUUGUGUGUGCGCAUUUCUUUUUAAGAACCAAGGAAGGUCUUCAGGGUUCCUCCAAUGUGUUUUGCUGAAACUUAUUCUACAUUGUUAGAAACAAUAACACCUGUGCGGAUAACAUAAAUAAGGAGAAGGAAUGGGAUUCCCCACUCUCACCCUCCCAGCAACAAUUUCUAGACGUUUUAGCUAAAUGCCAUGUGCAAGCACUGUGGUAUUUUGAACAGCACUCCAAUAUGCCAGCGUCUUUUAUGAAUGAUUUAGAAAUGCUAAAUAAUUGUUCCUGUUCAGCUGCUGUUUGUGUUGCGCCUUUGACUUAAAUAGACAGCGCCAGCUGUAUAAAGAACUGCUAAAUGUUAUAUUUAAAGAAGCAGCCCUGAGCCGGGAGUUUGUAACACUGGUAUUUUGAAAUCUUGCUUGCUUAAACAUAUACUUUAGUGGUCACAUUUCUGAAAAGUAAUUAUUAGAUCUGGCAUCCAAACAGGCUUGGGAUGCUUACAAAAUCCUGUCAUUUACCUAGCACUAAAAUCACUGUUGGGCUCAUAACAAGAGACCUGCUGGUGGCAUUAAGCUGUUGGAAGGUUUGAGUAGCGUUAGAAACUCAAAUAGAUAAGCUAAUCAGCCAAUGGCACCUUAAACCUAGGUUGCAGUCACCACAACAGACUGUCUAGGCACCAUAUGUUUCCUCAGUGAAAUAAAUAAUAAUUAUUAUUUUCAUUAUUUCAUUAUUUCAUUAUUUUCAUUACCGCUUUAUAUUUUAAAGAAAAAAAAUCUCUAAGCAGUUUACAACACAUUAAAACAACAAAUGGAUAUAAAUGGGAUGAAUUUAUGUACAUUUAUGAGACGUUCAGAUGACUGCAGUUUCAGCAGUUGUUUCAGGAGUUCUGGUCUUGCACAACUCUCUGCUUCCUUGGCGAGAGUGGGCCUACCUUGCUGGGUCUAUUUUGCUCCAAAUUUUGCUGCCAACCAGUUUGAAAGCAUACCAGCGCUACGUCAGGAAGGUAAACGGCGUUUCUGUGCGCUCUGGCACUCGUCACAGUGUCCUGUUGCGCCAGAAGUGGUUUAGUCAUGCUAGCCAAAUGACCCAGAAAAACUGUCUGCAGACAAACGCCGGCUCCCUCGGCCUGAAAGCAAGAUGAGCGCCACAACCCCAGAGUCGCCUUUGACUGGACUUAACCGUCCAGGGGUCCUUUGCAUUAGACUUAUCCAAAUUUGAGCCCUGAGGGAAUUGCUCUGUUGGGGGCUUCCUCAGGCAUAGUGGUGGCAGCACUGCACUAAGGGUGGCAAAGAGCUGGUGUUUGGUUUUUCAGAAUCCCUUAGAGCUCCCAGCAUAGUGCUUCUGGGAAAUUUAGACGGUGGUUUGAGGACCAACCUACAUGGUUUGGAAGACUCGGGACUGCAUACCCUCCAACAUUUCUCCGAUGGAAAUACAGACUUUCUAUUCCAUCAUCAUAUUUAUACCCCACCUAUCUGACUGGGUUGCCCCAGCCACUCUGCUUGGCUUCCAACAUAUAUAAAAACAUAAUAGAACAUUAAGGUAAAGGUAAAGGGAACCCUGACCAUUAGGUCCAGUCGUGACCGACUCUGGGGUUGCGUGCUCAUCUCGCUCUAUAGGCCAAGGGAGCCGGCGUUUGUCCGCAGACCACUUCCGGGUCAUGUGGCCAGCAUGACUAAGCCGCUUCUGGCGAAGCAGAGCAGCACACAGAAACGCCGUUUACCUUCCCACCGGAGCGGUCCCUAUUUAUCUACUUGCACUUUGACAUGCUUUCGAACUGCUAGGUUGGCAGGAGCAGGGACUGAACAAUGGGAGCUCACCCUGUCACGGGGAUUCGAACCGCCGACCUUCUGAUCGGCAAGUCCUAGGCUUUGUGGUUUAACCCACAGCGCCACCCGCGUCCCGUUUAAUAGAACAUUAAACAUAAAUAAAAAACUUCCUUAUACAGUGGUACCUCCAGUUGCGGACAGAAUUCGUUCUGGAGCUCCAGUCAGAUCCCAAGGUUUCCGCAACUGGAGGUGCCUGUUCUGCACAUGCGUGUCACACGAUAGAGCACUACUUCGCAUGCGGCGAAACCCAGAAAUAUACUUCCAGGUUUGUCGUGUGCAUAUCCCGGAGGAUACGUAACAAGAAGGGCACCUAAGUAGAGGUACCAUUGUACAGUGCUGCCUUCAGAUGUCUUCUAAAGGCUUUAGAGUUACUUAACUCCUGGGCUUGGGGGUGUCACAUAACUCCAUACCCUCCAACAUUUCUCCAAUGAAAAUAGGGACGUCCUAAGGAAAAGUGGGACAUUUCGCAAUCAAAUCAGAAACCUGUAAAUCCAGGGCUGUCCCUGGAAAAUAGGGACACUUGGAGGAUCUGGGGCUGGAGUCAGGCCCUGUUGGGGUCCCAGCAGCUCCCCAAAUUUGCCAGGUAGUGAUGCUGGGCCUGUCUUGCUCAGCUGUAUCCACGCCAAUAGCUAACAAACAGAAAGUGUGGGUAGACUAAGCUGAGUCAAGGGGAAAUGUUGCGGGACAGCUUUAUCCUCUGAUUUUCAGAGGCACAUCUGAGAUAAUCAUUCUUUUUUCUUUGUAAAUCCCCCCCCCCCCCCCGGUUUGGCCUUGUGUUCCUCCUGCUAUAGAGGCAACUUUGUUUUAAGAAGGUUACUGCCGCUGAUAGCACAUCCCAAAAUACCACGUCUUUCCCCCCUCACUUUUGCAACAGCUUUGCUAGCUUAAAGGACUGACACCAGCACUGUUUCUUCCAAGAAUUCUUGCUUAACAACGUAACACUCCGUGUAAUCUGCGGUUGGGCGAAGGCCCGGAGAUAACAUCAACUUGGAGCCCUUGUUGAAACACGAUUCAUCAUUCCUUGUAGCUGCUACCAUAGAUUCUUCGAGUCAGAGCUCCUAGGUCAAGCACACCCUGUGUGUGUGAAUUGUAUAUCCCCCCCCCCCCCCCCGAAACAAUCUUCCGGUCAUUAGCAGUCUUAUCUCCCCCAAGUGUGCUUUGCCAACACUUGAGGAACUUGCAUGAAUUUUCUGUCUCGUUUCAAUGGCAGAUCCGAACCCUAACAACACAGAAAACAUGGCUGAGUUUAUUUGCAAAAACUAGGUCCCAGUUAUUAAAGGGAAGAUGAUUUCUGGGUCAAAACUAGGUUUUUAAUCUCUGUGGAUUUUUUUAUUCCCUCUUAAAAAAACAAAAGACAACAUUUAUAUGCAUGUAUAUUGACUCCCAUCCUUCCCUUUUGCUAUCGGUACAGUGGUACCUCAGGUUACAGACGCUUCAGGUUACAGUCACUUCAGGUUACAGACUGCGCUAACCCAGAAAUAGUACCUCAGGUUAGGAACUUUGCUUCAGGAUGAGAACAGAAAUCGCACAGCGGCAGCAGAAGGAGGCCCCAUUAGCUAAAGUGGUACUUCAGGUUAAGAACAGUUUCAGGUUAAGAACGGACCUCCAGAACGAAUUAAGUUCUUAACAUGAGGUAUCACUGUAUACAGUGGUGCCUCGCAAGACGAAAUUAAUCUGUUCCGCGAGUCUCUUCGUCUUGCGGUUUUUUCGUCUUGCGAAGCACAGCUAUUAGCGGCUUAGCGGCUAUUAACGGCUUAGCGGCUUUAAGAAAAAGGAAACAAACUCGCAAGAACUCACAAGACGUUUCGUCUUGCGAAGCAAGCCCAUAGGGAAAUUCAUCUUGCGGAACGACUCAAAAAACGCAAAACCCUUUCGUCUAGCGAGUUUUUCGUCUUGCGAGGCAUUCGUCUUGCGGGGCACCACUGUAUUGAUAAUUCCAUACUGUAUUUGACGUGCAAAAGCAAAUAAACAAAACUUGACGAUCAGCAGUCAUAUUGAUCUGUUUUCAAGCAGCGCAUGCCAUUAUAUUCCCUUUGUCCUCAACAGACAGGGUCCCUUGGUAGAUAUGACCAUGUUUUGGGGGAGGGUGCAAGUUUCUACUGUCAGCAAAAUAGAAAUGACUUAAAGCAGCUUGAAGUUUGUGCUAGACUUUUUAACCUUUCCUACCUGUUAAGAAUCCAUAGGAAGAUGGACCAGGCCAACAACCUGUCUCGUCCAUCAUCCUCUUCUCACGAUGGCCAGCCUUAUGCAUGUGGGAAUUGCGCAAGAGGGACCCUGAGAGCUCAACUGCACUUUCCCUGUUUGUGAAUCCCAACAACUGAUAUUCAGAGGCAUACAGCCUCCAACGCAGUAUCUAUAGGUAGCUUCCCUAAGGUGCCUUAGGAAGGGGCUUUAUUAAGGUCAUCUGAACAAUCAGGAAUGCAGCUUGGAAUGCUCUCUCCAGGAAAGCUCUCCUGGCUCCAUUGUCAUAUAUCUUUAGGUACCAGGCAAAAUCAUUCCUGUUUCGCCCGACCUUUGGCUUUUAGUUAUCCAUGUACCUGGAACCAUGGUACAUAACCCCAGUCAAGCUUGCGAAAAUCUAUCACUUGCCCGAUAAUAAAUGUUGGAAAUGUAAAGAAACUGAAGGUACAUUUUUUCACCUUUGGUGGACGUGCCCAAAGAUUAAGGCUUUCUAGGAAAUGAUAUAUAAUGAAUUAAAAAGGUAUUUAAGUAUACCUUCCCUAAGAAACCAGAGGCCUUUCUCCUGGGCAUAGUGGGCCAAAUGGUGUUAAAAAGGAUAGAACUUUCUUUAUGUAUGCAACAACAGCAGCAAGAAUACUCAUCGCAAAGUAUUGGAAGACACAAGAACUUCCCACGCUGGAGGAAUGGCAGAUGAAACUUAUGGACUAUAUGGAAUUGGCGGAAAUGACUGGCAGAAUCCGUGACCAGGGAGAAGAGUUGAUGGAGGAAGAUUGGAAGAAAUUCAAAGACUAUCUUCAGAAACAUUGCAAAAUUAAGGAAUGUUAGAGUGAUGUUGGAUUGAAAAUAAAUGGUUUCCAGCUAUACAGGUUAAAGUUAAGGAUAGAUUAAGAUUAAAGAUCAAGAUUAAGGAUGUUUAAAGAAAUGGAAAUUUGAUAAUAAAAGGGAAAAAUUUAAAGGUAUAUGACAUUAAGAAUAAGGAUUAUGUUUAAAAAAGUUGAAGUUAUAUAUUUUAAUAUUUUAUUAAAUUAAAGAUUGGGUUUAAAAAAGUGGAAAAGAAACUGCUGGACAAAUAAUGUAGAUUGGAAUACAAAAGAGGGAGGUAUGAGGAAGUCUAGAAAAUAAGUAAUAUAAAAUUGGGAACGGAAAAGAGAGUUUGUUUUUAAUUGUUAUGUUUUGUCUUUUUACUGUUAAAUUCUGUAUUUUUUUUUUGUUUGUGUUGUUUUUCUUUUUCUUUGUUUAAAAUCUUAAUAAAAAAAAUUAUUAAAAAAAAAAAAUAGUUAUCCAUGGCCUCUGUAAGUGGGCGGGGAUGUUUUAAUGUCGUUUUAAAAAAUAGGGUUAGCCUUUAGAGUUUAUUUUAAAAAUGCAGGUUUUCAAGUAUGUUUCUGUUUAUUUCAUGGAAUCAUAAAACUGUAGAGUUGGAAAGGGACCACAAGGAUCCUCUAGUCCAGCCUUUCUCAACUUGUGGGUCCCCAGAUGUUGUUUGACUACAACUCCCAUCACCCCUAGCUAGCAAGGCCAGAGCUCAGGGAUGAUGGGAGUUGUAGUCCAACAACAUCUGGGGACCCACAGGUUGAGAACCGCUGUGUCUAGUCCGACACCCUGCAAUGGAGGGUGCAAUGGAGCCCAACGUGGGACUCGAACCUGCAACUCUUAAGAUUGAGUCUCAUGUUCUACCAGACUGAGCCAUUUGUUUGAAAUAAUUGUCAGUCGUUUUGAGUUGUCGUGGCAAAAGAAAAGCGACUAAUAAAUUUAUUGAGUGGUGGUAAUAACAACAGCAGCAGCAGCAAGUGACCAGCAUGAAACACAUGUUUGCCAGUCCACUUAAGGAUGGCUGAUUAAUUUUAGGAAGUGAGACACUGCAAAGACCAUCUAUGUCGGCUGCUGCAAACAUCUUUUGUCCCCUGUGUGGAACAAGUCAGACUGCAUGGCAAGUGUAAUGCAUAAAGGAGAGCUGCUUGUAGUUUUUGAUGAUAGCAUGUGUGUCUUUCUCAUUGCCAGCACAUGCUCUGGGAAGGCAAGAUUGGCAUCAGCUUCCCGGCACAAGCUUUAUUUAUAGGGUGCCAUCUGUGUGCCCGGCACUUUGCAAAGAAUGAGAGGACGGGUCCCUGCUCUUGAAGCCGCAGUGGCAGAUGGCUUUGUAGGGUGGUGGUGGCCUCAGCAACCACACAAACCAGAGGUCAGGUGAGUGGCGCUGCCACAUGGCACUGCCCAGUACUGCCAGAGAAGCUUGGAAUCCCCACAGGGGUUGCUAACGUGCAGAUAUUCCUGCACUGCAGCUCCCAUCAUCUCUGACCGCUUGCCUUCCUGGCUGAAACUGAUGGGAGUUGGAGGGCAACAACUUAUUUAGAAUCAUAGAAUCAUAGAGUUGGAAGAGACCACAAGGGCCAUCGAGUCCAACCCCCUGCCAAGCAGGAAACACCAUCAGAGCACUCCUGACAUAUGGUUGUCAAGCCUCUGCUUAAAGACCUCCAAAGAAGGAGACUCCACCACACUCCUUGGCAGCAAAUUCCACUGUCGAACAGCUCUUACUGUCAGGAAGUUCUUCCUAAUGUUUAGGUGGAAUCUUCUUUCUUGAAGUUUGGAUCCAUUGCUCCGUGUCCGCUUCUCUGGAGCAGCAGAAAACAACCUUUCUCCCUCCUCUGUGUGACAUCCUUUUAUAUAUUUGAACAUGGCUAUCAUAUCACCCCUUAACCUCCUCUUCUCCAGGCUAAACAUGCCCAGCUCCCUUAGCCGUUCCUCAUAAGGCAUCGUUUCCAGGCCUUUGACCAUUUUGGUUGCCCUCCUCUGGACACGUUCCAGUUUGUCAGUGUCCUUCUUGAACUGUGGUGCCCAGAACUGGACACAGUACUCCAGGUGAGGUCUGACCAGAGCAGAAUACAGUGGCACUAUUACUUCCCUUGAUCUAGAUGCUAUACUCCUAUUGAUGCAGCCCAGAAUUGCAUUGGCUUUUUUAGCUGCCGCGUCACACUGUUGGCUCAUGUCAAGUUUGUGGUCAACCAAGACUCCUAGAUCCUUUUCACAAGUACUGCUCUCAAGCCAGGUGUCCCCCAUCUUGUAUUUGUGCCUCUCAUUUUUUUUGCCCAAGUGCAAUACUUCACAUUUCUCCCUGUUAAAAUUCAUCUUGUUUGUUUUGGCCCAGUUCUCUAAUCUGUCAAGGUCGUUUUGAAGUGUGAUCCUGUCCUCUGGGGUGUUAGCCACCCCUCCCAGUUUGGUGUCAUCUGCAAAUUUGAUCAGGAUGCCCUUGAGUCCAUCAUCCAAGUCCUUGAUAAAGAUGUUGAAUAAGACCGGGCCCAAGACAGAACCCUGUGGCACCCCACUAGUCACUCUUCUCCAGGAUGAAGAGGAACCAUUGAUGAGCACCCUUUGGGUUCGGUCAGUCAGCCAGUUACAAAUCCACUGAGUGGUAGCAUAGUCAAGACCGCAUUUUACCAGCUUCUUUACAAGAAUAUCAUGGGGCACCUUGUCAAAUGCCUUGCUGAAAUCAAGGUAGGCUGCAGGAAGGGAUGCAGGCUAUCCCCGUACCAGUGUUAGAAACUCAGAUAUAUAUGUUCCAUUGGCCUUCUCUCAAUUUCUUAACUACAGCUAAGAAGGAGAUCAAAUCCUGACCUUUCCACCGGCCUUCAGUGAAUGAGGCCUGCACGCAGCCAGCGACGAUCUGUGGAUGACUUUGGGGCACUUUCAGUCUCUGCGUCUGAGGCAGGAGCUGGUCAGCAGCCUCUUUGUAGCUGCACAGUUGACAUCUGCCCGGAUUAUUCCCCUUCUGUGGGCCCAGGCAGGUUCUUAGAAUGGUAAUUGCCGUCAAAGCCUCCAACCUCUUGUCAGGUCACAGGCUGAAUUAUUCUUUCUUUCUUCUCCCUUUUGUUACCCUAAUCCAGUUAUUAUGUGAUAAUGAAAUGUUCUUGGGUUUUAAGUCUAAUUAUUAAAGAUGAAACGCAGCUGACAAGCAUUUAAUGGAGCUAUUGCAAGGUAACCUGUCUGGCGUGGCAUGCUUUAUAUUGCUGAUCUCUGCCCCAGUCUACUAGUCAACCCCCAAGAUAAGCACCUGGCAUUAGAUGCCCCUGUCAUGUAUAUGCAUGUGUGCGUGCGCAUAAUACUGAAUUUGCGCUGGUCUGUCAUCACGCAGGCAACCGAGCGCUCAUGCCGACGCAGGGGAGAGGAAGUAAGUAAGUGAGACAGUGAGAUUGCUACCAAAGUGAACAUGGGAAACUCCGUUUGCGACCCAUGCUGCGGCCACCAGCCUCUUUACCCCGUGCUUCAUGUCUUUUUCAACACUGCCUUGCCUGCACAACUCUCCACUGGGCCCAUGCAGGACUGGUUCUGGCUGGUUCCUUGAGGUGGCUGCAAUAUGCUACCUUGUUUUAUGAUAGUACAGUCAUACCUCGGGUUAUAGACACUUCAGGUUGCGUUUUUUUCAGGUUAUGGACCACCGAAACCCGGAAGUACCGGAAUGGGUUACUUUCUGGGUUUCGGCGGUCACACAUGCGCCGAAGCGCUAAAUCGCGCUAUGUGCAGAAGCGCCGAAUUGCUACCUGUGCAUGCGCAGAUGAACUGCUGCGGGUUGCGAACAUGCAUCCCGCACGGAUCACGUUCGCAACCCGAGCGUCCACUCUAGUUUGUUUCAGCAAGCUUUUAAAUGCCACAGAACUCUUCCUUGGCAUAUUCAGUGCAGGUGGAGCUGUGGUCUAAACUACCGAGCCUCUUGGGCUUGCCGAUCAGAAGGUCGGCUGGUUCGAAUCCGCUCCAUGGGAGUGAGCUCUCAUCGCUCUGUCUCAGCUCCUGCCAACCUAGCAGUUCAAAAGCAUGCCAGCACGAGUAGAUAAAUAGGUACUGCUGCGACAGGAAGGUAAACGGCAUUUCCAUGCACUCUGGUUUCCGUCACAGUGUCCCGUUGCGCCAGAAGCGGUUUAGUCAUGCUGGCCACGUGACCCAGAAAGCUGUCUGUGGACAAACGCCGGCUCCCUCGGCCUGAAAAGCGAGAUGAGCGCCACACCCCAUUGUGGCCUUGACUGGACUUAACUGCCAGGGGUCCUUUACCUUUUUAUAUUCAGCAAAACAAUGCAAAAUAAAAAGAACUGGGAUAGAUGCUUCAAAGGAUGAUUGGGGGUGGGGGAGACACCGUUUGCAGUUCAAUCAGAUUGCAACAGGUGGUUCUGACAGCCACCAUAAUGGGUGGCAUUUAAAAAAGGAUUAAGCAGGUUUACAGCUAGAUCUGCCUGACUGCUAGCCUUGAUCGUUAUAUAGACUCUCUGCGUUCAGAGGAAGUGUAACCAGAUCUGAUAGCUAGAUGCUGCGGACAAAAACACGUGUGCUGUCGCAGUCAUAUUAAUUGGAUCCCUUGAGUUGGUGUACUGUAGUGGUUAAGAGUGUCGGGUUAAGAGUUGGGAGAGGUUCAGAUCCCCACUGGGUGACCUUGGGCCAGGCUCCGUCUCUCAGCUGUGUUUUGGGAUGAACUAGGAACGGGGAGAUAAAUGUAACAACUAAUAUGAAUUUGCCUGAUUUCUGCAUUGAUUUUCUGAAGCCUGUUGCACGUCUCCCUCCCGCAUGACAUCUGCGCUGCGGUGGAUAUGCACAGUGGGCAGAGCCUUUUCUAUGUUGGCAGCCAGAUCACAGUAUGCCUACAAAAAGAGUGCAAAAGAAUGUGGCAAAAGAAGUUUGCCUGUCCCGAUUGCUGCUUGCCUUCCAAAUACUUUGCCCUUUCUGUCAGCAUUUUAGGUCUGGGGACUCAGCUAUACAGCUGCAAAUAUAAAGUUUUAAGUGCGUUCUAAGUGCAUUAUACAAAUGUGACACUAGAUGGCGAUGGUGAGCUAAUGGCAAAUUCAAUAUAUAUUUUAAGACUUUUUUUUUUAAAAAAAAAAGCAUUUUCACAGCGUUUUAAAUUUUGUCUAGAUUCAGCCUCGGUCUGUGAACCUCAUUUCUGACUUCGUUGCUUUGUGAAUGUUUUCAAUUGUACUUUCAAUGUACUGUCUGCUUUGCGUUCGUUUCUAAUGUUUCAAUUUUUACCCUGCCUUUUGUACAAUUUCUUAAUAAAGUGAGUUAUAAUCCCGCCGACCUGGAAUAGCUCAGUCGGUAAAGCACGAGGCUCUUGAUCUCAGUGUUGUAGGUUUUUGUACACUUUGGACCAAAGAGUCCUGCAUUGCAGGGGGUUGGACUAGAUGACCCUUGGGGUCUCUUCGAACACUGCAAUUCUAGGAUUUUGUAAAAAUAAAUAGAAACACAGCAAAUCGUGCCCUGCUGGCGAGCUUCCCAAGUGAAUCUAGCCAACGGCUGUCCGAAAUGGAACCAGAUUGAUUGUUAAGCUAAACCUAGUAAGGUAACACUUAAGCGCUUAAGGAAUUCUGGGAUCAGGAGUGGUGUUUGAAUAAGAACAUUUUACAAAGUGGAAAAAUCUUAAGAACUUUACAAGCACACAUUACAGUCUUUCUAAAUGCUUGGGAUAUAUAUAUUUAUAUAUAAAACCUACAAGUUUCCUUUGGAAAAAGCCCUCUUGUAACAAGAAACUGUUCUUUCCAGCAUGUGCCAAUAAGCCACUCAAGCUGCAGCUGUCUUAGUAAUAUUUCAGAGCACCUGAAUCACACCAGCUCAAUACAGCCCAGAAACUGGGAACAAACCCACACACUCUUUUCCAGAGAGAGCUUCUGCACUUCAGAGUAUUUCUGAGACAGCAGUUCCCGAAUCCACGCUGUGAAGUUUGACUCGGGGAAUAAGAGAGUGUAGGAAGAUUCUUGUGAUCGACCGGGAAAAACCUGACACUUCCACCAUUCCGUAGGAUGUACACAUUUGCUUUUUGAAUAUCCUGGCCAUAGAAUAGGGCUUAGCUUUGCCACCCCACCCCUUGCAAAUUUACAAGAAGGGCCUGCGACUAAAUGUUGCAGCGCUUAAUGCUUCUGUUUAGACUCGCAGCCUGCCAGUUCCAUGCCUCUUUCCAGGACACUCCAUUCCAUUCCCAGAGCUAUUUUUUAUUUGUUAUUGAUACUUUUUUUCUUUUUCUUUUGAAAUUCUGCGCCCCUAGGGAUUUUGUGCUCGGGGCAACCGACCCUGUGGCCCUGCCCAGGCGACACCACUGACAGCAAGGGACAGGAGAGGUACGGAGGCUGCAUUGAUUGUUAUGGUUUUACGGUUGUCUCCCUAAAAGCAAAGAUUGUCCGUAUUUUUAGGCAUGGAUUUUAGGCUUAGCUGCACUCUUUCUCAGCAGAGAGAAAGAGAUCAUGAAAGAGGCCAAAAAUUAUUUUUAAAAAUCUGCAAAGUAAAGAUUUAAGCCUCAGAGUGUAUUUGGUUUUCUUAGAAUGGCAGUGAUUUUCUGCGGCACCUCUCAGUAUGAUUCAUCUUAUUCUUUGCAUUGGAUUGGCACACAAUGUCUCCGGUUUCCCAUCCCAGCAGGUAUUUGCAAGAGAAUGGUUCUGUGGGAGAUAAGCCCUGUUUGCGAAAAGGCAUCAUUGAGCUGCCUUGAAUUAGGAAGCAUUUCUAUGAACCUGUAAAGGCCUCCCGAAAUGGAGAGCAAAAGCAGGGUAUAAGUUACACCAAUAAAAAUCAAAUAGGAUCCACAUGGAGCAGGCCGAGGGACCACAUGGGCUUUGCUCGCAGAAGCUCCCGGGUUCAGUCCCUGGCAUCUCCUGUGGUUGGUCUGGAUGUGGCAGCAGGUGAUGGAAAAGACCUUUGCAUGUGACCCUGAAAAGCCACUGUAGUCAAGGUAGGUGUGAUGGCCUGGGAUUCGGACUCAGAAGCUGAACCUGAGGAAUCCCAACCUGCACAGGAGUCCCCACCUCCAGAACCAGCUGAGCCGGGGCUGGGGCCUGAGCCUGAAGGGUCCUCACCUGUGCUGGAUCCUCAGGUGCAGGCACCACCUGAGUCUGCUCUGGCCCCUGAGGGGAUGGAGGACCCAUUGCCUGCAGGUGCUCCACUCUCAGCCCCGUCAGAGGAAGCUGAGGUUGCCUCUGGGUCCGGUAACCCUUCAGCCUCUCCUGAGCUGCAGAGGCUCAGGGCAGAGAGGCGGAGGGAACUAAGUUCCCGCAGGAGGAGUGCUUGCCUCCAGGCCAGGAGAGGCAAGUAACCUGUGGACCGGGGCCACCCUAUGCCUCGGGGCAGAUAAAAGCCAACCAGCCCCAGUCCCAGGUUGCGGGAGCAACGUUGUUGCUAGCCUUGUUCCUGCCUGCACCCUGUCCUGCUCUUCUGCCAGAGUUCCUGACCCCACCCAACUUCAUGCCUUAGACCCAGCUACAGCUUUGACGGACAGCCUCUAUACUGCACCAUCGACCUCGGACUGGACUCAGACCUCGCCUCUUGGUUAGCCCCCAAGACCAGCACAGUAGGCAACGCAGGUCUUAGAUGGGCAAAGAGCCCAGCCUGACCAGCUCACUGUGUGAUGGAAUCUGGUGCCGUUUCAUUGUUCUUUAAAGGGUUGCGGUUUUCAGACGUUUUGUCUCAAGGGAGCCAUGUCCACAUUUGCUUGUCUGUGCUUUGCAGAGGGUUCUGGGGGUACACACCCAGUUCACACAAGGCGCUGACGCGGCCUGCAAUGCUGUCAGGGAGCCAACAAGGUCGUUCACAGAACAGAGAAAGACAGCGACACGCCGGUCAAUUUACAGUUAAGGAAGCAGAACAGAGAACACAUGGAGACGCCUAAGGGUUGCUCCUGUCUAGAUGAAGCAGUUGCUUGGAUGUCCGCCUCUCCCCCCCACUCUCCAACCCUGUGUGUCAGGCUCCUCCCUCUGUCUACAGCGAGCCCCAAGGGACCCUCUCUGUUUCCGUCUGGCUCUCUGCUCUGUGACGUGUGGCUUAGGGCCCUCAUAUUUACAGGACCACCUCUCCUGGUGUGCCCCGCAGAGGACCUUAAGGUCCAUGAAUAAUCAUAGUUUAGAGGUCCCAGGCCCUAAGGAAGUCAGAUUAUCCUCCACCAGGGCCAGGGCCUUCUCAGUGAUGGCUCUGACCUGGUGGAAUGCUCUGUCCCAUGAGACCAGGGCCCUGCAGGAUUUAAGCUAUUCCGCCUGGCUUUCAAUUUGAACAUAGCCUGAUCUUUUAUUCCCCUUCCUUCCCUCCCUCUCCCCUUUUUAUGAAGAUUACCCGCUCUGGGAUCCCACAGCUAAUUCUCCCCUGGUCUCCUCGCUGGCCCAAAUAGGACUAAUUUAGCCAGGUAGCCCUGGUGAUCAUCUAAUGUUUAUUGGAUGGAUUUCCCCCCAAAUUGAUUUUUGAAUUCUGAAUUUAUUGUUAUUCACGUUUUAUACUGUAUUUUAUGCUGUUUUUUUGUUGCACCAAUUAAGUGUUUUACACUUGUUGUUAGCUGCCCUGAGCCGGUUUUUUGAACCAGUAACGGCGGGGUAUAAAUAAAAUUUUGUUGUUGUUGUUGUUGUUGUUGUCUGGGAAGGGAAGGGGUGUUUGCAGGCUUUCAGCAGAGAAGCUGUCAGGGUGGCUCUGUUUUGGAGCUGCCAAGUCUGAUUCCUGUGGGCAGGGGCACCUGCCCGUUUCUUCCUUCUCUUCCUUCUCCUCCAAGCUGCCAGCCUCCAGCCCUUCCCAGCUUUCCCCCCUCCUCUGGCCGGUUUCCCACCACCAGGAGGCAGGGUCUGAAUCUUCUUCCUCUGUGCUUUCCCUGGGGGGGGGGCUCUUGUUCAGGCAGCUUCCACCACUCCUCCUCAUCCAGCCAGUCCCUGACACAUGCAUUUUGAGAGUUCACCCCCAGGGCACAAGUCCUACAGCUGUGUAUUACUGUGGGAGGUUAAGAAUAGUGGGCAGCUGCUCUUUCUAAGGAGGUUUUCCCUUGUUCCCCUUGAAGGACCCAUGAUAAGCUUUAAGAACCCAAGGGUGCCUCAGACUAUAGUUGGGAAGGGCGAGGGGAAACCCUACUUUUGGGGAUCAGGAGCUAUUUCAGUUUGGAUAUUUAAAUACCUCAAUUUUUCCCUGGUUUCCACUACCACAGAAAUCACAGUGCAGGUGAAGCAAAAGGUAAAGGACCCCUGGAAGGUUAAGUCCAGUCAAAGGUGACUAUGGGGUUGUGGCACUCAUCUCGCUUUCAGGCUGAGGGAGCCGGCGUUUGUCCACAGACAGCUUUCCGGGUCAUGUGGCCAGCAGGACUAAACCGCUUCUGGUGCAACGGAACACCGUGACGGAAGCCAGAGCUCACGGAAAUGCCGUUUACCUUCCCACCGCAGUGGUACCUAUUUAUCUACUUGCACUGGAAUGCUUUCGAAUUGCUAGGUUGGCAGGAGCUGGGGCAGAACAACGGGAGCUCACCCCAUUGCAGGGAUUCAAACCGCCGACCUUCUGAUCGGCAAGCCCAAGAAACUCAGUGGUUUAGACCACAGCGCCACCCACAUCCUUUUUCACAGUGCAGUGCAGUGCACUAUCACCCUGAUCCAUCUGAAGACAGGUCUUGUAUUAGACAGACGUGUCAGGCUUCUGAAAAAUGCCUUCUGCACCUGCCAGGUUAGAAUACAUGGAUUUAUUUUUUCCCCCAGUAGACUUUCCCCCUCUAGGAACAACCCUUGUAAUUUUAAGUGGCACUAAUGGUAAUGCAGUAGAUGACUGUAAAUAGUAACUUAGGAAUUAUUGCUCUUAGAUGUUUGACUAUUUAAUUGAUAGAUGCCCUUGUUCUGACUCUUUGAGUGAUUACCAGGUAGUCUGGCACACGGCUAGAGGCUGUAACCUUAAUUGUGACUGAUUAAUUUGGCUGAAAUAUGUUGCAAAGUCAAUUCAGCUGUUUCGUUAAACUGAUUGAAUUGCAUCCAGCUAUUAGAGGUGUUUGACGGAAAGGUAGCUGACAGAUGAUAUAGGAGCAUGAACCUCUGCAUUAAGCUAUAAAAUAGCCAUUAAGGAAACCUGUGCCAAAAUUGAAUUGUUCCACUGAAAUUUGACUUCCAAGCUUAAUGCUAAUUAAACGAUAUAUGCUUAAUGGAUGUCAAAGAGUUAAUUAGCACACCGGAUGGCCUGUGCAUGGGUUUUAAAUAUUUCUACAUUUCACCAGCCUUUUUUUUUUUUUUUUUUUGGCAUUAUUGCUUCUGCUGUUUUGUUCUGUUAGCAAACUUAAGAAACGCAGGCAGAAUAAUUUAACCGAGCGACUUUGGAAAUGCAUGUGAAUUACUUAGGCAUUGUGGCCUGUUGUCCCUUCUUCGUCUUAAUUCUCCUUGAGUAUAUUUGAAUCACCUCUGUUGUCACGGAGCACAGUUUAAACAACAACUGUUGAUUGCUCUGAAAUACUACCAGAUGUUGUGGUCUUAAUAUCGUUCAGGUCACAAAAGGAUCACCCACUGCUGAAUGUACGUGGGAUAACAGGGUACAGUGUCCCAGAAGUCAUUUCGCAUGAGUUUUGUACCCCAAUCUCUUUCCAGAUUUCAAGCCUAGAUUUCGAGCCGUGGUUCCCAACGUGGGGCACACGCCCCACAGGGGCCGAUUUGAGAAUCAGUUAUUAACAGUGAUAUAUUUUUUUAAUUUUUUUGCAAAUGUCCUUUCAUUCUUUUAUUUUCCUCUUUCAUGGAUGCCAUGUUCUUUGGAAGCUUGUUUAGACCAAGUUAAUGGCUUUUUAGGCUUCCUCCAUGUGAAUAGGAGUUCACUUUUUGAAUAAUAAGAAUUAUAUGUGAUGGGGGGCGGAAUCAGGAUUUUAGAGAUGCUUAGAUGGGGCAUGGCACUGAUCUAGAGGUUGGGAUGGCAAAUCCAUGAAAAGGCGUCCAGUUGUCUCUUGCCCCGCCUCCAAUAAACAUUGUUAUGCCGUUCCAACUCCUUUUGUUCCAAUCUCACUAUCAACUUAGUUCUUUUCCCAGAUAGGUUUCUCUAAAUGACUCCUGGAAAUAAAACAUGUGGGCCUCUUCCUCCAGACAUCUUUUUCAUGACACCUUCAUGGUGAUUUAUGCUCAUGAUCCUGCCUUCAGUACUAUUUUUUUGAGACAGUUGGACUGCUUCAUUUCCCUUCAAAACAUAUCUUGUAACUUGGUGCAGAAAUCCCAUAACUUUGCUUACCACAAAUGUCUGUUUUUUGUCCUGCUUUCAUUGUGCUAUAACCCCUCUGAUCAGCAACAGAGUGGGGGGCAUUGGGGAAGCUCAGUUGGUUAGAGCAUGGGCCUGAAUAUGCCAAGGUUGCAGGUUCAAUCCCCACAAGGGACAGCUGCCUAUUCCUGCAUUGCAAGGGGCUGGACUAGAUGAUCCUCAGGGUGCCUUCCAAUUCUAUGAUUCUAUGAAAUCCGUCACUAAUGCAUCAGGGCCAGAAAACCUCUGUCCUGGAGGGCCAGUCAGAUUUCAUACCAGCAGAAGAGUUUAUUUGGGAAGGAGGGACUGGUGUAAAAAAUCUUGAACAGGGAGCUUCGUAAGACCACCUUGAUGCUUCCAUAUAAAAUUUGUGAUAAACAUUACUUUAGAGGCCUUUUUCUAAAAAAAAAAUGGUUACUUGCUGAAGUCUUUCGGAAACUGUUUUUGAAUCAGUGUGAAAAAGAAUGGAAGCAGAACGGACAUUUGGCUCUCAUAGUAUAACUGUACGAAUGUAGAUGUUCUUACAACGUUAACCUCAAAGUGUAUUUGUUGCUUUUUCAGUAACUUUGCAGCCUCCUUUAUAAAAAUAGUGGUUCCUCUGUCAAAAUAGGCUUUUCAGGGGGGUGGGGGAGUUUAGCUUAACAGUGGUAUCGUUGCUGCUACAUUAUUGUAAUGCGCUGAGCACUUAAGCCUUAAAAUAAGUAUUGGGCGGAUCCUUUAAUAGCUGUCCAUAUCUAUAAAACUGAUCAACUAUAUAAUACAGGCACUUGGGAACUAAAAUGGCCUUCAAAACUAUAUUAGAUUGUAUAAUAUCCCCCCCCCCCCGGUGCUUUCACUGUCAGAUAAUGUGAUAGUCUGAGGAAUGGCAGUUCCUGACCACCACUCUUCCAGAUCUUCAUUCUGGAGGUCAAGGGAGGCUUUUCAGGAAGCGAGUGAACAAAUUCAAGAAGCAUUUGUAGUAUUUUAGGACCCGAGGGAAACUACUUGGAACUGACUGUAUGGCAAAACUGCAAGAACAGUGUGGGAUCAAGCAAAAAAAAAACCCAUUCUUUUAAUUCUUUUAAGCUGUGGCUGGAUGGUUUCGUAGGAGCCGAUUGAAACUAAAUCCUUCGAAGAUAGAGGUCCUAUGGCUGGGUCGGGAUGGCAUGGGGAUGAGGGACCAACUCCCUUCUCUUGCGGGGGCCCAAUUAGUGCCAUUGCCUUCCGUUAAGAGUUUGGGUGUAAUCCUUGAUGCCUCCCUUUCCAUGGAGGCGCAAGUUACAGCAACAGCCAAGGCGACAUUUUUCCACCUUCGCCGCUUCAAGCAGUUGGUCCCUUACCUUUCCUGCCCCGACCUGGCCACAGUGAUCCAUGCGACGGUCAUCUCCAGGCUUGACUACUGUAAUUCGCUCUACGUGGGGCUGCCCUUGAAGCUGUCCCAGAAACUCCAGCGGGUGCAGACUGUUGCAGCGAGGCUCCUCACGGGGUCUCUGCCAUGAGAGCAUAUUCACCCAGUGCUUUUCAAGCUGCACUGGCUCCCGGUGGAGUACAGGGUCAGAUUUAAGGUGCUGCUUUUGACCUUUAAAGCCCUUCAUGGCCUAGGACCCUCGUACCUACGGGACCGCCUCUCCCGGUAUGCCCCACGGAGAGCCUCAAGAUCCAUAAAUAGCAACACCCUAGUGGUCCCGGGCCCUAAGGAAGUUAGAUUGGCUUCAACCAGAGCCAGGGCCUUUUCAACUCUGGCUCCAGCCUGGUGGAACGCUCUGCCUCAUGAGACCAGGGCUCUGCAGGAUCUGAUUUCUUUCCGCAGGGCCUGCAAGACAGAGUUGUUCCGCCUGGCCUUUGGCUUGGAGCCAAUUUGACUCCCUCCCUCUCUUUCUUUUUUCUUUUCCUUCUCCUCCUGCGAUGAGGCUACAUUUUAAUAUUUUAAUGUUUCAAUAUUUUAAUGUUGUAUUUUUAAUUUUGUUUUUAAGUUGUAAUCAUUUAACUUGUUUUUAUUAUUGCUUGUAAGCCGCUCUGAGCCCGGCCUUGGCUGGGGAGGGCGGGGUAUAAAUAAAAAUUAUUAUUAUUAUUAUUAUUAUUAUUAUUAUUAUUAUUAAUGUCUGCAUUGGUUACCUCGGAGCAGGACUGGGGAACCCUUGGUCUGUUAGAUCUGGUUGGACUCAGAACUCCCAGGGAUGAUGUUGAGUUGGAGUCCAGUAUCAAUUGGAGGGCCACUGGCUCCCCAUCGCUGCCUUGGAACCCUAAUUUACAGCCGAGAGCCAUUCGAAGGGAGGUGUUUUGCCGUUCAGUUGUGUCUGGUUUGCACCUUUUGGCACAGGUUUAGGCAAGUUGACUUAAAAGCAAGUACUGCUGUGUUUCGUGGAGUUUGCUCUCAGGCAGAUGGUUAUAGGAUUGUAGUCUUACUGGACCAGAGCAGAGAGCCCUGGGUUACAAUCCCUUCUCAGCUUGGAAGCUUUGCUGGAUAUACCGUAGGCAAGUGACUCUCUCUCUUAGCCGAACAGGCUUCGUAGGAUUGUGCAGAUAAGUUGGGAUAAGCCCAUGCACGCUGCCGCGAGCUCCUUGAAGAAAAGGUUGGAUAUAAAUGGUGAGGGGAGGAUGAAUGGGUUUAAGCAGGCCUAACCCCUCCCUGUGUUGGAUUGUAGUCCUUUGUGUUUUAAGGCAUUCCCUCUUCCUCCCAGCUUUCUUUCAUGAAUGCCCCACGCACCGGAAAGAGCAGCAGACACAAAGGCUACAGAGCUAAAUAUCAUAAAAGACAAAGAUGGGUUUUGUGUUUGAAAACAUUGACAGAAGCACAGUUGACGCGUCGUUCCUUCGUUCAUGGCACACUCAUACAAAAGCUCCACACCAAUGACAACAGAUGUCAUUGACGAGGAUUUAAGGAUGAAAUGAGUAAUGACUGACAAUGCCCAGGAACUGUCCAGAUCACUUUCUGUUUAUCUCCCUCUCUCUUUUAUUUCAACAGUGCUGGGCCUAAAGGCGAUAACAUUUACGAGUGGAGAUCUACUAUCCUCGGUCCCCCGGGUUCUGUGUAUGAAGGUGGUGUCUUCUUUCUGGAUAUCACGUUUUCAUCCGAUUAUCCAUUUAAACCACCAAAGGUAAGCAUUUGUGGCUCUCUGUAUUUUUAUAUGCGGCUUCUCCAUCCUUGAAUGUAUCUCCAUUCUUCACAUUUGUACCAGUGCUCAUGAGACGCUUGCACAUUUGACUAUCGAGGAAAGAGAAGACUCCGCAGCUCUGAAGUUUCAAGUGUAGCCCAAGAUCUCAAAUAAACCGGUGACCGUGCCAAGCUGUACAAUAUGCAGCCCAAGAAUCCACAUUUAACUUGCACUUGAUAUGUUGCAGAACUUACAACUCAGGGUUGGAAAUUUCCUGAGGUGGGGGAAAAUGAAUUUUGUUAGUGUGCCAGUAGCUAUUAAUCUCCCUCCAUCCCCUUUAGAUAGUUUAGGGAAUAUUUAUGGUUGUGAUUCCAUUCGCUCUCACACAUGCAGGAAAACAUUCCUAAAUGGCCAAUAAUAUCCUCUUAGUUCCCCCUUUCCUACCAGCCUUUGAUCAGGUGAGUGUACUGCCUAGUGUUCUAGAGUCUCUGGGAAACUUGGGUCUCCGGCUGUUUUUUUGUUUUGUUUUGUUUUUUAAAAUUUAUUUUUAUUCAAUUUCCAAUACAAGAUUUAAACAUACAUUUUCAAUCUUAUCACAAAUACAUAAUUUUGACUUCCUUCAGCUCAUCCGCGAAUCUUCCGUUUUCUAAUCUUCUAUCCGCAAUUCUAAAUUUAACAUUGCCUUUUAUUUUAAAUAAACCUAUUCCCUUAUUCCCUUUUUUUACAGUGUUUCUAAUAUUAUUUCUUCACAAAGCUUCCUGUAAACCCACAAACGUUAUUUGCGUAUCACAAAUGCUUUUCAUAUAGUCCACAAAUUUGCUCCAGUCCUUGGUAAACUUGUGAUCUCGUCGGUUUCAGAUCCUUCCUGUUAGUUUAUCUAAUUCUGUGUAGUCCAUUAAUUUCAUUCUCCAUUCUUCUAUCAAUGGUAAUUCCUCCUGCUUCCAUUUUUGGGCCAGUAGUAUUCUUGCUGCUGAUACUGCAUAUAAAAAUAAUUUAUGGUCCUUUCUAUUUAUUUCAUUUCCAACCAUUCCUAACAAAAAAGCUUCUGGUUUUUUAGGGUCUCCGGCUGUUUUGGACUACAAUUCCCAUCAUCCCUGACCACUGGUCUUGCCAGCUAGGGAUGAUGGGAGCUGUCGUCCAGAAACAGCCAGAGACCCAAGUUUGAGAAACACCGGUCUAAACCUCCGUGUUUCGGCUGCCUCAAACUGAAACAGAAAAUUAACCGUUGCAAGGAAACACUUGCUUUAUUAGAGCGAUGUGAGUUAAGUACACAAAGCAGGGAAAUUCUGAGAUGAAAUGAAGUGUAACAGUCAGCUUGAACUAAACUAACUUUGUGCUCCUGUCCGGUCUCUGUGGCCAUCAUACGCAAUGGCAAGGUAAGUUUAUUAGCAUAAUAAGCCAUGCUGUGCACAUAGUCCAAUUGCGUCUGCUUCAUUCUUUUCCUGACGCAGGCAGGUAAGUAAAGCAGGAAGGGGACAGCUUAGUGUUAGGUCUGAACCCUGGGAUCAUAGUUUGCUCCACUCCAAGAUAUGAUCAGUAAGUCAACACCAGGCCAUGGCUUAGGGCAGGCAAGCAAUAGUGGUUUGUUAAGGCAAAACAAACCACAAUGCUGGGUUCGGCUGUAGCAUUAAGUUAUAUGCUUUCUGGUUUGUUUCCCCACUCUCUCCAGGGGAGGAGCGAUCAGGCUUCACGUGCAAGUAUGGUUUAUUAAACCAAGAGCCUCGGCCUCAUGUGAGAAUGGAGUCAAACUCUUGGUUUAGCAAGCUAAAGGGCAGCUUCAGCAGCUGAAGUUAGUAGAGUGACCAUACCUCUCAACUGAACUGAUUCAGUCGGGACAUCCCGUUUUGGGGGGCCGUGCUCUUGAGAGGACAGUGCCCAAAAACACAUGUUUUGCCACAGCCCCAAAACAUGCGGGGUGCAAUCUUGCGCCUGUGACGCACAUCCUGGUUUUCUGCAGUGACCCGUUGGAGGGUAUUCAGUGACUUGUGUCAGUCAUUAUUGUUUUCUGCAUAAGCAACAUUGUAAGACCACUUGACCCAAUUACAGAGAUUUUGAUAAGUGCCCAUAAAUGUAUAAGGAGGGUGUUGAAAGCCAGUUCUUACCUUUAGGCAGUUUAACUUAAAACUGAAAGUAACUCUAACAUGCUUCAGUCUUGACCACAAUUCGUUGGCACUUAGCUGGCAUUCAUGUGACCUGAACAGAAAAGUACCAGUGUGAAUAGACUCGAAAGUACCCAUGAAUUAGGAAAACCCAAAUGAAGCAAUUCGCAAACUGACAGGUUGAGGACAAUAUGAUAUUUCCUGAAAUCUUGUAUAGUCCGUUAUGUCCCACUGAUUCCAGUAGUAUUUAAGGGUUUAUGACAUGUACGCUGAAUUGUAAAGUUGUUUAUUAAUCUCAAAUAAUGUACUUUUGAUUAUGGAGAACUGCUUGACUUCCACCCAUAUUUCUGGUAACUGUUGUCAAAAUCUGUCAUAAUUGUUUCGCUUCUGCAAUAAGGCGGGUUAAAUCACUUGGAAGAGCAAGGUCUAACGAAUGGGACCUUCUAUUUCAAGAACUACAUCUUGAUAUUAAUUAUCUGAAAUAAAUUUUUUUGAAAAGGAAUACUGGUCUUAAUGCUCUUCUGCCAAAUGAAAAUUAGGGCCAAACUACAUAUAAUUAAUGGGACGCGGGUGGCGCUGUGGGUUAAACCACAGAGGCUAGGACUUGCCAAUCAGAAGGUUGGCGGUUCGAAUCCCCGCGAUGGGGUGAGCUCCCGUUGCUCGGUCCCUGCUCCUGCCAACCUAGCAGUUUGAAAGCAUGUCAAAGUGCAAGUAGAUAAAUAGGUACCGCUCCAGUGGGAAGGUAAAUGACGUUUCCGUGCGCUGCUCUGGUUCUCCAGAAGCGGCUUAGUCAUGCUGGCCACAUGUACGCUGGCUCCCUUGGUCAAUAAAGGGAGAUGAGCACCGCAACCCCAGAGUCUGUCAUGACUGGACCUAAUGGUCAGGCGUCCUUUUACCUUUACCUUUACAUAUAAUAAUGCUUGAAUAGCUCUACACUUAAGUAUAGCAUACUUUUUGAGAAAUGGCUAUUGCCUGUUCCAAGUUGGAAACCCAGCUUAGGUGCAAGGAGGGGGGGCAGGGGACCCAAUAUGGAUUAUGCCCCCCCCCAGAAGAUGCUUGUCCCCUCCUCCAACCCUGUGCAUAAGGACAGAGCUACAAGACUAAAGUUGUGUGUAUUUGAGUCUUCAGUGUUGGAAUCAAUUACCAUUUGCAAAACAAUGUUUAUGCUAGUGAUUUGUUUGUCUAACCCUGUUUCUUUAGGGGGGGGGCUGGGACUAUGGAAAACACGGCACACAAAAUUGUCCCAAGUGUAAUUUCAUGUGCUCGCUCAUAUCGUAUAGAUAUUUAUGCCAGCAUAAAUGUUUGUUUAAAAAAUUGCAGCUGCGUAGCAGAUGUUUGAUGAAGAAGAUUCAGAAAUCUGCUGUUGUACAAAUAAGACAAAAUGUUAGGUUUGUGAAGCUGGUUAAUCUGCUGAAGACAUGCUGCAAAAAUCAAGGGACCUAGAUCCCAACUCCUCACCUCUGCUCCCCCUGCCAUUUCUUGCCUCGUCUAACAAGUUGUAUAUUCUGGCUGAGAUCCAAAGAGCUAUUUUUGACAUACCCAAGAGACUGGGUAUCCCCAGUGGGCUGUUGGAUUUAAAAACCAAGCAAAAAACCCUCCCCACACAAGCUUGCUUUUGAAAGUUCCCAGAUAGUUUGCCAUGCAGCAUGGAGUGCUACUGGGGUUUUUUUGGAGGGGGGGGCGGGAUCCCAAACCCAAAGGCCCCUUUUGAUGUGAUUCUGCCAUCAUUUCUUGCUUGUGAACUUCCAAAAAAAUGAGGAAACAGGAUGGUAAAUUAGAGAUGUCUUUGGUCUGAUCCUGCAGAGGGUAGCCUGUGUGUGGAAUUAAUUGUGCAUUUAUCCGGAUCGUGUACAGUCGAUCUUUUCUCUGUCCAUCUGUCCCCACGUGGCCUAGCCAAGGGAGGAAAUGAAAUCUGUCCUCACAGUUCUGCAAAAGCCAAAGAGCCCGGUCUUGAAUUUGGAACAGAACAAAGUUGCUCAGAGUUAUGCAUUUUUAUUUAUUUUUUACAAAGCACCGCCCUCUGCAAAAAGAAAAAGGAAAAAGCAUUGAAAGGACUGCUGUUUUGGUUUGUUUGUUUCCUCUAGCAUGCGGUGCCAUUAAGAGUUUGGAUUACCCUUUGCGCCAUAAAGUAUUCCUUCUGUAACUAAUGCAUUUCAACUCUGCGCGGGGUUUGUACAGAAUGUUAAAGUCAAUUAAAGCAGAAUGAUGACACAAAUUAGAGCGUGGUGUGCCUCACACAUAAUGAUGCCGUCUAAUGGGGAAACGUAAAUGUUUUUCAAGUCCUUUGAUGGCGAGCAGCUCCCUGUUCCAUCCGUGAAAAUCUCCCAUGGGAAUGUUAAUGCUGGACAGAUCAUGUGAUAGUUUUAGACUAUCCAAGUUCAAUAGAAUAGUCCCCAUGCACAUGCAAACCUGUGUGUUUGUGUGUGUGAGAGAGAGAGAUCUCCUGUUCCAAAGUAUUGUGUUCAUUUCAUUUCUAGAUCACGCUAGGGAAACUUGGAAAUAUCUAGUUGUCCUUCAGAGCCCACGACAAGCCCCUAUGUUGGCCUGAUUCAUAGACUAUGGUUGGGGGCCGUGUAUUCCUUCCUCGCUCCUCUGCUCUCCAUCCAAGUUGGUGCCCAUCACUGCAUACUGUGGUUGCGAAUCCCAAAGUUUAACCAUGUGCUGCACGAAGCUCAGUCGGUAGAGCAUGCGUAGGCAAACUAAGGCCCGGGGGCCAGAUUCGGCCCAAUUGCCUUCUAAAUCCAGCCCGUGAGCAGUCCGGGAAUCAGUGUGUUUUUACAUGAGUAGAAUGUGUCCUUAUAUUUAAAAUACAUCUCCGGGUUAUUUGUGGGGCCUGCCUGGUGUUUUCACAUGAGGAGAAUGUGUGCUUUUAUUUAAAAUGCAUCUCUGGGUUAUUUGUGGGGCCUGUCUGGUGUUUUUACAUGAGUAGAAUGUGUGCUUUUAUUUAAAAUGCGUCUCUGGGUUAUUUGUGGGGCCUGCCUGGUGUUUUUACAUGAGUAGAAUGUGUCCUUUUAUUCAAAAUGCAUCUCUGGGUUAUUUGUGGGGCAUAGGAAUCUGUUCAUUUUCCCCCUUCAAAAUACAGUCCGGCCCCCCACAAGGUCUGAGGGACAGUGGACCGGACCCCUGCUGAAAAAGUUUGCUGAUCCCUGCAGUAGAGCAUGAGACUCUCAGGGUAAUCUCAGGGUAGUUGGUUUGAGCCCCAUGUUGGGCAAAAUAUUCCUGAAUUUCAGGGGGUUGGACUAGAUGACUCUUGGGAACCCUUCCAACACUACAGUCCUAUGAUUCUACCUUUUGUCCGCCUUGAAUUUUCCAAUGUUCUUGCCCCCUGGCAGGCACACCUAAGCUUAGUUGGCCCUUUCUCUCAGCCCUGAUGGUCCUAGCCUUCUGGAGAGCUUGACACUGGACACUGAUGUCCAGCUCUGAGGACCUUCUGGUGGUUCCCUCACUGCAAGAGAGCCUUCUCAGUAGUGGUGCCCUCCCAUCAGAUUUCAAGGAAAUAAACAACUGAAAAUCUGACUUUUAGAAGACAUCCGAAGGCAGCCCUGUAUCAGGAAUUUUUUUAAGUCUGACGUUUUACAAUUUCUUUAUAUAUGCUGUAAGCUGCCCAGAGUGGCUGGGGAAACCCAGCUAGAUGGGUGGGAUACAAAUAAUAAAAUAUUAUUAUUAUUACAGUGGUAACCUUGGAAGUUGAACGUUCUGGCUUCUGGGAUAGCUGCGCAGCCUGCAUUCACUCCAUAAGACGCACACACAUUUCCCCUUACUUUUUAGAAGGGAAAAAGUGAGUCUUAUAGAGCAAAAAAUACGGUACUUAAAUUUCCCCUAACAAAUUAAAUGGACUGGCUUAGUUGCACACAGGCUCCUCAACCCAUUUCUCCCCAAACCCCAGACUCCUCUGCAGCAAUCAAACAGCAAAUUUAUAUAACUUUAUAUCUCUCUCUGAUGUUUUGGCCUUAACAUGCACUGAAAUGGAACGGAGCUAAUCAUCUGAGCGCUAGUUUUGUCUAUCUCCCAGGCACAGAAGGACAAUACAAAAUAAAUUCCCCUAUGUUGUUGUGGUUGUGGUUUCAAAGUGGGAUUUCAAAAUGCUGUGUGCAUGCCUGCCGGGGAGGGAAGGGUGAACCGCAAUAAAGCUUUUAACAUUGAGAUCUACAUGGCAAACAUGAGUCAAGACAGCUGCUUGAAAAGUGGCAGUGGCGGGGAACCACUUUUCAGAUGAGCCUUACAGAAUGAGCAGUAGCAACAAAAAAUAAAAUGAAAUGAAAGGUCGCUAUAGAAAAAAAUUCUCCCACAGAGGGUGAAUAAUUCAAGGCUGGUUUCAAAAAGCUAGCAACAAGCUGUGCAUGAAGAGGGUGUAAUGAUUCUCUCUCCCCCCCCCCGCAAUCUCCCCCCCCCCACUUCUACCUCUAGGUUACGUUUCGCACUAGGAUCUAUCACUGCAACAUCAACAGUCAAGGAGUCAUCUGUCUGGAUAUUCUGAAAGACAACUGGAGCCCUGCUUUAACUAUUUCAAAGGUCUUGCUGUCUAUUUGUUCUCUCUUGACAGACUGCAAUCCUGGUAAGGCAAUGGUUUGGUUUGUUUUGUUUAUUUUUUUGAAAGGACAGGAAUUACUAAUUGGGUAGUAAGCAGAGUCAAAACAAUUCCUACCCUCAGCUGUAAAAAAAAAGGGGGGGGGAGAGAUUGUUCAAAGUACAUUGACUGUGUAAACAAUUACAUAAAUGUGGGAUCAGACCGGGAUGAGAUAAAUUCAGGUUGAAAAGGUGGGUUGUUUUCCUUUUACACAGGGUGGCCUGGAAACGGAUCCUCUUUGUUCAGGUUGUGUUUAAACCUCUGAAUACCUGGACUUUGAAGUAGAAUUGGCCACGGAUUCAGACUUUGCUUUCAGUUUAAUGGCAGAAUGCACUCUCAGCGCUCCCAGUUUGCUCAAGAUUAAAUCACAAAAUCUGCUAAGCCCUUGAGAUACCUUCCCAUGUACAAAGAUCUAGGCUUGUCCAGCUCUAACUUACUUUAAAAAGGUGGAAUAAGAAAGACUGCUAUAGAUUAUUGCCAUGUGUUGCCAACCAUUUUGGACCAGAGGGCACAUUUUGAAUGUUGAGAGAGUGCUGGGGGCACCAUUCACAAAAUCACAGUUUGAAAUGUUCAGGGGAAGGGGAGAGUUUUGAGAGAGAAAAGACAUUGUUGGAGAACCAAACCACCAAAAAAAAAAAAAAAAAAAUUGCUUCGUGUCCACAAGUGUCCGCAUUCUCUUUCCGGCUGACGUUUAGGUCAAGCACCUUGUCUUUUGAACAAUGCUUCCUUGAGGAGGUUCUGCCCCGCAGCUUAGGUUGGAAACAAGUGUGGCGAAACGAACUAUUGUGAUGCUGAUGUGUCUCUGAUCUUGACACGCCGUCUCCCUCCCUCUCCUCCCAUUUCUUCCCUUGUCGUCCCCCCCCCCUUUCCCCAUGCACCCAACUCUUGCAGCUGAUCCUCUGGUAGGAAGCAUAGCUACUCAGUACCUGACCAACAGAGCCGAGCAUGACAGGAUAGCCAGGCAGUGGACCAAGAGAUACGCAACAUAA